GUUAUAUGGGCGGGAAUAGUGAGCAGCCAUAAAUAGCCCUAUGAGCUGCAGUUUACUGAUACAGUGUAGCAAUAGAUUCUCUCCAGCACAGAAACAUUCCCUCCAGCACCGAGCACACUGAUCAGCACCAUGGACAGCGGUUUUCUCAAACUGGAUGCUGCAGAAUUCCUUGAAAUUUGGCUACGUUUCGACUCUGAUGGUAAGUGCUGAAACAAACCAGCUAGCUGCCUAUUGUAAAUGGAAGCAGGCAGUCGUUCAAUGUGUUUAGUUGAUGUAAAAAGUAAGACAGUUUUGUGAACAGUGACAAACUUUAACAGCUCUUCUCAUACUUAAAUAAUUAUUUUCAUCUAAGGACCUCCUGAUCCUUCUGUAAACUAUAAAAUAGAAUAAAAAAGAACAAAAACACAGGGGAUACAGUUUGUCUCUAUUUCUCUUGGCAUGAUGUAGUUUUUUUUGGCUCAUUAAAAAAUCUUAUACAUAUGUCACAAACUUGUGUCUACAACCACAUAAAUUCGUCUUAACAUCAAAGCUAUCUAUGCAACCAGUGCAAAACAUAAAACAGGAACAGUCUAUGUAACUGCAAAAGGAAGACAUGUCAUUACCUAAAGAAGCAUGUCAACUUUAAAUGCUUGAUAUUAUAGAGCAUUUAAUGGAUUAUUCAGCUGGAUAUUCACAUUACUCUUCAACUUAUUGUUCCUGUAAAUUUUCGUAAUUUUCUAAUUUAUUGUUAAAUCUCCCCCUCUUGUAAUAUUGUGAAGCGCUACGGAAUGUGUUGGCGUUAUAUAAAUGCCAAUAAUAAUAAUAAUAAUAAUAAUAAUAAUAAUGUUACAUUUCGUGCGUGCUAAGAUAUAUUAUGUUCUACUGGGGACCUGAAGUCUAUAAUACAAUGCAUGCUUUUUUUUUCUCUCUCUAGACAAUGGUUACAUUGAGGGGAAAGAGCUUGAUGAUUUCUUUUGCCACCUACUUAAAAAAUUGGGAGCAGUAAGUAGUACAUUUUUUAAAUUGUUAUUAUGGUUGAUUGAUUAAUGAAUUUUUUUUUUAUUUUUAUUUUUUUUAUAAAAGCCAUUAUGUCUUUUAGUGACAAUGGUGACCUUUUACUUUUUUGAAUCAAUUAAACCAAAAUCUUCUGUAGGUUUUCUGUUGUGUUAGUGUUGAGCAGGGGUUCUCAUAUAUCCCCAGAUGUUGCAGAACUACAACUCCCAGGAUGAUUUGCAUGCCUUUAGAAUAGCAAAGCAUCGUGACAGCUGUAGUUUUAAAACAUCUGGGGAUAUGCCUUAUGGGCACCCCUGGUGUAAACAGGCAGGCUGAUAGACAGACAGGCAGAUAAGCAGAGAUAUACGUAGUGUAUAUAUAAAUACAAGAAUACUUGUAAAUAGUCUGCAACAUACAUGGAUAUAAAUCAUAUGUAAUAUUGAAUAUUAAGACACUUUAAAAGCAUUAAGUUAAGUACAAACAUAAUUGCCAGGCUGAGUGUCACAUAAAUGUCUUUGAACAAGGAUAUGAGAAAUUAUAAUGCACAUUUAAAAAAAAAUAAAAAAAUGAAUCAGUAUUUUAGAAAACAAAGCAACUGAAGAGGUAUUGGUGACUGGUUAAUUAAUGCUGAUAAGGAGCAAUAUUUAAUAUAGCAAAUAAAUUUGAGAUAUACAGACAGUAGUUUUAUUUUUGUCUUUUUUUUCCUUUUUUUUUUUUUUAUCCCAGAUCUUUACACAUGCAUUACAUCAUAAGUUCAUUGACAAUAUACUUUUUUUUUUUUAAGAUUUCUAUUGUGUGGCUAUAUAUAAUGUUGCACAUUUUAUUCAAGUACACGCCACAUUGCUGCUGUCAGUGGAUAUAACACAUGACUCACAAUUUUUCAUUCUCACUUAUAAACCUUGAGCUGAAUUCUCCUAGCAAAGAAAGCAUUUCCUCUCAUUACUAAAUAUCAAAUUUCCCAUAGACAAUGUAGAAAAUGCUAUUUAGUAAACAGAUUAAUCCAAGAAAGGAUUAUUCACUAAAGUGAGUUUUCAAAGGGAAGUUCAAAUUUUAUGCUAGAGUAGUUGAACUGGAAGUAUAGCUAACUGAAAGAUGUUUUUUCCCAAUAUGGCUUUUGUGACCUUAAAUUUGACAUUUUAGUUUUGAAUUCCCUUUGAAUUCUCACAUCAGUGAAAUACUGAAGUAGUAACUGUUGAUCUACUGGGCAAUAUUCACUGAAUCGCAAGUUGUGGUAAGUCGACAGUUAAAAACAGAUCACCAAAGUUAAAGCAAAGUCUAAUAAAAUACUUUUUAAUCUCUGACACUCUUUUAACUAUUUAGAUUGCAUACCCCCCUUUAAAAAAAAAAAUCCUUUUAAGUUGCAAAGACAGACUCCUCACUGCAGCCUAGCUUUUCUUCUGUGAAGUCAUCAAACAUGGCUACAUGUAUUCAAGCAAAUGCUUCUAACCCAGUGUUGGUCUAAGAGGAGUAUUGAAUCCAUUGUGUGACAUAGAGAAGCACUGGACACACAUACCCAGCAUAUCACAUCAGCUCACUUUGCAAGUUGGUUACAGAUAUAAAGAUUUAAUUAGUCAAUCAGUUUUAGGCCAGAGCCCCUAGUUCAUCUUAAGACAUCCAAAAAACCAUGCAUGGCACUGCAAAGUAUAAACAGUGCUCUUUCUCAGAAAUGGCAAAAUAAGGGCAGCAUAUAUGCCUUUAAAUAACUUAAUUAAAGGGGCACUCCAGUGCCAGGAAAACAAACCGUUUUCCUGGCACUGCAGGUACCCUCUCCCUCCCACCAAUCAUCCCAUGUUGCUGAAGAGGUGAAAACCCCUUCAGUAACUUACCUGAGACCCCCGCCGAUGUCCCUUGGCGGUGGUUUUCGGGUCUGCCCACGCUCCUCACCCGACGUCAUCCAGCGGGGGAGACUGAUCGCGCAUGCUAGCAGGUGAGACCUAAUGAGCAUGCGUGGCAAUACCGCGCGUGUGCCUUAGACCUCUCCAUAGGAAAGCAUUGAAAAUGCUUUCAAUGCUUUCCUAUGGAGAAUUGAGCGACGCUGGAGGUCCUCACACAGCAUGAGGAUGUCCAGCGACGCUCUAGCACAGAAAACCUGUGCUAAAAACCAGGAAGUGCCCUCUAGUGGCUGUCUAGUAGACAGAGGAGUUAACCCUGCAAUGUAAUUAUUGUAGUUUAUGAAAACUGCAAUAUUUACAGCUGCAGGGUUAAGAGUAGUGGGAGUUGGCACCCAGACCACUUCAAUGGGCAGAAGUGGUCUGGGUGCCUGGAGUGUCCCUUUAACCCCUUAAGGACCCAUGACAUGUGUGACAUGUCAUGAUUCCCUUUUAUUCCAGAAGUUUGGUCCUUAAGGGGUUAAGAUGAACUGAUUUUGCUAAUACUGUCCCUUUAAUUUGGAACAAAAUCUCAAUUCUGCUGAAAUUGAUAUAUUUUAUUUUGUUUAUAUUAAUUUACCUGCAACUCAAAAUGCAUUGUAAAUAAGUAUACAUUUUAUUUUAAAAUACAAUAUGUGAAUUAUGUUACCUAUAUUUUUGCCCAAAGUAGCUGAGGAGAACAUUUAGCCAAGUUAAAUACAUUUUCCAAUUCUGCUAUUUUGGAUGUAAACAAUUCUCUUGUCAAUUUUAUAUAAUGUAUAAACACAUCUGUAAAACAUUUAAAUCAUUUUGCCAAGUAAAACAGAGUACAAAUGUUUUGACAAAAUUGAUGUAUGCUACUUUAAAAUGCAAAUGGUACAAUGGAAAAAAAGAAUUUAUUAGAAGCCAAGGCUUUAUAUAACUUUUGUAUAUUGUUUCUGAUUAAAGUCCAGAGUACUUAGAAAGGCACCUAAAAUAAACUAAAACAACAUAGGGAUUUAUAUUUAGGGAUAGAUAGAUAGAUAGAUAGAUGGAUAGAUAGGUGGAUAGAUAGACAGACAGACAGACAGAUAGAUAGAUAGAUAGAUAGAUAGAUACAUACAUACAUACAUUGAUAGAUAGAUGGAUAGAGAGAUAGAUAGAUAGAUAGAUAGAUAGAUAGAUAGAUACAUUGAUAGAUGGAUAGAUAGAUAGAUGGACAGAUAGGUGGAUAGAUAGAUGGAUAGAUGGAUAGAUGGAUAGAUAGAUAGAUAGAUGGAUAGAUGCAACAAAAUAUAUAAAAAAAUUCAUAUAUCAUUUCCCAGAAUAUGUAGUUCUUAUUUAGUUUGCAUUGACAAUCUUUGCAAAUCUCUGACUAUGUGUUCCAGAUAUAAACCAUACAGUCAAACUGAACAUUUUAAAUCCUAUGUUUGAAUUUAUUUAGCUAUUAUAGAACUAGAAAAGAUUUUUUUUUAAAAAGACAAAGCCGCUUUAAAAAUAAUUUCUUAUUAAAGUGUUAGCUUUUCAUUAGUCUAUUUAAGUGAUAAUAUUUUUUUAACAAGAAGUUGCAUUCAGUCAUGUGAGUACAUAUAAUAAUCUGAGAAAUGUUUGUUUUAUUAUUUUUGCUUCAUUAAUAUGCACUUUAGGCACUGAGUCAUAAACAUUCUACAUAAAUGUGAGUUAUCACCAGGACAUUGAAAUGUUGGGAAUACAUCAGGGUACUGCACAUUUAAGGCAGCAAUAGCUGAGCCGCAAAAAUAGUUGGAGAUUUUAUUCAGUUUGGCUGUGCUCUAAAACCUGCAAUUCCCUUUUUGUAUUCCCUAAAAAUCACAGCUUAAUGAAUAACCCUCCUUGUGGGGUAGCGGUGCUUAUUUGAUGAAUACCACACUUUAAUGAACUAAAACACAAGUUGCAAACUGUAAGCUGAAUAGUCUAAAUUUGUGGUUUUUAAAUAACUUUAAUCCAGUGUUUAGUGAAAAAGCCCCCAAAUUAAAAUAUGUGGCAUUAUAUGACACACAUGUUUACCACAGUGAUUUUGUGUGUUUAAAUAAUUUUGUUUAUAUCACGUUCCAGACUAUAGGCACUAAUAUAACACACACUGUGCAUGUUUUUGAUACACUGAGUAUAGAGAGUGAUAAUGUAUGUGGACAGUUUGUGGAAGUUAAUUGUAACUUUUGUGCAUGUAACUUGAUAUGUGACUGUACAUGUAAUGUGUGUAUAUUUUUGGCUAAGUUUGUAUGCAUAUGACUACAUUUGCUAUGUGUUUGGGAACUGAUAUUUGUAUAUGUGAUUGCAUAUAUAAUGUGGCUGUGUAUGUGUCUAUAUAUAGAUUUUUGUUUAACACUGUAUUAACUAUUAACAGACUUCAGGUGAAAGGGAUUUUCAAUCACAAUUUUUCCCCACCAUAACCUAUUUGGAUUUUGUUUCCCAAGCACUACCAAGCUUUAAUAAGCAAACCAGUAACCAACCUCAUACUGAAGAGUUGCAUUAACAACGAAACAGCUGUCCAUGAGUGGUUCACUGGUUUUUUAGUGAUGUCCCGAACGGUUUGCCGCGGACGGCGAACAUAUGCUGUAAACUUUGACCCUGUACCUCACAGUCAGCAGACACAUUCCAGCCAAUCAGCAGCAGACCCUCCCUCCCAGACCCUCCCACCUCCUGGGAAGCAUCCAUUUUACAUUCAUUGUGAAGCUGCAUUCUUAGUGAGCUGUCCAGGAGGUGGGAGAGUCUGGGAGGGAGGGUCUGCUGCUGAUUGACUGGAAUGUGUCUGCUGACUGUGAGGUACAGGGUCAAAGUUUACCGCAUAUGUUCGCCAUCCGCGGUGAACCGUUCGGGACAUCACUACUGGUUUUGCAUCUUUUCCUAAAUUGUGUUCCAAGCAGUUGCAUACUGCAAACACAGAUUAAAAGGAAUCCAUGUUUAAAAUGUAAUGAGGCAAAAAUGUGAUUCUUUGUUAAACUAAUUUGCAUAUGCCCACCCAGAAUCUUUUGCAGUUGUAACAUCACUGCAGAUUUGGGAUUUCUGUGGGAAAAACAAGUCUUAUGGCUUGACUGGUGUGAAGAUUUUUGUUUAACAUUGUAUUAACUAUAUAUAUAUAUAUGAUGUGCGUAUGAGACCCUAUUUUAGGGCCCUAUUCCGCAUCCCACCUUUGCUCCCUGGUUUCCGGCACUUGGCUACACCAGAACUGUCCCCAAAAAGCGUACUGCAUGUACAUCAUUAGACGUGCUUGCUCUUCACUCAGGGCUGUAGGGCCAGGCAGAGAGUGCUAAAACAUUGUCUGCCCUUAAUGGGCUAGUCUGGGUGUGUAGCAGAUAGAUUGGCCUAUAUUCAUGCCAGGCUGACCUGCCUAUACUUUGGGUUCACCCCCUUAGGGUGGCUCCAGUGAUAUGAUUGGUGUCAUUGACCUGCUAAUGUUUGGUGAGCAUGAUAAUGUGUUCUAAUUUACAUACUUUACUUUAAUUUGGAUUCUCUUUAAACUUGCUUUCCAUGCUCACAUUGACUGUGUUUGAUUUUAUUUCAGCACUGUGUAAUCAGUUUGUUGGUUGUCCUUGUCUUUGUUGUGUUUUUUUUUUUCUCUCUCUUUGGAUUAUUUUAUGUAUUCAUGUUUUAUGGUUCUGAUGGCAUGCACUUUAUAGGUGAAUAUGUAAUAGUAUGGAAAUGAUAACAAUAGUAAUGUGUUUUAAUGUCAGUUAGGAGUAAGGUCAUGUGUCAGCUACUUACAAGAAAUAUGCCAAGUGUUCCACUUCAGUAGGUACAAAGGAGAGAGACAAAAGGGAUGUGGUUAAAUAUUAUCCUCACACAUAUUAAGGAAAGCUCUGCACACUAGAUCAUAUUGUUCCUAUUACUGUGCAUGCUAACACCUAUUUUCCACUCUUCCAGGAGGUCUGUUUAUGGUGAGGGAACUGACCUUCAAUCUUUCUGUCAAUUAAUGCCUCUGAUUAUAGAAUAUAAUUUUAUAAAGUCAUAUACCGCUUCACUGUAUGUUUAUGAUGGGAUGAACUUGGGAUGAAUUUAUACCUUAAUUGUUCUAUUAUUUGUUUAUUCUUCAUACAUAUCUGCAUUAAUGCUAUAAUUCAUAUAGCUCACAAUAUUACUGUAUACCAUCAGGUGUAUAAUUGUUUUCCGUUGACUUUGUAUAUUUAGUUUAAAUUAUAGACACAAUUGUAUUCUAUAAACUAGCAAUGUUAGCUUAGUCAUGUCUGGGCUGAGACUCAUCAGUACAGUAAAUAUGAUAAUAUGCCUGAUGUACAGUGAUUGACCUAAGGCAGACCUGUUGUAGGGCAGCUGUUCCUCACUGUAGCCAAUUCAAGUCAGUGAGCAUUAAUUCCUGGUUGACAUUGAGGCUAAGAACAAGAAAAGUUUACGACCUCAUAACCUUUGUACGAUGCGGAUGGAUGUGGCAGGUUUCUCAAUGAACAUUCUUAAAAAAGAGAGGAAAGAGACUGCUCUGUAAUUAAACAUUGGGUCAUAGAACAAUUAAAGGAAUGUUGUAAUAUUUUAGUAAAAAUAUAAAAUUUCAAAACCGUACACACUGCUAGAACGUGUGUCAGGAUCCAGAGUGCAGGUUGUCGGGUACAGUUGUUUAUUUGUAAAACAUCUUCUUUGUAAGAAGGUACAGUUCAUAAUCUAGAUCAGGGAUAGGCAACCUUCGGCGCUCCAGAUGUUAUGGACUACAUCCACUAUAAUGCUCUUCCACCCAUAAUGCAAAGCAUCAUGGGAGGUGUAGUCCAAAACAUCUGGAGAGCCGAAGGUUGCCUAUGCCUUAUCUAGAUAUUUACAGAUUGUUUUCCAUUGUUAUGAGAAGGUCCGUUUCAUAAUCUGGAUAAUUACAGUUCCCACAAGAUGCCUUAUAGGCAUAAUUAGUACUGAUGAGCAGCACCUGUUCAGAAUUUUUUUUUUGCUCUGGAUUGCUGGCAUGCAAGUAUGUGCAAUCAUUCUACAGUGGAAAAUAACUCAGCUGGUCUGAUCCUUGCCGAAUUUCACUUAACAGAAAGUUUGACUUCUUUUGAGUGAUAACAAGCUAGUAUUCACUAUUGUUUAAGUUUACAUUUGCUGUCCAUAUUGCAAGUAGCCAUCUUUCUUUUUCCAAGACGGUGUCCUCUUUUUCUUAAAUUAUUGAUUGUGUUAUGAAAUCAAUAUUGAGCGGAGAUCUGAGUAUAAAAUGGUGCAUUAAUAUCCACAGUGACACUCUUGUUAGCAGUGGAUUAAAGAGUAAAGAUCUUUAUUCACUUAUUGUAGUUUUAAAGUUUUAAAGUUAAAUUUUUCUCUCAGGCCAUGUUGAGUCACAUUUUUCACAUCUUUCAGUGGAUGAAACAGUUUAAUUGUAAUCUGGGGAGGGGUUUAUUUGUGUGAGUAGUAAUUGAAAAGUUGACUAAUAAUGUGUUGAUGCAGUGAAUCUACUGCGUCUAGGAGAUGUCUAGUCUAAAGUCACACAGGGUACUGUUUCUGUUACCCUGAUCUAGAUCCUACUUUGUAGAAAUUAAAUAUUGCUGUAGUUGUUCAAGCAUAUGAUAACCCACAGAAACUGAAAUGCUCUUAUAUUAAGCCAUCUUGAGUGAUCUAACACUAGAUCAAUUACAUGAAUAAGACCCAUCUUCAUGAAGACAGCAGACAAAACGAAUUCUCAGACAUAUGUUCAAUUGACUAGUGGUCAGUUUGGCUGAACCAUUUUUCCUUGGAAAAAAGCAUUUUUGGGGGAAGCUGAAAUUUAGCCAUUUGGCUCGGCAGAAUUUUGGUAACAGAAAAUGUAUUUGGGGGAACUAAUUAGAUGAACAAAAAGGAUGUUAAAAUGGAUCAAUCCGUAUACUGUGAAAUAUAUGCAUGAUAUAAAUUGUUUACAGAUCAAGUAGAAAAAAGUAAACACGAGAAGGACAAAGAGUAGGACCUGUAAAAAAUAAAUAAAUCUGUAUUUAUAUAUUAUAUAUAUUUUCUCCUCUUUACUUCACUCUACUGUUUACUUUUACUUGAUUUUUGUAUAACAUUUCUGUUUAGUGACUGUACCCUGGCCAUCAAUGAUCUCUCUUCCAAUUAAUCAUCUCUUUUUGUUGGCCUUAAAAGUGAAAUUCAGAAUCACAAGUCAAAAGCUUAGCUAUUGCAUGUUUCAUUUAAUUCACGAAUCAGCUAUUUUCAUCUCAAAGUUUGAUAAUCCAACUGAUCACCCGGUCAGCCAAAAUUCGGAUGAAUUGCAGUUCGGAACAAUAUUAAUUUUUAAAUAUAAUUUUCAAUGAGCCCAGAUGUUUAAUUUAUUCACAUAUCGGUCAUGUCAGCACAACUGUAAUUUUUUUAUUUUAAAUUGAUUGCCUAAUGAUAUUUACAACCAGCUAGUUAUAGUAAUUGAAGAUUUUGACGAUAGGGUUCAUUCACUACAACACACACACUCUCACUUUCUCUUUUCUCUUCUUUUGGAAUUAAGAAAAUGUAAACAAUUUAUAUUCUAAAAUAUAAAAUGACUACUUCAAACACAAUAUAUACACAAGUAAAAUAAUCUUCUGCAUUGUAACUGGGAUAUACAGGGAGUGCAGAAUUAUUAGGCAAGUUGUAUUUUUGAGGAUUAAUUUUAUUAUUGAACAACAACCAUGUUCUCAAUGAACCCAAAAAACUCAUUAAUAUCAAAGCUGAAUAUUUUUGGAAGUAGUUUUUAGUUUGUUUUUAGUUUUAGCUAUGUUAGGGGGAUAUCUGUGUGUGCAGGUGACUAUUACUGUGCAUAAUUAUUAGGCAACUUAACAAAAAACAAAUAUAUACCCAUUUCAAUUAUUUAUUAUUACCAGUGAAACCAAUAUAACAUCUCAACAUUCACAAAUAUACAUUUCUGACAUUCAAAAACAAAACAAAAACAAAUCAGUGACCAAUAUAGCCACCUUUCUUUGCAAGGACACUCAAAAGCCUGCCAUCCAUGGAUUCUGUCAGUGUUUUGAUCUGUUCACCAUCAACAUUGCGUGCAGCAGCAACCACAGCCUCCCAGACACUGUUCAGAGAGGUGUACUGUUUUCCCUCCUUGUAAAUCUCACAUUUGAUGAUGGACCACAGGUUCUCAAUGGGGUUCAGAUCAGGUGAACAAGGAGGCCAUGUCAUUAGAUUUUCUUCUUUUAUACCCUUUCUUGCCAGCCACGCUGUGGAGUACUUGGACGCGUGUGAUGGAGCAUUGUCCUGCAUGAAAAUCAUGUUUUUCUUGAAGGAUGCAGACUUCUUCCUGUACCACUGCUUGAAGAAGGUGUCUUCCAGGAACUGGCAGUAGGACUGGGAGUUGAGCUUGACUCCAUCCUCAACCCGAAAAGGCCCCACAAGCUCAUCUUUGAUGAUACCAGCCCAAACCAGUACUCCACCUCCACCUUGCUGGCGUCUGAGUCGGACUGGAGCUCUCUGCCCUUUACCAAUCCAGCCACGGGCCCAUCCAUCUGGCCCAUCAAGACUCACUCUCAUUUCAUCAGUCCAUAAAACCUUAGAAAAAUCAGUCUUGAGAUAUUUCUUGGGCCAGUCUUGACGUUUCAGCUUGUGUGUCUUGUUGAGUGGUGGUCGUCUUUCAGCCUUUCUUACCUUGGCCAUGUCUCUGAGUAUUGCACACCUUGUGCUUUUGGGCACUCCAGUGAUGUUGCAGCUCUGAAAUAUGGCCAAACUGGUGGCAAGUGGCAUUGUGGCAGCUGCACGCUUGACUUUUCUCAGUUCAUGGGCAGUUAUUUUGCGCCUUGGUUUUUCCACACGCUUCUUGCGACCCUGUUGACUAUUUUGAAUGAAACGCUUGAUUGUUCGAUGAUCACGCUUCAGAAGCUUUGCAAUUUUAAGAGUGCUGCAUCCCUCUGCAAGAUAUCUCACUAUUUUUGACUUUUCUGAGCCUGUCAAGUCCUUCUUUUGACCCAUUUUGCCAAAGGAAAGGAAGUUGUCUUAUAAUUAUGCACACCUGAUAUAGGGUGUUGAUGUCAUUAGACCACACCCCUUCUCAUUACAGAGAUGCACAUCACCUAAUAUGCUUAAUUGGUAGUAGGCUUUCGAGCCUAUACAGCUUGGAGUAAGACAACAUGCAUAAAGAGGAUGAUGUGGUCAAAAUACUCAUUUGCCUAAUAAUUCUGCACUCCCUGUAGUUCUGAAAAAAAAUAUACCUGAUGAAUGUCAUUCUUGCCCUUAGUCACCUCCAUAGUUCCAUGAACAAAGGACAGGCUAGGUGACAAUUAUAUGUCCAAGCGAAAGUGUUGUCAGGUGUCAUGGUGGACAUAGGGUUUCUAUGAGAAUUUUGCUACGAAGAUAGAGUUAAAUGAGGAUGUGAUCUCAGAUAGGUAUCAUCCAUGUACAGAUAAUACAUUUUUAAUGUUAUUUGAAAUGAUGAGUGCCAGAAGUAUUGUGUGUCAAAACCUAUGCACCGUACUAUAUCCUCCUCGUUAGUGUGAUGAUGGAGAUUCAAAUUCCUUUCCUUCAGAAGAAAUUAGUUUGUUUUAUAUUAAAUGACAAGAGUUCUUUCUUUUAUCUGUCAUUUUCUUUCCUACCAUGAUCAAAACUACGUCACUGGAGUGAACAAAAUUAGACGACAGCCAUGACAAAUUUGUAUCCUGAUUUCUGACAAAAUUUUACCAUAGUGUGAUGUCUAUAUAGGAAAUCCUUAUUAGCAUCCUGAGAUAUCCCUUAGGAUAGCAACUAUAUUGCUAUGUCUUAUUUGCAAUUACACAGGGAAAACCAGCUUUAGAGUAAGAUAUGAACAUUAUCUAUUUCAAUUCUCUAUAGUUUUAGACAGAGCAGAAGUUUGUAACAACAAUUCCUCUAUAGAAAAGAAAAACUUAUUUGAGACGAGUUGUUAGCAAAAUAGCACUCUUUGCACAGAGUGAAAAAAAUGCACCGUAUUUAAAUUUAAUGAGGUUUUAUUUUUAUUUUCAAGUUUUAAUUGGAUUUAGGAAUGGGGAAUAAAUAUGAUCAAUUUUCUAUAGUAUUGUGAACUAAGAAUAUAACGGAGUAGGGGAAAUGUAUUAUUGCCGAAUAGUAUCUUAUAAGUGGGGUCGUCUAGCACGAGGUGUUGGUGGAGGUGAUUCUGCUUACUACAAAUUGUAGCAGUGGCCAUCAAAAGGUGUUGGGGAAGUGGGGUCUGCACUGAAUUAGUAGAAAAUAGGGGGUCUGCAUGUAGAGUUGUGGAUUGUGGAAGGGCUGAGAAAUAUAAGCAAUGAGGGUAGAGAAAAAAGGGAGUAAUGAGAAGUCAAGAAUAUCUGAAGUGGUUGUGAGUAUGAGAAUAUAUACUUGUAUAUGUAUGUGUGAAUGCAAACAGGAAUGCCACAUUUAAAAAUAGUAUGAAAUAAUCUCACACACACACAUAUAUAUAUAUAUAUAUAUAUAUAACAAUUUACUGUUGAUUUUAAAUGUGCUAGGGGCUAGGAGAAGAUGUUCUACAGAAGAUAUUAUAAAAAUACACACAUAAAUAAAUAUUUAUAGGCCUGGAAAUAUUUAGAAAGAUACACAAUUUUCAUAAUUUUAAUUCUGUACAAAACCACAAUGGAUUUGAAAUGAAACAACUGAGAUGCUUUAAUUCAACAGGCUGAACAAAAAUAUUGCACAAAAGGUUUAGGAAUUACAACCAUUUUCAUUCACAAUCUCUUUAUUUCAGGGUUAUAAAUGUAAUUGGACAAAUUAAUCAUAAAUAAAAUGUUAAUUUUUAAUUCUUUGUGGAGAAUAAUUUGCAGGCAAUGCACAUUGCCAAACGCUGGGUUUCCUCCUUUGAGAUGCUUUGCUAGGCCUUUACUGCAGCUGUCUCCAGUUGUUGUUUGUUUGUAGGUCUUUCUGCCUUAAAUAUUGUCUUCAGCAAGUGAAAUGCAUGCUGACUCAGGAUGAGAUCAGAUGAUUGACUUGGCCAUUGCAGAAUAUUCCAUUUCUAUGCCUUAGAAAACAUCUGGAUUGCUUACACAGUAUGUUUUGGGUCAUUGUCCAUCUGUAAAGUCCAAUCAACUUUGCUGAUUUUGGCUGAAUAUGAGCAGACAAAACAUCCAUACAUUGCCUAUAUACUUCAGAAUUCAUCCGGCUGCUUCUGUCAAGUGAUCAAUAAACAAUAAUGACUCAGUGCCAUUGGAAGCCUUGAAUACCUAUGCCAUCAAACUGCCUCCACCAUGUUUUAUAGAUGAUGAGGUAUGCUUCGGAUCAUGAUCUCUUCCAAGCUUUCUCCAUACUUUAUUCUUCUCAUCAUUCAGCUGACUUCUGAGUGUGCCACCGGACCGGCCACCCGGGGGCACCUAUAUGCGCAGUGCAGCCCCCAGGUGCCGAAGAAAUUUCCCGGUGGGCCAGUCCGGGCCUGGACAUCAUUCCCCUUGCUACAGGGGAACAGAUGUCAAGGAUUUAGGGCUGAGAGAUCACUUAAGGUGUCACAAAGGGGGGGUUAUUGCCAUUGGUCGUCUGUUGACAGCAUGUUAUGCGCAGUUAUGACAAUGUAACGAGAAUAUACCCCUACACGCAGGAUGCAGCUAAACAGAGGCAAAUACAGAGGAGAGAUACGUCUACCGGACCUUAGAAUGGCCGGACUCGACGUAUAUGAGAGGAGACAGAGCCAGGAACAAACCGAGGUCAAGGGCACAGAGAGACAGCGUAAACUAGGACAAGCCGGGGUCUGGUACACGGAAAACAGCAAGCCGGCAAACAGUACAGAUAAGGAUAAAGCGAAAACGAAGUCAGAAUACGAAGCCAAAGUCAAUACGAGAAAACACAACUGAACACCACAAGCGCUAAAGGGAACUGAAACAGAAACCACGAUAGGGCAACGAGCUAAGGGAAAAAGGUAAGUUUAAAUAGCUUUAAAACGAAAGUGAUUGGCUCCUGUCACUUCCACACCCCCUAUAGGUAAUUGUACAGGGAGUGUGGUAUGACAGGAGCCAAUGGGAGCCUUUUGGCAAUUAGGCUCCCACUGUCUCUUUAAGAGCGCGCCCGAGACUCGCGGCGCGCUCUUAGUUUCAGGCGGGACACGUGACCGCCUCACGCGGUCACUGCCCGCCUUCCAUCCAAAGCAGUUGGAUGAGCCGCGCGCGGCUCGUGCAGCCGCAGGACCGCGCGCGGCUUGAAGAGAGGACCGCGACCGGCCCCCGGUUAAGGUAAGUAACGCUACAGUACCCCCCCCUGAGGACACGCCCCCCGGGCGGGUAGGACCAGGCCUGGCAGGAAAACGAGAAUGGAAAGAGCGCACAAGACGGGGAGCAUGGACAGCAUCAGCCGAAAUCCAACUGUGCUCCUCAGGCCCAUAACCCUUCCAAUGUACCAAGUACUGAAGUCGACCCCUAAGGAAACGAGAGUCAAGAACAGCAGACACUUCAAACUCCUCAUGACCCUCCACCGAGAUAGGAGGGGGAGGAGGAGUAUGCCGGGUAUAGCGGUUGCGUACGAAAGGUUUCAACAAUGAGGUGUGAAAAACAUUAGGAAUACGUAGAUUCUUAGGCAGGCCUAAGGCAUAAGAAACAGGAUUAACCUUAUGUAUAAUACGAUAAGGUCCAAUGAAGCGGGGAGCCAAUUUCAUAGAAGGCACCCGGAGACGAAUAUUCCGCGUGGAAAGCAAAACCCUGUCCCCCACAACAUAGGACGGAGCUGCUCUGCGAUGCUUGUCAGCCUGAGCCUUCUGGCGAGUAGCAGAGUCCACCAAAGAACGCUGAACCUGCUCCCAAGUAUUACGCAAACCAGCCAAAUGCUCAUCCAGAACUGGCAUGCCCUGUGAGGAGAAUGCAGCCGGAAGAACAACGGGAUGCUGGCCAUAGACAACGUAAAAAGGGGUCUUGCCGGAAGAAUCAUGAGUGGCGUUAUUCCGAGCAAAUUCAGCCCAAGGAAGCAGGUCAGACCAAUUGUCCUGAUGGUGAGACACAAAACAACGGAGGUAUUGCUCCAGAGACUGGUUGGCACGUUCAGCAGCCCCAUUAGACUGGGGAUGAUAAGCGGAAGAAAAUGAGAGAGAAAUACCCAUUUCUGAACAAAAGGCCCUCCAGAACCUGGAAAUAAAUUGGCUACCCCUAUCGGAUACAAUAGAUACGGGAAUCCCAUGUAAUCAAAAUACUUCUCUAGCGAAGAUAUGAGCCAGUUCCUUGGAUGUGGGCAACUUGCGAAGAGACACGAAGUGAGCCAUUUUGGAGAACCGAUCCACUAUCAUCAGGAUCACUGUGUUACCAUUUGAAGGGGGUAAUUCAACAAUAAAAUCCAUGGACAGGUUAGACCAAGGUCUCUCGGGAACGGGUAACGGAUGCAACAGCCCACAAGGAACUCUACGGGAGGAUUUCAUACAGGCACAAGUAGUACAAGCACUUAUAUAGUCAGUGACAUCCUUUCGUAAGGAAUCCCACCAAAAAUACCGAGAAACAGCUGACACCGUUUUGGAAAUACCAGGAUGUCCAGCGGUCUUAGUAUCAUGAUAUAAUGACAUAAUAUCCCGUCUCUCAGGAACAUCAACGAACAGUUUAUCAUUAGGCCUCUCGCUAGGUGCCAUGCUUUGUUUCGCUUGUAUGGCCUGCAAGAGGGACGAGGAAAUAGACAAAAUAGUAGUAGCUAUUAUCCUGUCUGGGGAAUGACAGGAGUAACAUCAAUCUCCUGUUUGUCAGUAGUUUCGAACUGUCUGGACAGAGCGUCUGCUUUAGUGUUGCGAUCACCUGGCCUAUAGGUGAUAAUAAAAUUGAAACGGGACAAAAAUAGUGACCACCUAGCCUGCCUGGAAGACAAUCUUUUGGCUUCGCUAAGGUAGGAUAGGUUCUUGUGAUCCGUAAAAAUGAGGAUAGGAUCCUUAGUUCCUUCUAACAAAUGUCUCCACUCUUUAAGUGCUAAAAUAAUAGCAAGGAGUUCGCGAUUACCCACAUCAUAAUUUUUCUCUGCUUUGGACAUUUGUUUAGAAAAGAAGCCGCAUGGAUGCAAUGGCUUCUCAGGCGACUCUCUUUGGGAUAAGACAGCACCUACCCCAAUAUCCGAAGCAUCAACUUCAAGAAUAUAGGGCAGUGAGGGGACAUGAUGCUGUAAAAUAGGUGCAGAGGCGAACGUAGUUUUAAGAAAUUCAAAAGCCUGAAGUGCCUCGGUAGACCAAACACGAGUAUUGCCAUCCUUUUUAGUCAUACGGGUAAUAGGUGCUACAAUGGACGAGAAACCUUUGAUAAAACGUCUAUAAUAAUUGGAGAACCCAAGAAAACGCUGAAUAGCUUUCAGACCUUGCGGUAGAGGCCAUUCUAUUACAGCAGCUAGCUUCUGGGGAUCCAUACGAAAACCUUUAGCGGAAAUCAAAUACCCCAAGAACUGGACUUCGGUUUGGUCAAACAGACAUUUUUCUAGCUUGCAAUAAAGACCAUUAGCAAGAAGGGUCUUCAAAACUGUCGUAACAUGUCUGUGAUGAGUGUGUAUAUCUGUAGAAUAUAUUAAAAUGUCGUCCAAGUAUACGAUAACAAAUGUGUGAAUAAAAUCUCUCAAGACAUCAUUAAUAAAUUCUUGGAAUACUGCUGGGGCAUUGCAAAGCCCAAAUGGCAUAACAGUAUAUUCGUAAUGACCGGAUCUAGUGUUGAAUGCAGUCUUCCAUUCGUGAUUUUCCUUUAUACGUAUCAAAUUGUAUGCACUCCUAAGGUCUAAUUUAGUGAACACAGUGGCAUGUUUCAGCCUGUCAAAUAAUUCUGUAAUCAAAGGUAUAGGGUAUGCAUUUUUGAUAGUGAUUUUGUUUAGACCUCUAUAAUCUAUACACGGUCUUAAAUCACCUUCUUUCUUCGAUACAAAGAAGAACCCUGCUCCAGCUGGAGAAGAGGAUCUCCUAAUAAACCCUUUUUCCAGUGAUUCCUUGAUGUACUCCUCCAUGACACGGUUUUCUUGAACCGAUAAGGGGUACACCCUGCCCUUUGGAGGUAUAGUGCCAGGCAACAAGUCAAUAGCGCAAUCAUAGGGUCUGUGAGGCGGUAAUUUCUCAGCCUCCCUUUUAUCGAAAACAGUCUUUAGAGAUAAGUACUGAGGGGGUAUAACCGUAGACAAAGGAGGACUGGUAGGUACCUCAAUAGAAUUCAAAGGGGUGACUUCCAACGUACAAGACUCGUGGCAGGCCUCACUCCAUGAUUUUAUUUGCCCUGUCUCCCAGUCAAAAAUGGGAUUGUGAGCACGUAACCAUGGAUACCCUAAUACUAACUGUGAAGAGGGAGAGGUGAUGACCUGGAAUCGAAUGGUUUCAUAGUGUAAAACCCCUGUGUACAUGUGUAAUGGUACAGUCUCAUGAGUAACAACUGGAGAACUUAAUGGUCUACCAUCUAUGGCCUCAACGGCCAAGGGUAUCUCCUUCUCUCUGAUGGGAAUGUUGUUUCUCUUUAUAAAGCCAGAGUCUAUAAAAUUUUCAGCUGCCCCAGAGUCAACCAGAGCAUAUAUGUUGUCAACUAUACAAAUCUCUCCCAUAUAUAAAGAAACCGGGAGAAGCAAGCGGUUAGGAGGCAAUUUAGGAGACUUAGAUAUCACACCCAAGGCCAGUCCCCUAUAAGGUCUUAGGUGCGAGAGUUUUCCGGGAGUAAAGGACAUUCCUUUACCAUAUGGUCUCUCCUACCACAGUAUAGGCAGAGUCCCUCCCUUCUCCUAUGUAAUUUCUCAGUAUCAGAGAGUUUGGCAACCCCUAAUUGCAUAGGUUCCUCCUCAGACACUUUAACACUCUCUGGUAUAUUAACUCUGGGGUUAAUGGGUGUAACAAAACGUCUAUUCCUGUUCUUGGUAUAGAGCCUGUCACGAAUUCUAUUAUCAAUAUCAAUGAGGUAAUCGAUAAGGUCCUCUAAGGCAAUAGGAAGCUCCUUAGCUGCUACCUCAUCCAAUAUCGUAUCUGACAAACCUUCCAUAAAGGCAGUAGUUAACCCAUUGUUGGUCCAAUCUACCUGCGAAGCAAGAGUGCGAAACUGAAUAGCAUAAUCAGCCACAGACCUAGAACCCUGUUUAAUUCUCAUUAAUGCUCUCGCGGCAUUCUUUGACCUUUUCAUUGUGUCAAAAGUUCUACGAAAAGCCGUAAGAAAACUGUUGAAAUCAUGUACCAUAGGUCCAUUAGCUUCCCAAAUAGGAUUUGCCCACUCAAGUGCCUUAUCGGUAAGUUGGUGCAUAAAGAACCCAACCUUAGACCUCUCUGUGGGAAAUGAACGUGGAUACAUUUCGAAGUGAAAUUCAAUCUGAUUAAUAAACCCUCUGCAAGUCUUAGAGUCCCCUCCAUACCUAGGAGGAGGUGUUAAAUGGGCCGAAGUAUUAGGCAAAGUAGAUACUUCAGGGAGAAGGGGCGUAGGAGGGUUAGGUGUGGUUGCUGGAACGGUUCUAGCUAGGAGCGUCUGGAGCUAUCUGAUCCAUACGGUGAUCCUGCUCUACAAAUCUUGCCUCAUGGGACGCCAUCUGUUGAGCUAAAUCUGCGGGGUCCAUGGCCCUAUCGUAAUGUAACGAGAAUAUACCCCUACACGCAGGAUCCAGCUAAACAGAGGCAAAUACAGAGGAGAGAUACGUCUACCGGACCUUAGAAUGGCCGGACUCGACGUAUAUGAGAGGAGACAGAGCCAGGAACAAACCGAGGUCAAGGGCACAGAGAGACAGCGUAAACUAGGACAAGCCGGGGUCUGGUACACGGAAAACAGCAAGCCGGCAAACAGUACAGAUAAGGAUAAAGCGAAAACGAAGUCAGAAUACGAAGCCAAAGUCAAUACGAGAAAACACAACUGAACACCACAAGCGCUAAAGGGAACUGAAACAGAAACCACGAUAGGGCAACGAGCUAAGGGAAAAAGGUAAGUUUAAAUAGCUUUAAAACGAAAGUGAUUGGCUCCUGUCACUUCCACACCCCCUAUAGGUAAUUGUACAGGGAGUGUGGUAUGACAGGAGCCAAUGGGAGCCUUUUGGCAAUUAGGCUCCCACUGUCUCUUUAAGAGCGCGCCCGAGACUCGCGGCGCGCUCUUAGUUUCAGGCGGGACACGUGACCGCCUCACGCGGUCACUGCCCGCCUUCCAUCCAAAGCAGUUGGAUGAGCCGCGCGCGGCUCGUGCAGCCGCAGGACCGCGCGCGGCUUGAAGAGAGGACCGCGACCGGCCCCCGGUUAAGGUAAGUAACGCUACAGACAAACAGAAACCAUACUAUGCACAUAAUUAACAUUAGCCAUCCACAAACUCUACAUACAGGAUGUAUUUGGUUUCAUAGCAUGUUGUCAUGGUAUAUUAAAUCACCUGGCCCAGGAAGACAGAGCACACAAUUUUGAAAAGCAAUUGGCUGUUCCAAAAUAGUGAGCAUUGGCUCAAAUAACUGACAAUCUGACCAAAGGUGCAUUAAGAUGGUUGUCAGAAAGUAAAAGUGGAGUUCUUAAAAAAAAAAAGUGAGAAGGUAUAUUAAAACAUACAAAUUAUAUGAAAGGUACUCUCUAAGCACCAUAACCACUACAGUGUGCUCUAGUGGUUAUGGUGUCAGUAGUGCCUUGGCGCCAUGUAAGUAGUCAAAUAAUUUGCAGUGCAAGAAAUAGUUUACUGGCUGAGAGCAUUCGGCUGUUGCCCUUAGCCCAUUACCUGGCUCUGCACGAGAGGGCUUAGCUCAGGAACACUAAUGGAAGUACCCAGCAGGCUUUCACUUCCAGCAGUGAGACUCUUUAUUGAUGCAUGGGUACAAAAUAUGUUCCUUUUGUACAUUUCACAGUACGUCCUUCUUAAAGGAAAGCAGUUCGACUUCCGUCAUUGGGCGAGUGCAGGACACUCAUGACACUAUAACCACUACAGGAGCCUGUAGUGGUUAUGGUACUUGGAGUGUUCCUUUACACUAAUUAGUUACAUGGAUGCUUAAGAUAGUGAGUACUUGUACAGCAUUUAGAGUUGUACAAUUAUUUUGGGGGAAAAAAUAUGUAUUCAUUAAGGAUUAAAUGUAAGUGGCUCCUUUUGGCUAGUCUCCAGUUGGCUAUUUAUUCAUAUCUUCACUGAAGUAAAAACUUUCUACAUAAUUGCAGAAAUCAGUCUAUACAUCAAAGGAAGAUAAAUUUGAAAUGAAUUUUUUCAUGCCUGUGUAACAUGAAAUGUGGAGAACUGAGGCCAAAAAUAGCAAGGCUUGUCAAAUUCUCCAACCUAAUUGUUUUAUUGGAAUUUAUGCUUUUUGGUGGCCUAAAUGUAAAACAAUAUGUUGGUAGUAGUUUUGCAAAUUAUCCUCCCACAUGUAUUGGUGCAGUAGUGUAAUAUAUCCAACUAAUGUGAAUAAUGACAUUGUGCAAAAUGUGAGUGCACAUGUUAAAUACACAAGGUACAGUAAAUGUAUACAUUGUGGUUUACUCUCUACGACACCACAUUAUGAUUUUGAUAAAUCAGAUUGCAUUAUGUAAAUAAAUUAUAUAAUGUGAAUAGAUUAUAUAAUGUGAAUAUAAAUAUAGCCAAGCUGAUUAGCUUCAGUGUCAGCAGUUUUUUGUUAAAAUGUUAUUAUUCAAUUUUCAAUUUAAUUGCUCAAUUUUGGUGUUUAGUGAAUACAUCAGAUUGGGCUCCCAGUCUAGCAGAACAAGAUAAUCAAAAUAGUGAAAUACAGGAAAAGGCAUGCAUUAAACUAAACUAUGAAGUAGUGCCACUGGUUGGUAUACAAAAUCAGGAAUGGUUUGAUGAUUGCAACUUGUAAAUAUUAGUGAACAGACUAUGCUACAGGGGUUAUCCAUUUCAUUGUAGCAAACUGAUAUAUGAUUGGCAACAUUCAGUUUAAAUAGCUGAUGUGGAAAAACUUUAAGAAUAAUUUUAAAGAAUAAGCCAACUAUUUCAUAUUGUUAGUGCCCCUUUUUUUCUCUAUCUUCUGACCAUCUACCCCAUUUUUCCUUUCUGCCUAUUAAGCUAUGUAGCCCAUGUCUGCAACAUUUUUGAAUAAGCUUUACAAAGGAUUUCAUAUUUUUUAAUGAACUUAAUUUAAUAUUUUUAUAAUGUUUUUAUGCAAUGAUUUUUUUUAUAUUUAUAUUUGAUAUUUUGAUAUUUAGAAUUUUUCAAGGUUUGUAAAAGUCUGUCAUUCCUCAUUCCUCAAAAGUACUUUUAUUUCAGUAACAAACUGAAGAAUUGGCCUACAAUUUGAAACUCAUUUUGAAUUCCUGAAAUAAUUUCAAACUCAGUUGCUCCUAUGGGCGACAUAUGAGAUAAGUAGCAGUUAGGAAGCAUGAUAGACAGGCAAUGAUGUAAACUUAUAAUGGAAUACAGACAGGUAUUAUAAAUGCCAUACAGCAACAUGAAACUCAGAAACAAAAAUAGGGUUAACUGUUCUUUAAGGAGUCUAACUUACAAUUACACACAAAAUGUGUCAGUUGUGACCCAUGGAACAUGUUGGUUGACUAAUGUCAGCAUGCCACUAAUUAUUACCGGAUAAGCCCAUAUUUUGAUUACUGUGUUGAUUGUGUUGAGUAUUUUGGUUGUUGAGAAUGGAUUCAGUGAAAAACAAUGUGGCUGGAUGAUUGGUUGUCAUAUAACUUAACUUAAAUGUAAAUAGUAUGCAGGCUAGGCACUGCAUUUUAAUGUUGGCCACGGCAACCCCACUACCUUUCAUUCACUUGAUUUUCUUUUGGGUAUUGGAAAUAUCUAUGUGCACCAACAUUUCAGUGUGGCAGGGACUCAAAUUUGAGUUCCUGCUAAAUUGUAUUCUUCCUUGGAAGCCUUUUAUUAAAGUAUAUAAAUUUUCUUAACAUGUUAUCGUUGACCAAUUAGGUUGAACAAUAGCAUUCUCUGUAACAGAGCAACAUUCUGUUGAUAUUGUGAUGUCAACAGAAUGUUGUGAUGUCACAAACAUUACCAAUGAAAUGAUCUGUUAAAAAACACCCUGGUUACUGGCUAAACAAUAUUCAGCUGGUGUGUUUUAUUUAGCUGUAUCAUGGUGUCACGGCUCCCACUCAGUGCAGUCACGUGAGGCGAAACCCUGUGCGGCCCAUUACCUUAUUGCGAGUUCCGUUUCUGAAAGUCUCCUCUGCUGCUGCACAUAGUUAUGGCAUCCUUUCCGAUGCCGGCCGCUGCACACAGGAGCCCUUUUAUAACCUCACCUCCCUAUGCCUGAAAAGAGACUUGCGUCCAUCAAGUUCAGCCUACCUCACAUUUGUUUUUUGCUGUUGAUCCAAAAGAUCCAAAAGAAGGCAAAAAAAAACCAGUUUGAAGCACAAUUUUGCAACAAGCUAGGAAAAAAAUUCCUUCUUGACCCCAGAAUGGCAGUCAGAUUUAUCCUUGGAUCAAGCAGUUAUUACCCUACAUUGAAAGAUUAUAUCCUUGAAUAUUCUGUUCUUGCAAGUAUGCAUCUAGUAGCCGUUUGAACAUCUGUAUGGACUCUGAUAAAACCACUUCCUCAGGCAGAGAAUUCCACAUCCUGAUUGUUCUUACAGUAAAAAAACCUUUCCUUUGCCUUAGACGAAAUCUUCUUUCUUCCAGUCUAAACGCAUGGCCUCGUGUCCUAUGUAAAGUCCGGUUUGUGAAUAGAUUUCCACACAAUGGUUUGUAUUGGCCCCGAAUAUAUUUGUAUAAUGUUAUCAUAUCCCCUCUCAGGCGACGUUUUUCUAAACUAAAUAGGUUUAAAUUUGUUAACCUUUCUUCAUAGCCGAUAUGUUCCAUUCCCCAGACCUACAUUUAGAUGCAUAAUAUGUCUCUGAAGUAUUAAAAAUGAAGGCACAGUCGCCGUUUAGAAAUUGCCCUUCAAGUUUGAGCUGGCUGGAGUGGAGUUUCAAUGAAUGUCAAUGGACGGCGUGAGUUGCAAACAAAUGGUCAUAUCAUGAAAACUAUCAGGACUAUGGCUUAGCCAUGGACAUUUUUAGUGGCAGCAGGGAUAGCUGAAGGUUUUGAUAUACGAUUUGUGUAGGUGGACUUGAAAAUGAGGGAGUGGUGGCAGUUUAGAAAUCAUGUCCUGAUUUUUCAGCUUUUGCCAGCUCUCACUCUAGUUUUGAACAUUUUGCCAUUCAUUCCUAUGGGACCAAUUUCACCACAAGAAGGAUGAUAUUCCGUGAACCAUUCGGCGAAACGUUCCAUAAAGUAAUAGCACACCAAUCAGGAACAAUCCGCACGUUUCGGUAUAUUACUGUCUGUGUAGUGUAAAAACUGUGGGAGGAGUUAGGGUGGUAAAUUUGGCUAUAAUAAGAAUAAUAAUAAUAAUAUAUAUGUGAGAUAACAUUAAGUGGUCCUGCUAUGCACUUAAUAAGAAAAAAAAUAAACAAAAUACUUAAUUUAACAAAAAUGGAUAUAUUAAGUUGUAGAGCAAUGUGCAUCUCUGUAAAUAUGAACUAGAAUUAAGAUCAUGUAAUGGACAUAUCAAAGAUGAUGUUAUAGAUGGUACAUGGUCAGUAGAUAUAUUAUUUUUCAUUGUGUGUGGGCAGGAGCAGGAACAUCAAUUACUGUCUUUUUAUUGCAAGCUACAGCUCACAGGCUGUCAUGGUCUAUUUAACUCCUUAUUAUACGUGUGAAUUAAAAUGUGCUACUUCUUAUGCCUUCAAUGUACGGUGAGGGAGUAAUUUUCUUGAUACUGUUAAUCAUUAAUGAAGCUCACAGGUGUUCUUUGUAUUAUAAGCUUUUCUUACAUUUUAUAUUAUGUUGCUACAGCUUCAAGCUAUUUUUCUUUCUUUAUUUCCAAAAUGGAUGUUUUUGUUUGAAAUAUAAAAAUUUAAGAAAUUAUAUAUUGACUUGAAUUAUUAAUAAUCUAUGAUGUACAUACAACUUUAUAGUAAGAUACAUACAGGACAUAUGGCAGUUGUAUAAUAAAGUGAAAUUAUAAACAGAAAGUAAGUUACUUAUUAGCUGCAAUUCAAUCAAACUAAGUUAAUACUCAACCACAAAGGGGACGCAUUAGAGUUAGAGGAUUUAUAAAUAAUAUCGAAACCAAUAUAUAUAUUUUUUUGCAUUUAAAUUUUUCAUAAAAUGGGAGAAGGAUACAGAAAGAAAAAGGGAAGGGAAGGAGGGGUAAGAUACAAUUCCAUAUAAUUACAAAACAAAGCAUAUGGUAUAGAGUAACUUUUAUGUACAUAGGUCUAUCAUUGUAACAUUAACCCCUUAAGGACUGGACUGUUUUUGCGAUGUUGUACAUUUGCGACCAGGCAUAUUUUUACACUUUUGUGGUGUUUGUGUUUGGCUGUAAUUUUCCGCUUUAUCAUUUACUGCUCCCAUACAAAUUAUAUAUUGUUUUUUUCAGGACAAAAGGGGCUUUCUUUACAUACCAUUAUUUAUAUAAUCUCAUGUAUUUUAAUUUAAAAAAAAUACAAAAAUCUGAUGAAAAAUUGAAAAAAAUACAUGUUUUUUUACUUUUACUUGAAAAAUCUUUUACUCAUCUACAAAAGCGAAUGAAAAAAACUGCUAAAUAGAUUCAAAAUUUUGUCCUGAGAUUAAAAAUACCUAGUGUUUAUGUGCUUUUUUGCUUUUUUUUGCAUGUUAUAGGGCUAUAGGUACAAGUAGGAUAUUGCGGUUUCAAAACAUACAUUUUUAAAAUUUAUCAAUAGUGACAUUGUAACACUAUUAUCUGUCAUAAAUCUCUGAAUAACACCCCACAUGUACAUAUUUUUUUUAAAGUAGAUAACCCAGGGUAUUCAAUAUGGGGUAUGUCCAGUCUUUUUUAGUAGCCACUUAGUCGAAAACACUGGCCAAAGUAAGCAUUCAUAUUUGUUUGUGUGUGAAAAAGUAAAAAAACUAAAUUGAACGCUAAUUUUGGCCAGUGUUUGUGACCAAGUGGUUACUAAAAAAGACUGGACAUACCCCAUUUGCAAUACCUUGGGUUGUCUUCUUUUGCAAAUGGUAUGCCAUCAUGGGGGUAAUUCUCAUUCCUGGGCUACCAUACGCUCUCAAAGGCAACGUAACCAACCUGGCCAUUUUCAAUGUAAAAACAUUUGACCCAUAUAUUUGACCUUGUAACUUUCAAAAAUGCUAUAAAACCUGUACAUGGGGGGUACUGUUUUACUCGGGAGACAUCGCUGAACACAAAUAUUAGUGUUUAAAAAACUGGAAAACGUAUCACAACAAUUAUAUCAUCAGUAAAAGUGCUGUUUGUGUGUGAAAAAUGCACAAAAAGUAACUUUCACUGACAAUAUCAUCACUGUGAUAUGUUUUACUGUUUUGAAUCACUAAUAUUUGUGUUCAGCGAAGUCUCCCGAGUAAAACAGUACCCCCCCAUGUACAGGUUUUAGGGUGUCUUAGAACGUUACAGGGUAAAAUACAGUGCUAGCAAAUUAAAUUCUCUGGAAUUUCGGCCUGGGUUGGCAGGCAGGUCCCUCAAAUUGCAAUCAAUAAAAUUACUGAAUUAUAUAAAAAUAUUACAUAAAUACGCACGUAGAAUUUAAAUAUAUAUGCAUAUUUAUAUAUUUGAAGUCUACGUGUAUAUUUAUAUAAUUAUUUAUGUAAUUUUGUAUAUGGACGUAUGUAUAUUUCUUAUUAUUUUAUUUAUUUUUAUAUACAUAGAUAUAUAUACAAAUUCAUUCUAAGUGUAUUUUGAUAUAAAUAUAUAUAUAUUAAUUUUAAAAUACAGUUAGAAUAAAAUUUCAUAUAGCUAUAUAAUUUUUUUUUAAUUUUUUAUUAUUAUUUAAAAAUUUUUUAUUUAAUUUAAAUUACUUAUUAUUUAUAUUUUAUAUUAAUAUAUAUAUACAAUAUAUAUAGUUAUUAUAUAUAUUAUAUAUAUACGUGUGAAAUUUAAUUAUAAGUGUAUUUUAUAUUAAUAUAAGUACAUAUUAAUAUAAAAAUACACUUAGUAUGGCAUUAUAUAUAUGAUAUAUAGACAUAUAUUAUAUAGAUAUAAUAUAUGUCUAUAUAUCAUAUAUACACAUAUAUAAUUAUUAUUAUUUUUUUUAUUAACACUAACUUUAUUUUUUUUACUGAUUUUACACUAGCAGGGAGACUGCCUGUCAGCACAGACAGUCCCCCUGCAGGCAGACACUAGGACACCUAUUGUGACCAUGUGAUCGCUGUGUUAAGCGAUCACAUGGCCACAGGGGGUCCUAAUCUGCCGCGGGGAGACUGUCUGGGCUGCAGGCAGUCUCCCCACAACCGGAGCCACGCUGAUCGCCGCCGGGGGAACGACGGCGAUCAGGUAAGUAGCUCUGACCGUUAGGACGGUUCAGGACCGUCAUCGGUCGGCAACGCAAAAAUGCCGAUGACGGUCCUGAACCAUCCUCGGUCCUUAAGGGGUUAAACAUAUAUUGUAGGGAUGUAAUAUAAGUCUCUGUCACACAUAGCUUUUGCUAACACAGGAGAUCUUAUUCAUGGCAUUGACAUUUAUGUGUUAUUUAGGAAGGGGUAGGAUAUAGAGGAAAAGAAUGAACUGACGAUAGUAGUACUAACAGUUUUUGUUUUGUCAAAGGGAAUCUGUCUCGCUCAUGGUCUAAUGGUCUCUUGUGGAUUUAUUAUUUUUGUUCUAUUGUUGACUAUCAGAACCUUUUGGUUUUUUAAUGAGUGCAUUGGGUAUGUACAAUCCAUGAUUGCCAAGUGUUGUUAAAGGACUCGCAUUGCAAGGAUGUACCUAUAGACAUGCGUUCAUAGGUAUAAUAUAGAUUUAUUUUGUCUAUUAAUUGUGUCUUAGAGGGGCAAGCUGUUUGUUUCCAGUUAAGUAAAAUCAGAUUUCUCAAUCAUUUUUCAUAUCUAUCCAUUGGAGGGUGCAUUUAGGAGUGUGAAGUUUCACUACUGCUUCCAAUAAAGAAGCUUUAUAGUAGUUUAAGAGAUGAGGCAGACCUACACCCAGGGACGUAUUAGCCGCAAUGCAGACAAGGCAUUUGCCUUGGGCAGCAUUUUUCAGGGGGCGGCAAAAAAGGCUGCCCCUAAAUGCCCAGGGCAAAUGUCUUGUUAGCCUAGCGGCUAACAGUCCAGGCAGGCACGUGGUAAGUAAAAAUCUGGUUGGGGCGGGUGCGCGGGCGGCGCUGGCGAGGGAGCACUUUCCCCUGAGCUCUCUGCUCAGCUCCCUCGCGCGCCGCAGAGUGAUGCCGGGAGCUGGAAUAUGAUGUCAUCACUCUGCGACGCGCGAGGGAGCUGAGCAGAGAGCUCACUAAUCAGUGAUCCCUCGCCAGCGCGGCCCGCCCGCUCAGCAGCCCCACUGGACCCCAGGGAAAUGGAGAUCCCCCUCCCCCCCAGCAUUCCCAAAUGUAAGGUGGUUGGGGGAGUUGAAUUAAAAAAAAAAAAAGUGAGUGUGUUAAUGUGAGUGAGUGUGUGUGUCUGUUAGUCUGUGUGUGUUAGUGUGUGUGUGUGUCUGUUAGUGAGUGAGUGUGUCUGUUAGUGUGUGUGUGUCUGUUAGUGUGCAUGUGUGUCUCUUAGUGAAGGAGAGUGUGUCUGUUAGUGUGUGUGUGUGUGUGUGUCUGUUAGUGAGUAAAUCUGUGUAUAUGUUAGUGAGUGUGUGUGUGUGUCUGUUAGUAAGCGUGUGUGUGUCUGUUAGUGAGCGAGUGUGCCUGUUAGUGAGUGUGUGUGUCUGUUAGUGUGUGUGUGUCUGUUAGUGAGUGUGUGUUUGUCUGUUAGUGUGUGUGUCUGUUAGUCUGUGUGUGUGUCUGUUAGUGAGUGUGUGUAUGUCAGGGAGUGUGUCUGUUAGGGAAUGUGUUACUAUGUGUCUGUUAGUGAGAGUGUAUGCGUGUCUGUUAGUGAAUGUCUGUGUCUGCUAGUGACUGUAUGUGUCUUUCAGUGAGUGUGUAUGUCUGUAAGCUAGUGUAUGCGUGUCUGUGUAUUUAGAAGGCGGGGCAGGGGGGAAGGGUGGGGUGGCGCGGGGCGCCUGAAUUUUGUCAUGCCUAGGGCAGCACAAAACCAGGAUACACCACUGCCUACACCACCUUUGCUUGUAUGUUUCUGGAGAAGGGCCAGGGGAAGCCGGGGUUUGCGUGCAUCCCAAAUGGCCUGUAUUUGUUUACAAAGUGAUGACGGAACGUGGACUGGAAGCAUCCUAAAUGUAUAUAGUAUUUUUGGGAGCAUUAUCAUUUUUAUAAUGUUUAUUUUGCCCAACCAAAUUUUUACCAGUAUUGAAACUACUUGGCAGGCACACAAAGCAGUAAUUUGAAGUCUUUUUAUUAAUGCGGCUAGUUUCGCUAAGAAACAAAGAAUGCAGACCUAUACUACACUGAUUCAAAAAUUGACUGAACUGACACAAAAAAAGAAACAUACUCCAUCGCCGACAACACAAAUGAGACUUCUCAAAUUACAGUCCCGACUCAGGAAAUUGGAACUAGAGAAAACAACACAUAUACUCAGACAUUACAAACGCAAGUUCUUUGCCCAAGGAAUUAAAGCAGGGGUGUUAAUGGCCUCACAACUCAAAUUGCGUACAAUAAAUUCCAAGAUAGCAUAUCUAAAGGCAAAAUCUUAUAUCCACAAGAUAUAAUAAAUGAGUUUGCUUCUUACUAUAGUACUUUAUAUAAUCUAAAUGAUGGCCCCAAAUCUAAUGUGAGGAGGUUUUGCCUAUAGUAAACCUCCUCACAUUACUACUGGAGGAGCUCAACCGUCUCUCCAAACCAUUUGAUUGUCUCGAAAUAAAAAAAGCCAUUACAAAUCUGUCGGCACAUAAGGCUCCAGGCCCAGACGGAUUUGUGAAUUUAUAUUACCAAACCUACCCUGACAUCCUUUCCCCACAAUUGAUGACCUUGUUCAGUUCAUGUUAUACUAGAGGAAUUAUGCCCGGCAAUAUGCUUUUAGCACAUAUCUCCACUCUGCCUAAGUCGGGAAAGACGCCCACUCAAUGCAAAUGUUUUUGACCCAUUUCUCCCCUCAAUACUGAUGUGAAACCUUAUGCCAAACUCUUUGCUAACAGACUAUCCAUAAUUCUGCCAAGACUUAUACACAAUGACCAAUCAGAGUUUAUCUGAGGUAGACAGGGAUCAGACAACACCAGGAAAAUAUUAAAUAUUCUUUCUCAUAUGAGAUCCAAAAAGGAGGAAGGCCUUCUCUUGGCACUAGACACAGAGAAAGCCUUUGGUAGAUUCAAUUGGCAAUAUAUGGUACAAGUAUUACUCAAAUAUGAUUUCCCACAAGCCUUUAUUACUGGUAUCUUGGCUCUUUAUUAUAGACCAAUGGUACAAGUCGGGAAUGCGGGCAUACAGGAUUCCUCUCUACCCAGUUCCACAUUACCAACGGUACUAGGCAAGGAUGCUCCCUAUCUCCCCUCCUUUUUAUCAUAUAUUGGAACCUCUGGCUUGUAAAAUGAGAAAUCAUAGUGGGAUCAAGCGUGUUGAGAUGGGAUGUCGAGAGUUCUGUAUGUCCAUGUUUGCAGACGAUAUACUAUUGUCUUUGAGUGACCCGUCCUCUUCAUUACCGUCUUUGCUAGGACUUACUUCAGUAGUGGGGAAAGUAAUGGAAACCAUGUUAAAGGAUAGGAUUGUUGAACAUCUAAAAUCACAUGGAUUUCAAGAUCAGAGACAACAUGGGUUUACUUCAGGGAGAUCAUGCCAAACUGAUCUUAUUGAUUUUUUUGAUUGGGUAACUAAACUAAUAGAUCAGAGUGGUGCAGUAGACAUUGCUUACCUAGAUUUCAGUAAGGCUUUUGACACUGUUGCACAUAGGAGACUUUUCAAUAAACUGCAAUCUUUAAGUUUGGAUUCCAAUAUUUUUGAAUGGGUAAGGCAGUGGCUGAGUGACAGGCAACAGAGGGUUGUAGUCAAUGGAGUAUAUUCGAAGCAUGGGCUUGUCACCAGGGAUCUGUACUUGGACCCAUUCUCUUUAAUAUUUUUAUUAGAGAUAUUGCAGAAGGUCUUGAUGGUAAGGUAUGUCUUUUUGCUGAUGAUACUAAGAUAUGUAACAGGGUUGAUGUUCCAGGAGGGAUAAGCCAAAUGGCAAAUGAUUUAGGUAAACUAGAAAAAUGGUCAGAGUUGUGGCAACUGACAUUUAAUGUGGAUAAGUGCAAGAUAAUGCAUCUUAGAUGUAAAAACCCAAGGGCAGAGUACAGAAUAUUUGAUAGAGUCCUUACCUCAACAUCUGAGGAAAGGAAUUUAGGGGAGAUUAUUUCUGAUGGCUUAAAGGUAGGCAGACAAUGUAAUAGAGCAGCAGGAAAUGCUAGCAGAAUGCUUGGUUGUCUAGGGAGAGGUAUUAGUAGUAGAAAGAGGGAAUUCUCAUGCCAUUGUACAGAACACUGGUGAGCCCUAACUUAACAGUAUCUCCAGAAGGAUAUUGAUACUUUAGAGAGAGUUCAGAGAAGGGCUACUAAACUGGUUCAUGGAUUGCAGGAUAAAACUUACAAGGAAAGGUUAAAGGAACUUAACAUGUGUAGCUUGGAGGAAAGACGAGACGGGGGGAUAUGAUAGAAACAUUUAAAUACAUAAAGGGAAUCAACAUAGUAAAGGAGGAGACUAUAUUUAAAAGAAGAAAAACUACCACAACAAGAGGACAUAGUCUUAAAUUAGAGGGGCAAAGGUUCAAAAAUAAUAUCAGGAAGUAUUACUUUACUAAGAGGGUAGUGGGUGCAUGGAAUAGCCUUCCAGCUGAAGUGGUUAAUACAGUGAAGGAGUUUAAGCAUGCGUGGGAUAGGCAUAAGGCUAUCCUAACUAUAAGAUAAGGCCACGGACUAAUGAAAGUAUUUUAAGAAUUGGGCAGACUAGAUGGGCCGAAUGGUUCUUAUCUGCAGUCGCAUUCUAUGUUUCUGUGUUUUGAAAGAAUACAAAACUAUCUCUUAUAAUUAAUUGAACAAUGCAAAAACCCAAGCUUUACCCGUAGGCUUCCAAGCUCAGCUCAUACACGAACUACAGCAGUCCCACAAUUUCGAUUGAAAAAAUACAUAUAUUACAUAUUUGGGAGUGAAAAUCACAACCUCCAUAGAAGGUAUAAUACUUAAGCACAAUUUUCAGACAUUGAUUCAAAUGUGCAAAAAAUAUUUUUUGAAAUGUUAAUCAGAAACCAAUAUUUUUAUAGCAGAUGCAAGCCAAUCGGCCAAUGUUUUUUCCAAGGUAGACGCAUUCAGGACUUUCUCUUUCUCUUAAACUAAUUACUAUGCAGACAUCAUAUUCCAUUUUUCUAGAGUUUUGAUGUAUGUCAUGCUAAAUAUAGGGUCUUCAAAACGGAACAUAAUACCAUAAGUAAGGUUUUAUAAUUAAUCUACACCGUGUUAUUAGUAUCUCCCUUUGGUGUGCUUUUCUCUGCUCUCUGACCCUUCUAUAUUCUAGGCAAAUAACUGUUGUUUUGUGUUUGGAAGAAGUAGAUGAGUUGGAAAAAGAAUAAAUGUUCUCAGUUUUAGUUCUCAAAAGUUUUAGUAACAUUAAAAAUACAGAUAACAUAGAUAAAAAUAGAUUUUUUUUUAGAGUUAAGAAAAUGCUCUCUUCUUCCAGUAUUAUAUUACCGAAUGUCAGCUGCAAUUGGAUGACUGUUUUUACUUCUUCACAAGUUGUUGUAUGUAGAGACUGCUAUACAGUGCUAGACUGCCAGUAGUUGCACGUAGCACUAUAACUCAAUACGUUAAAAAAGUUAUGGUAGAUGGCAGCUGCCAUCAUCUCUUCACCUUGGGUUAAUGGAAUCCCGUAAAAAAGCUGGAAUACAUUUUUACAUUAUUGUAAAGUACUAAAUAAAUAUUAAAGCAUGUCCAGAAUAAAGUUCUAGAGAAACACCACUCAGUGUUAUAAAGAAUUAUCUGAACAUCUCCUAAUAUUCCUGACAAAGGUCAUACAGUAUAACUCAGUUAUCAGGCCAGAGGUCAGUGGUAACUGUGAAGGAGCUGGGAGAUCUGCAGCUGAGAAACUGCCAGUGGGCCAAAUAUAACCUAAUAUAACCACAAAGAUGGACACGUUUUGCUGAACAAACAAAUUUGUCAUUAGAUACAAGGACAAUUUUUGCCUUAUGCUGGUUUUUGACACUUGGGUACUUCCGUAGUCAGCCUAGGAAUCCAAGUUUGUUUUGUGGUUUUCUCCCUUAGCCUAUACUGCAGGGUAGGGAGUGCUCUGCCCCCCGGAUCCUUAUGGUGUUGGGUAUUUUCCAUUAUGGGAUCUUUUAUGUUAGUCAGCUGGAUAAGUUUUAUUUUCUGAGGCUUCUAGUUAUUUGGUAUGUCUUUUUCCUGCAACAAGCAGGAUUGAUAAUAGAGUAGUGAUAAAUCACUACUUUUAUUUUAGAUAUUUAUUGAAUUUUUUACACCAUAUUUCUAAUUGCUAUAAUUGUCUGGAAGAUAAUGUAUGUGACACUUGUGCACUUGAUGUUUUUUUUUUUUUAACAGUGUUUAUGCUUUAUUGGUAUGCGUUAUUAACAUGUGAUUAAUGUGAUAUGUGAUUGAUUAUCUUUGUCUUGAUAUACACUGUGUUAAUUGUUGAAUUGAUUACGCUUUAUGAAGGAUACCAAUACACUUGUUACAUUGUUUUAAUUUUGCUCCAAUAAAUCUGCCAACUGGAUUAAAUUUGAGUGCCUGGACACUUUUUUUGCAAAUAAGAUACAAGGAUGACACAGAUACAAAGAUACAAGGAUGACACAGGUCAUGGCAAAACGUUCUCUGGUUUGAUGGGAAAAAAAUGAACUUCUAAGCCUUAAUUGUAUGUGUUAUCAUCGCGACUUCAUUUUUCGUGAAUGCCUUUAAUCAUCAGGUUUAAAGGAAAGAUGGAUAGAGACAAAUAUUUAGUAUAAUUGCACAAGAUAACACAUUUCAGUCAGACAAAUAGAAAUCCUUAUAUACCCAACUUGAAUUCUAAGUUGUAACAAUACAGAAUGUGGAAAAGAUUAAGAAAGAGGGGAAAGGGUAAAUACUUGUGCAAGGUACUAAGAGUAUAAACACUAAUACGGUCUCUAGUAUGUUCCUCCUGUUGAUAACACUGCAAGCAUCUGUGAAAACAUGGACGCUUUGUUAAUAAGCCUUUUACUUCAUGGUCUUCCAUCUUGACAUCUUCCUACCUUUGUACACAUUGAAAUGAUCCUAACAUGCCCAACAUGUUCUACUUGUGUUAUAUAGAUGAGUCAGAGGGUUCCAACGUCACCAAUGCACUUUGGCUUGGGACCAGCAUAUAAAAGCUUGAGAUUCUGAUCACUUGUUGAGCUGCAUCUCUGCCUGUAACUCAACAUUGUUCUAUUGUUCCUAAUGUUGUUCCUGUAGCACUUUUUCUGUGCUUAUAACCAACAUAAUUAACACUUUUAAUGCCUUUCUUCCAAAACAGGGUUAAUAACAUCAACAAGCUUGUUAAGACUCUAUUGUAGUCAUGAACCAUCAUUUAUGAAAGAAAGUACGUAAAUGCCAGUACCUGACAAUGGCUGAAGGUCAAUAUAUCGUGCAUACUGAAACAGCAGCCAUGUACUUAUGCAUCAAGGGCAUUGCAGACAUGACGAGAAAAAGUAUUAUGUUUGUGUUCAGUGUUAUUUGUGUGAAAUGAAGCCUAUUAAGGAAAACGAAUGAAGGACUCAAAAGCUACAUGGCUCUUUGUAUAACCUUUCCCACAUAUGUUUAAUUUGUGUAAAAAGGAAAAAAUAAAAUAAAAGGCAUUGUAUUCUGUACUGUGAAAACUUGUGUUUUGUGUGUGGAGAUGCUUUUAAACGCCUCUGUCUGAGAGUGCAUAAAUACCUACCAACAGUUAGAGCAUAAAUCUCAUACCCAGCCAUAGGUAGACAUCAUGAGCAUUUAAAUGUGUUUUAGUAUCUUAAAGGACCACUAUAGUGCCAGGCAAACAUACUCGUUUUCCUGGCACUAUAGUGCCCUGAGGGUGCCCCCACCCUCAAGGACCCCCUCCAGCCCGGCUCUGGGGAGAGGAAAGGGGUUAAACUUACCUUUUUUCCAGCGCCGGGCAGGGGAGCUCUCCUCCUCCUCUCCGUCUCCGAUCCUCCUCUUCGGCUGAAUGCGCACGCACGGCAAGAGCUGCGCGCGCAUUCAGCCAGUCUCAUAGGAAAGCAUUAUCAAUGCUUUCCUAUGGACGCUUGCAUGUUCUCACUGUGAUUUUCACAGUGAGAAGCACGCAAGCGCUUCUAGCGGUUGUCAAUGAGACAGCCACUAGAGGAUUUGAGGGCUGGAUUAACCCAUUUAUAAACAUAGCAGUUUCUUUGAAACUGCUAUGUUUAUAAAAAAAAAAAAAGGGUUAAUCCUAGAGGGACCUGGCACCCAGAACACUUCAUUAAGCUGAAGUGGUCUGGGUGCCUAGAGUGGUGCUUUAAGAGAAGCCACGUUUUGCAGAUAUCUUUUUAGACCACUCUGAUCCCUAUGUCUGGAGAGAUACCACCAAACUUACAUUUCAUGGCACUAUAUUGUGUCAUUUAUUGGCUUUGUUUCUUUCUGUAGUUCAUAUUCAUUACUACAUCCAUCUGCCACUAUGAGCUACGAACAAUGGUAGUGGCUGGAUAGGGAAUCAACUGUCUCUGCCAAUCACAAUGCUUUGUAUACAGAGGGUAAAUAUCUCUGCUAAGAGCAAUAAGGAUUGUUCAGCCUGUAGUUACUGGCUAUUUUCAUUUUAAACAAUGCAAGUGCAAAUCCUUGUAUAAACCAUGUUGGAUCAGAGCUAUUUUCAUUAGAAAUGAAUUUCUCAUAAAGUGCACUAUAUUGAAAUUAUGUUUUCAUGGACAAUAACAGGGUUAUUCACUAAAGAGUCAAUUCCAAAUAUUUGGUCAAAAUAGUCAAACUGUAAUUAUUCAGCUACUCUGGCCUUACAUCUGCAGUCCACAUUGAUUUCACUUUGAAUACUCACUUUAGUAAAUAACCCAGUAUAUGCUAUCAUUAAUGCUAUAGGUUUUGUUUUGUGAACUAAAUGCCCCAUCAAUAAUCCCUGGGUGUAACUUUAUAGUGUAUUUAGCAAAGAGCUGUACAACGCUUGUGUUCCUAGUUACAUUUGAACACUGCGUUUCUCUGAACCCAAAGCACAAAAUGAAAAAACAAAAAAUGAUGUGAUAUUUCGUGACAAAUAACAAAACAAUAAAUAAAUACAAUAAUAUUAAACACAUACAAGCGAAGACUUUCAGAAUAAUUCACAUGAAGUGAUUUUUCAAAAGACAAUGAUUGAUAUGCCAUUAAGUUACAAGAAUCUAAGCUCAAAUUCAUCAUUGAUUAAUGCGCGGUAUAGGUCCUUUGCAGGUAACUCAACACUCAUGCUCUCUGCAUGAUAGCAUUACAGUCUAUGUUAAUGUAUGUAUGAGAAUAAAAAAAUACAGCAAUUUAAAAUAGGUCAGGACAACAUCUACUUGGCCUUGCUACAAACCAGAAACUAAAAAUGCUGGGGCCCUCAACAUGGCUUUCGUAGACACUUGAUUGGCACUAUAUAUUACUUUUCUUAAAUGAUAAUGUGAGACAUCCCAUAUUAAGGGGCAGCAUGUAAUGUUCGUAAACACAAGUGCGACUGGAACUCUUAAAUAGUAGCUGUAUAGCUGGGGAAAAUUUACCUCUUUUGUCCCUCCCAAUGAAAUAUAUAGGGUGAUCAGUCCCCCAUCCCACGACUUGCUACGUCCAUGAAGUUGGGGGAAAAAACCUUGCUGCACAUACUUUUAAUGGCAAGAUCACAUUAAAUACCUGGCCAUGUGGCAUUUUCUUGAUUUUAGCUGUGCUUUCUUUGAGAUCCUGGAGAGCAUCAGCAGCAAGCGCUGAAGUUGUUUGAGGCUCCGAUCUGAGAAACCAGAGGUUCCGCACAGAGACUGGCUCCUGAGACCAUUGAAAUAUUUGUCGUAUUGCUUUGUUUUGCUAUGUUUAUGUUGCUUCAUUGCCUUUUCUCAUAUAUUGUUUAGUGAGCAAAAUUGCAAUUGGGUCAUUAAGGCAAUUUGGCUCACUAAACAAUGUAUGAGAAACACCUGCUCUUUACCCAUGAGUAGUGCAGUCACAUUGGUAACUUUAGUUGUCUACAGCAAGCUUAGUCGUUAACCAGCAACUCACUUCAAUUUUCUUUUCCUCUAUAAGCAUGUUUCAUUGCAUCUACAUGACUCUACGUGUCAGCUCCUCCUAAUUGUUUAAUUAGCAUUACCGACAUGUAUUCAGCAUGUUUUUCCAAACAUUUUUUAACUUUGAAGACACGUUUAACUAACAUGAUACCCUAUAGUUCAAAGAGUGAAGUUUAGCAUAAUGUACUAGGCUACUGAUAUAAGCAGGUUUUAUCAUAUUAUUUCUUUCCUGGUAUUUAUCGUUAGGUCUAACUUGCCUCAUGUUUCUACCCGCUUAGUUUCAGUCAAUGUUUUGACAUACAUGUCUAGCCUGAAUCUAUUAGAUCAUAAAAUUAGUGCUGUUAUAUUUAAAUGCCACACAUCUAUCCUAACAUAAAUUUUUUUGACUGCCUGCUAUUGCUAUUCGGGCAUUGUGGGUUUGUCUGUACUCAUCUUUAUGCACUGCAAAAAUAAAGAAUUAAAAAAGGGGUAUAAACGACAUUCAUAAUUCCUUAGGUAUCACAGUAAGGUCACUAAAUACAAAUAAAUACACUUUAGCUCAUUUAGCACUGGUACUUUAAUUUGUCUCCCACGUUGUAAUUAGUGUAGGACCCACCGAUAUUGGGGUACUGUGAAGUAGUGGUGGGCUUAACACAAUAUGGCCAUAUGGUGGAACUAAAUCCCCAUAUUUGUUUGCGUAGAUUAGUAAUUGUUAAGUAGCUUUAUAAAAUGUAUAACUGUAUUUUUAUGUGUGCGCUGUUCCUUUAUCUGUAUUAUGUAUACAUUUUGGUUACUACGGCAGCACCAUAGCUGAGAAAUGCAUGGUCCGUAUAUGUCACAAAUUCCCUUUCUGACUUUACUAUGUAAGGUCACUAAAGACACUAUACUAUCGUGGAAUUCAUUACAUAUAUAGCAUUUGUAGCUCUAUACAACCCUGCAUUUGUCAAAUGAAUUGGACAUUUAAUUUUGAUGUAGGGUCUUUAAAUAAAUACACCAACACUAUAACCUUUACACUAUAACCAUUUAAAAGCUUGCCUGGGUCUUGCUGAGUGCCAGCAAGCGCAUCAGCCAUAUCCAGUUUUCUGCAGUAGGAGAAGUCAGAAAGCUCUAUAGAACAAAGCAGGCCAACGGCAUGAAGUGGGAUCCAGGUAAAUUGUCCAACUGUGCUAAAAUCUACUGAUUAAAAUAAGAUAAGUGUACCAUACACAGUUGAUAGUGGUAGCCAAAUCAGUUAACAAACAGUGAUUCAUAGACUUGUGCAUGGUAAAAAAUCUUGGUGUGGCCAAAUCAAUCUGGUCUAAACAAAAUAUUUGUGUUAGUUGAGUCGGGAUUUGUCAAUGUGGCAUUUCGGGAAACACAACUCAAAAACCAAAAGGGUGCGGAAAAUGACCCAUAAAUUGCACUACAAAAUAUAUUCAUAAUAUCAAUAUAUAUAUAUAUAUAUAUAUAUAUAUAAAAAUAUGAUACGUGUGUUUUCCUGACAUUUGGUUCGGAGAUCAAGUGAGAAGAAGUAACCGAUAGAAGGAAAAAAAGAGGACAUAAUAUAUAUUAGACUGCUAAAGUAGCAACCAUAUGUUGAAAUCAAAGCAUGAAACAGUUGCAUACAUUGAAUUCUAACUGAUGGGGCAACCAAGUUAAGCCCUUAAGGACUGCAGGGUGGGAUCUAUACCCUCAUACACACAGCAGUUGGACUGGGGGGCACAUUUUCAUCAGACACGCAGUGUUAGUUUUGGAGAACACACACAGGAUAUUUGUAUUGGAAGACAUUUUCAGUAGAAACACACUGUGCUGGGAUUUGGGGAUACAUUUUCAGCAGACACACAGUGCUGAUAUUGGAUCAGUGGCAUCACUAGAGUUGGAUUCACUCGAAGUAGUAACUCAUAGUGUCCCCUUUCCCCCCCUAUGGACCUACUCCUAUGCAACAUCAUAUUAGAAAGGGUACUUGUGUUAUAGUGAACCUGUCUGACUUUAAGUUAAAUAGUUUUUUUUUUAAUAUAAUAUAUUUCUCUGACAUGCAGGCACCCUUCCUGACAUAUACAUAUAAUGUCCCACACCAGUUUACACACAGAUUCCACGAAUCAAAAAAGGGGACUGCACUCCUAUUUCCCACUCUGUUCCUGUGGUGGAGAACAGCUCCAGAUAGGUGCUCCAGAACAAGGGGCUGGCAUGCCCCUAACCAUACUUGCAAAAUAGAUCCAGGAACUCCAAAAGCUUUUUUUGUGCAGUGUAUAAGUGAACAAACACUGUAUAUAUACACUGAAGCAUAUGCUUAUAGGUUGAUGCUAUGUGUGUGGGUGGGCAGACUGUGUGUGUGGAGAAGCACUGUGUGGGUGCAAUGUGUGUGUGUGGAAUGUACACUGUGUGUGGGGGGGUGGGUACACUGUGCGUGUGAGGGAUGUACUGCAUGUGCGGGGGGGGGGGCAAAGUGCACUAUGGAUGUGUUUGUGGAGGUAUACAGGGAGUGCAGAAUUAUUAGGCAAAUGAGUAUUUUGACCACAUCAUCCUCUUUAUGCAUGUUGUCUUACUCCAAGCUGUAUAGGCUCGAAAGCCUACUACCAAUUAAGCAUGUUAGGUGAUGUGCAUCUCUGUAAUGAGAAGGGGUGUGGUCUAAUGACAUCAACACCCUAUAUCAGGUGUGCAUAAUUAUUAGGCAACUUCCUUUCCUUUGGCAAAAUGGGUCAAAAGAAGGACUUGACAGGCUCAGAAAAGUCAAAAAUAGUGAGAUAUCUUGCAGAGGGAUGCAGCACUCUUAAAAUUGCAAAGCUUCUGAAGCGUGAUCAUCGAACAAUCAAGCGUUUCAUUCAAAAUAGUCAACAGGGUCGCAAGAAGCGUGUGGAAAAACCAAGGCGCAAAAUAACUGCCCAUGAACUGAGAAAAGUCAAGCGUGCAGCUGCCACGAUGCCACUUGCCACCAGUUUGGCCAUAUUUCAGAGCUGCAACAUCACUGGAGUGCCCAAAAGCACAAGGUGUGCAAUACUCAGAGACAUGGCCAAGGUAAGAAAGGCUGAAAGACGACCACCACUGAACAAGACACACAAGCUGAAACGUCAAGACAGGUUCCUGCAGGACUUGCAAGAGUGUGUUUUCAUGUAGUGCUGGUGGUUUUAUUGAUUGAAUGUAUGCACAUACUCUGUCACAUACAAACAUAUUUAAAGAUAAACAUUGACACUCACACAAAUACACAUACUGAUGCAUACACAGAUUCAUAUUCACACUGAUUCAUAUAGACACACUCAGAUAAAAACAUACACACACAUUGGCACAUACAUAGAUACACAUACUGACAGAUACACACACUGACACAUAGACGCACAUACUAACACAUUGCUGGGAUGUAUACACAUAAACUCACACAUACAAGCAUAGUUACACAUACACAUAAACAUUGACAUACACACAGAUACACACAAUGACACAUACACACACUGAGAUACACGCUGACUCAUAUAGACACACUCAAAUACACACAUACACAUGCACUGGCACACACUGACACAUGCACAAACACUGACAUACACAUAGAUAAACAAACAGAUACACACAUGCACACAGUGACACACACAUAGAUACACGCAGUGACGCGAAUAUGUCAUAAUUUUGUACUUUUUUAUCCAGCAUCCUGUUAAAAUACCUCUUGUUUGCCUCAAGGUGGCUUUGCUGGGGUCCUGCUGCUUGCGGAGGCUGAUGGGAGUUAGGGUCUUCUGACUUCUUCCCAGCACUGUCUAUACUAGAGUGGCCUGGUGAUGCUGUUAAAGGGCUAUUGCACUCAACUGGGGCUCUGUUCAAAAAUACCCAUGCAGUAGCCCUAAGUGUAUGGGCAACCCAAUGGCCCCAUGGUGACCAAUUCAUACAGAAAACCACUAAUUUCAAAGGGUUCACAUACUUAUAUCUUGCCACUGUAAGUGAGAUAAGGAAUUAAUGAAUUUAAUUAAAAUUUCUAUUCAAUAAUUAUUCAAAACAAGCAAAUAACAAAUAUCGUGAUCUUUAGGGAAUGUCUGUGAUAGAAUGAGUAAGGGGUGAAUGUGGCAGGGUGAUGGGUGGUGCGUAUGAUGAGGUAGUUGAGUGUAGCAGUGAGGGGUGGUGAGUGUGACAGAGUUAGGAGGGAAAUUGUGACAGGUUAAGUGUGGCAUGGCAAUGGUUGAACUUGGCAGGGUGAGAGUGACAGGGUAUGUGUCAGGGUGAGAGGUGGUAUGUGUGAGAGGGUGAGGGGUGGUAAGUAUGUGAGGGUAAAGGGGUGAGUGUUAUGGGGUAAGUUUGGCAGGGAGAUGGGUGAUGAGUGUGACAUGGUUGGGGGUUUAGUGUGAUAAGGUUGGGAGAUGAGUGUGACAAGGUGUGGGGGUGAAAGUGGAAGGGGUUACAAUCUGUUGGGGAUGAGUGUGUGUGUAUGGGGUGACAGUAUGUGGGGAAGGUCAAACACAGUCUCCCCACACUUAAAUUACUAUUAUUUAUAUAACAUUUGCCCCCCUCCUGCUUACCUCCUGAGAAGAAAGGGGGGCAAUGGUACCAGUCCAAUGAGGUCCCAGUGCAGGUGUGUGGUGCAGUAGUCCAUAUUAUUUGCUGCUCUGGUGCAGCACGCUGUAAGGACAUCACAGUUCAGGCUGGUAAUCUGUCUCUGCACUCAGACUCCCUCACAGUGCUUUGGAACCAUGAUGGAUUAACAUGCAAUUAACAUGGUACACCACAGACCACAAAGUAAUCAUUAUUGUUUAAUAUAUUGACGAUUCUGGAAUGAAUUAAAUAAAAAUUUGCUUGUACUUUUUUUUUCGGUGGGAGCAGCAGUACUAGCCUGGUGCCAUAUGGAUCCUGUGCAGCUGCACAACACACUAUCUGAGCCUGGGCCCUAGGUGUCCGCCUUGGUUGCCUAAUGGCCAAUCCGCAGCUGUGCACAAGAUAUACUGCAACCCUGCUUUAACAUUUCUGCCAUAUUUGGGCAUCGGCUUUGAAGUGUAGCUGAUUAUCCUCUAGGCUUGCAGAGUUAUUCACUACAGUGAGAAUUCAAAGUGAAUUCAAAACGAAAUUUAAAUAAUAGCUGAACUGCAAAAAUUCUCUAUCUCAGACAAGCUUUUAUUAUGGCUAAUCUGGCCUUUAAUUUUUUAAUUCAGUAUGAAUUCUCACAUACUCUGUCAGUGAGAUGUUAGUCAUGCACAGAUAGGUCAGCCUACAAUUAUGAGUUUAUUAAAGCUGCUAAAUUGAAGUGUCUUUUCCCCCCAUUUUUAGUGUUUUAUUAUUAUUUUCUUGUAUUAAUUUGAAACCCAGCACAUCAGCUGAGAUGGAAGACCAGAGGCAUUAUGAUGUGAUGCCACAGCCACCGAUACAUUAUUAUCUUGGAUCUCUUCUCACCAAUAGCACUGAUUUUCAUGGAUGUAGAUAGUGGCAAGUGUCCAGAUCACCCAUUACUAUAAACUCUAAAAUCCUCUGCCAUUAUGAAUUAACUCUCAAGCACUGGUUAAUGCUGGUGAUGACAGUGACAUAGCUAUCAUUAUCUUCAGCCCACCAAAUUAGAAGGUGACAAAGCAGGAUUGUUAAUGAUAAUUUGAUGGAAACUCCAUGGAUGCCAUUGAGUCACAACUGUAUGGUAGAUGAAAGACAAAGUUUGGAGAACCAGUAUAGGACACAAUGAUGGUUGCAGGGCCGGACUGGCCCACCGGGGUACCGGGAAAUUUCCAGGUGGGCCGCAGCACAUGGGGCCAGGCAGUGCAGCACAAUAAAUGAAACCUCUUUUUUAGAGUUUGUUGGGGGGCUGGUGCACCUAACUAGAUGCCUGCACUGAGGCUGCCAGCAGUCGAUACAUCUGCAAAGUCUGCAGCCUGCUAGCAGCAAGAAGGAGUGAGAGCACUGUAAUUUUCACUCACCCACAGGAGCCAAGCCCUGCACUGGAACUACGCCCCCAGUCUCAGCAAGCCUCAACCUUUCACACAGAAAGAGAUAACCUCAUGCUGCCUGAGAUUCUCCACUGCCAGUGAUAGGUACUUGUAGGUUUGCUCAGUGAUUGUGUGUGUGUGUGUGUCGGUGAGCUUGUGUGGGUGUCAGUGAGGUUUGCUGUAGGGAGCUUGUGGGUGUCAGUGAUCAUGUGUGUGUCGGUAUCAGUGAGCUUGUGUUUGUGUCAGUGAGCUGGUCUGUAGUGAUCUUCUGUGUGUGUGUGUGUCAGUAAACUUGUUUGUAGUGAGCUUGUGUGUGUGUGUCAGUGAGCUUGUCCAUAGUGAGCUUGUGUGUGUAUGUGUGUCAGUGAGCUUGUCUGUGUGAGCUUGUGUGUGUUUCAGUAAGACUGUCUGUAGUGAGCUUGUGUGUGUCAAUGAGCUUGUUUGCAGUGAGCUUGUAGUUUGUCCUCCCAAGUUCACUUUAAUGUACAACUAUCAAGGCAUUAAAUAUGAUUUAUCAUAGUGAAAGAUAUAUUAUUUAUGUAUUUUAUGUAUUUUAGAAGCUGUUAUUUUGUUACUUACCUGCAGUACCAUCACUCCCGACAAUCCAUGGGGGAUACAAUGCUGUAACAUCCACCCUCCAGGCCACCACCUGUCUGUUAUUAUUGUAUAUAUGUCUGUUGUAAGCUUGUGUGUGUUUGUAAGAGUGAGCUUGUGUGUGCUUGUAUGAGUGAGCGUGUUUGUGUCAGUGAGUUUGUCUGUAGUGAACUUGUGUGUUUGUAUCAGUGAACUUGUCUGUAGUGAGCUUGUGUGGUGGUGUCUGUGAGCUUGUCUGUAGUGAGGUUUUGUGUAUUUGGAAUAGUGAGCUUGUGUGUGUGUCAAUGCGCUUGUGUGUUUGUGUCAGUAAUGAGCUUGUAUGUGUUUAUAAAUUAGUUUGUCUGUAGUAUGCUUGUGUGUAUCAGAGAAUGUGUGUGUCAGUGAGCUUGUCUGUAGUGAGCUUGUGCGUGUUUGCGUGUGAGUUUGUAUGUAAUGAACUUGAGUUUGUUGGUGUGAGAGAACUCAUCUGUAGUUUGCAGCUUCUCCCAUGCCUACCCUUACUCAAUUUAUUUCACUAAAUGACAUAGGUAUCAAAUGGUAAUUGUUGCAAUCUAACAUAUCACAAUAAAUGAUCACCAGCAUUAUUGAUUAUACUCCUCAUACCAAAUUAGAUAGCGAUUUCAUGAGACUUAUAUGCCAGUAAGUGGUCUAGUGUAUAUCUCUGACUAUUAUAAGGCCUCAAAAAUAUUGCUAAAGUCUACUACCGGAGGCUGUAUUUUCUGUCUUUAAAGAUCUUUCUGCUUAAACCGAAUCUGUCAUGACACUUUUGUUCAAUCCUAUUUCCAUUUAAAUAGAGUCUAUAUAAGUAUGAUGUCACUUUGUUCAUUGUGCAGUUACAAUUUGCAUACAUAUCUAUUCUAGUGACUGUUGUAUUUUUAGACUAAGUUUUAACAUUUAGCUGAAAUCAUCAACCAUAAAUACUGUAACAUUACAUCAUUAGUCUAUAGCAAAUAACCUCAUGUGUGGCUGUGGUAUCUCUUAUUAGUUUGGUACAAACAAAAUAACAAGUUGUGAUAUGACAGUACACCUUAUAAAGCAACUAAACAUGUGAAAAUAAAUUCAAUAUACUUGGAGAUUUGAAUCAGUCAGAAUUUCUAACAAUUUGGAGUCGAUUUGAAUUUUGAAUCAAACUUCAACCUAAAUUCUUUAGAACCAACAUAUUUUGAAAAUCUGAACUGUAUCAAUUUCAAAGAAGUGAAAAUGUGCAUUGUGCACAAGUCUAGUAUUUAAUUACCUGAAUAGAAGACCGAUAUCCAGGAAGUCUUAUAUGAAUAUGAAUGCAAUAAGAAUGCACACAAUUCUAAAAAAGUACAUUGGUUAUGUUUGCUGCACUGCCAGUUGAUGCUGACAUUGUACAUUGUACUGUUGCAGUAUGUUAUAUAUUUUUCUACAGUCCUCUCAGUUUCACCUCAAAGUACCAUAGGGACUGUGCUUUUAGCUGUGUACCAUAUUAUUUGCACAAUAAUAUUGUAGCUGAGAAUGUUCCUUCACAUGAGUGAAAACAAGGAAGUUUUAACAUUGAUGUUACAUUAGUGGGGCUCAUUUGGAAAGCCUUUCCCACAUGAAGACCACUCUAGUCACCCUCCAUAGCUCUUUGACAUUUAAUUUAGGAGUUAUUUAAGACUGCUAACUCCACUAACUCCACUAAAAGACCAUGGUUGACUCUUACUGGCCAGGAUGACUGGCUGAGGAAAGCUAUGACUCUUAGAACCAGUAGAAGUAAACACAGUGUCAGUGUCAAUGACACAAUGUUUCUUCUAUAUCAGUUCUGGAUUUUCAUAAGUCUUCAUAGGGCUGGAACUGAGUGUAAAAAGGCUUCAGCAGGGGUAGGCAAUCUUCAGAACUUCAGAUGCUGAGGACUACAUCUCCUUUGAUACAUUGCCGGCAUUUCCAUUAUUUAUAUAUUUAUUACUAGUAUUUAUAAAGCGCCAACAGAUUCUGCAGCGCUGUACAAUUAGUGGAGGAUGUAAAAUAUACACAAACAAAUACAAAAGGUUUAAAGGGCCCUGCCUGUAAGCUGAGAUCUAGCCAUUUAAGCUCUUUUAUACAAAGUGCUUAGCUAGAUAGUCUGUGAUCUUACAAUCUAAAGGAUAUAGUGGAGAUUUGAGACAUGAGGUAGCAGUAGGAAUUUGGAAGUGAGGGUUAAAAAAGUAAACCGAGAGUUGCAGGUAUUAGUAAAAUAUAGAGGGAAUGAUGAGGUAAUUGAGUGAGAAUUUUAAACAGCAUGCUGAGCAUGCUAUACAUUUACAGGGAGCCUGGGUGGGUGGGUUGAGCCAAGGAGAAUUGUAGAGGCUUGUUUGCAGAUAGUAUAGGGGGAUCUGGGCCUAUGGAGGGGUAGAGAUAAACCGUUAUUUCAAGGAAUUUACAGCUCAGAGUGGCAAGCAUGGGGGAGGAGUGGCAAGCAUGGGAAUACUUGAAGAUAAUAGAUAUGAUCUAUAAACCUGUAACCUCAUGAUUAAUCAUGGGAAAUGUAGUUGCUGUAAUAACUCUCCCUAUACAACCAAGCAUUCUGCUAGCAUUUCCUGCUGCUUUAUUACAUUGUCUGCCUACCUUUAAGUCAUCUGACAUAAUUACUCCUAAAUCCAUUUCCUCAGAUGUUAAGGUUAGUACUGUAUCAAAUAUUCUAUAGUCUGCCCUUGUGUUUUUACACCCAAGAUGCAUUAUCUUGCACUUAACCACAUUAAAUGUCAGUUGCCACAGCUCUGAUCAUUUUUCCAGUUUAUCUAAAUCAUUUGCCAUUUGGCUUAUCCCUCCUGGAACAUCAACCCUGUUGCAAAUUAUCGUAUCAUCAGCAAAAAGACAUACCUUACCAUCACCUGCACCUUUUGCAAUAUCACUAAUAAAAAUAUUAAAGAGAAUGGGUCAAAGUACAGAACCCCGAGGUUCUCAAUUGGUAGCUAGACCUUGCUUCGAAUAUAUACUCCAUUGACUACAGCCCUCUGUUGCCUGUCACUCAGCCACUGCCUAACCCAUUAAAAAAUAUUGGAAUUCAAACUUAAAGAUUGCAGUUUAUUGAUGAAACAGUGACAAAAGCCUUACUGAAAUGUAGGUAAUAGGGAUCUGCAUGGGCAACAAAAUUCGGUUUGGUUCGGAAAUUCAGGUAAGUAAAAAAAUGUGUCUGCUUCAGCCAUUUGGACCAAUGGCAUUCGGUUUGGUUCGGCACUUCGGAACUGGCGAAUAGCAUUCGGUUCGGACAUUCGGCAUUUGGGAAGCCGGCAUUCUGGCAUUCAUUUCGUGCAUUCGGCAGUUCAGCAUGUCAUUUGUUUCAGGCAUUCGUCAGUUUGGAAUGUCAUACGUUUUGAAAAAUAAAUAUUUGUGUUUUUUUUUCUUAAACAGCAAUGUUUUACAUUGCAUAGUGGACCACAGCAGCACCUAGACCACUUAAUCUUAAAGAUGUGGUCUGGGUUUAGUUAAUAAUUAGUAGUGUUAGUUUAGUAUAUAUACAAUUUACAAAAUUAUGUUUUCACUGCACAGAUAGUGCAGCCAAUCAGGGAGCACUACCAGCAUGCAAUACAUCUGCAAACUAUAUAAUCCUACCCCUGUGACACCAUCUUUAUGGAGAGUUUACGAGUAGAGAGUGAGCAGAGCGUGAGCAGAGAGUGAGAGCAGACAGAAACAAUUUUUGUGUGAACUAGCAAGUGAGAGUGUGUGAGAGAGGGGAGAAUGUGAGGAGGACAUGGACGAUCCAUUAUGGUUUCUUUUGUUUUAUUAAAUUUUUAUUUAAAGAAAUCACAGAAUACUAAAAACACAAAAUUAAUCACUGUAGCAAAGUCACAGGGCAGCAGAGAGACACCCUGGCAAUCAGGCUACCUGGCAACAACUAGGAAAUACAAAAUUAAUCACUGCAGUAAAGUCACAGUGAUGCAGAGAGACACCCUGGCAAUCAGACGUCCUGGCUUGCACAGCCACACACUCUCACCCCUCCCCUCCUUCAAAAAAAGAAACAAAAUGCAGAAGAAAAAAAAAGCAAAACUCACUCUCUCUCUCUCUCCCUGGAACACACACUUAAAAGCAAUGUGGCUCCCCAAGUUUGCAACAAGUAAAGUACAAUAAAUGUUAUGUCAUUUAUCUCUCUCAGUCUGUUGUGCUGUCACAACUAUUCUGGCCACAUGAAUGCAAGCCAACACCCUGACAACCUGAUUUAUAUACUAUCCCACCUCAAUGACUACGUGUGCCUUCAUUGACAAAGUGUCAGUGACAAAAUCACCAUUAAUUGACUGUCUUCUAACAUCAAUCACAAAAAUGUGAUCAUUUCAUUGGACGGGGUAUAGUGAGACCGGAUUGGGCAAGCAAGCAUUACAUUGCACAAAAGGAAUUAGCUUAUUGGUCAAGAUUCCUGGCAUCAUUCACGUAAUUUUCCCUCCCUCUCUUUUGAUUUGGCAAUUUUCAGAAAUCCGAAUCACUUCGGCACUUCGGAGCUUCGGAGCUUCGGCACUUCCGAACGACCGAACGUCGUCAUUUCGGAACUUCGGAACCUAGGCAUUUCGGACAUUCGUAAGCAUCUGAAUGUCCGAAGGGCAUGAAAUUCGUACAAAUGUACAUUCGGAAUGAAAUUAAUUACACAUGUCUACUAGGUAAGCAAUGUCUAUUGCACCACCCUGAUCUAUUAUUUUAGUUACCCAAUCAAACACUUAAUAAUAUUAGUUUGCAUGCUCUCCCUGAAGUAAACCCAUGUUUUCUCUGAUCUUGAAAUCCGCGUGAAUCCUAUCCUUUAACAUGGUUUCCAUCACUUUCCCUACUACUGAAGUAAGGCUUACUGGCAUAUAGUUGCCUGACUCCUCCCUUCUACCUUUCUUGUGAAUGGGUACAACAUUUGCUAAUUUCCAAUCUUCUGGAGCUACUCCUGUUAACAAUGAUUGGUUAAAUAAAUCUGUUAAUGGAUUUGCUAGUACACCACUACGCUAUUUUGAGAACUUUGAGUGUAUUCCAUCAGGUCCCAUUGACUUAUUUGUCUUUACUUUUGACAGUUGAAAUAGAACCUCUUCCUCUGUAAAUUCACAUGUAACAAAUGACUUAUUUGUCAUUUUUCCUAACCGAGGCCCAUUUUCUUUAUUUUCAGCUGUAAAUACUGAACAAAAAUAUUCAUUGAGGCAGUCAGCUAGACCUUUUCUACAUACAUUCCUUCCUUUCUUUUUAAUCUAACUAAUUAUUGUUUUACUUUCCUUUUCUCAUUUAUGUAUCUAAAAAAAUUGUACCCCUCUUUUUUUUGCUGACUGUGCUAUUCUCUCUUCUGUGUGUGAUUUGGAAGUUCUUAUAACUGGCUUUGCCUCUUUUUGCUUACUCUUAUAGAUAUGUCUGUCUUCCUCACUCUGGGUUUUUUAUAAUUACUAAAUGCCAACUUUUUUUUUUUUUUUACUAUUUUGGCCACUUCUUCGAAGUACCACAGUGAUUUCUUAUUUUUUCUGCUCUUACUGACAAGCCUAAUUUUCUGUUGCCUUCACCAGUGCAACUUCUAAAUAAUCCUGUUUCUUCUUGACUCCAUUUAAAUUGCUCCAGUCUGAUAAUGACUCCUUUACACAUAUUCUAAUUUUAGAAAAAUCAGUUUUUAAAGCUUUUGUUUUUGUGUGGUAUGACUCAGUCACUUUUCUUAUAUUAAACUACACUGAUUGGUGAUCACUAGAUCCUUUUUAUCUACAAUGAUAUCUGAUACCAAAUCAAGUUGGCUCCUCAACGUCUUGUUUUAGAGACAAUUCCAGUAGGAAGUCUAGAAUAUGUGUGCUCCUGGCACAAGCAGCUAUUUUGGUUUUCCAGUUCACAUCAGGAAGAAUAAAGUCACCGGUGAUGAUAAUUUCCCCUUUUCAUGUAAUUUUAGCUAGUUCCUCAACUAGUAGCUUAUCCAACUCUUCUAUUUGUACAGAGGGCCUGUAAAUCAUACCUGCAUGAGUUACCAUGUGAUGAGCAAAUUCUAAUGUUAACCAAACUUACUCUAUGUUUGCCUAACUUGUAUUAGGCUAGAUUUUAUGCUAUUCACAUACAGGGCCACCUCUCCCCCUUUCUUGUCUUCCCUGUCUUUUCUAUGUAAAGAGUACACUGUUAUUGCUAUGUCCCAGUCAUUUUUCUCAUUAUAUCAUGUCUUAGUAACAACUACAAAAUCUACAUUCUCAUACUGCUUACUGCUUGCAGGUAUCUCUUGGUCACAGUGUAUAUCUGUGUUAUAAAAUGUCACUUUCAUGAUAUAGAAUUUAUACACUUGCAAUGUUUAUGCUCACAUUAUGUUACGUAGAUGUUUUUUUUUUCUUUUGUACCUGCACACCUGACGCUGCAUAAAAGAGCUUAGAUAAUUUUUCAAGUUAUAUUAAAGGAAUAAUAUACAGAUAUAGACAUGUGUUUAAUAAGUUUAGUGUAUACAUUUGUCAAUAGCAGUUAAUAGUGCCCCAACCACCCAAUGUAUAUGGAGCCUGUUGUUGUUCAAACAUUUGGCACUGCAGAUGUUUUGGACUACACCUCCCAUGAUGCUUUGCCAGCAUUAUGGGGGAUGUAGUCCACAACAUCUGGGGUGCCGAAGGUUGCCUACCCCUGAUCUAUGCUCUCUACUAUAAAUUUAAGAAUGUAACAUAUUUUAGUUAUUCACUAACGAAUUACAGAUUCAGAGUGAUUUUCAACUUUUAGGCUAAAAAUGCUAAAGUAAAAAUAUACCAAUUAAGAAUUUAGAAAUUAAUUUUGGAUUUACUGUGAAUUCAAAAAUUUUUACACUUUAGUGAAUAACCCUGGUUAAGGCAGUGGACAAAAAUAACUUUGUUUACAGUAUACAACAGAUGAUGAUCUGCAGUAGAUUGCUGGCCUGAGGCUGCGGAAGCUUAAAUUCUUUUAAUUCAUUUUUGCAUAAUAUAUAACACAAAAGGGGAAAUAAACAAGGAUACAAUAGAAAAAACAAAGUGUAAAAGAAAUAGGAUUAUGUACUUAGUGCAUACAUAGUGUAACUAGUAGUUAAAUCAAAAACAUGGGACUACAAUGUAAAGAACAAUACAUGUCCUAAUGAUGAACCCUUUCAAGGAUGAUAAAUCCAGUGUUAUGUUACCUGCAUUUUCCAAUUCCACUGUUCCCAGUCGAGCUUCUUCCUGCCAGUCUGACAAGGUCAAUGAUGCCAAGCAUUUGUAAGACAAUGUUUUUAUUUUCAAUUCUUUAUUUUACUUGUGCGUAGAGUAACAGAUUUUUUUGCAGUGCCACAACAGCCGGUACAAUAACAAUAAGUCAGUAACAAUCCAUGACAUGGCAGAUAAAAUAGCACAUUUUAUAAUUAGUGAAGGUAGUGGUCUAGUAGUUUGUAAGUGAACUAUGAUGUAGCAAGGUUACAUCUGCAUGCUGUAAACGCAGGUAUGUAGGGUAUGUGAGGCAUAGUGCCCAAUAUGUUUAAGAAACCGGGAUGUCCAGCCCUUACAGGAUAAGCUGUCACGUCUUAAGGCAGUAGAUGUGUUAUUCUCUGGUUGAAAUAGUUAGCAAGACAUGGUGGGAAUGGGAUAUUGGGCUGGGGGACAUUAGUAUGGCACCAGAGUUGUGUUACUUCUGGGGUUUUAGUAGUCUACAUGCUAGUCUAGCUUGAAGGGUUCAGGGCCAGGUGUGUUUUAUGUGUCUUUGUUCCCCAGGUUCGCAGGUGGGGAUAGAGGGGGGGAUAAGAACGUGUUGGUAUCAGACAGUCCCGUUGUGGUAAGAGUGUGUGGUAGCUGAACAAGUGGUUGGCCUUCUGAGGUCAUUCAUAUAGUAGCAUCAGGAGCAUGCUAGUAUAUCAGUAUGGAAGUGGUCAACGCGUAUAACAAGAAAACAUAAAACAAGAUUGCCUAUGGGGCAAUCCAAAACGCAAUAGCAUACUUAAUGGCAUAAGGCGAACUAUUUUGAACAGUUGUGGUAUCAUUAGACUAGAAACAUUAUACAGUCAUGGUCAUAUUCAAGUGACAGUGUCCCGUUCCCCUCCGGGAAUAAAAGGAGGUAUAUUGUCGACAUCCCAGACUCUCUGGGGUGGUGUCGCCGGGUCUGGCAUAGGAAGAAUUGCGGGCCCUCAGAAGGGUUGGUAGCUUUGAAGUACUUUCCCUCUUUGAUGCAUACCAAUGCUCUUGAAUUAGUCCAUAUCGUGGUUUGAGGGAGCCGUGGUCAGAGCCGGUUUUUGUAUCCAUUACUUUGGCAGGGUCAUUUAGCCAGAUUGUUUAAUACUAAGCUAUAAAAGACUUCAACACAGUAACUUUAGUUCAGUGACACCAAAUCUUAAAAUUCACUUAGAUCAUUUCACAUCAACCUGGUAUAAAAAAACACCAAAGCCUUCCAAUUCACAGCUUUUGAUUGUGUUCCAGUAAGUUUUAGAAAUUAUCACUUAUUACCAAUAUACUCCUGGAUUAUUAUUUUUUUAGAUAUUGAUUUUUAAAAGCUUCACUGGUUUCAUAUCAAGCAUCUGGUAUUCGUAAAGGUUGCAGAGUUUUUAGCCAGCAAAAAUGUACCGUAAUACAAGUAGAGGUUACAAUUUGCAAGUGUUGUAUAUAUAAUUGCAAUUAUAGGAAGACUGUAGCAUUGGAACAUAAAUGUGUUACAAAUUUAAACCGCUGUUGUUAUAUUAGACCCCCCCCCCCCCUCACCCCAGCUGCAAUACAAAUUUUUUAAGUUUAAAAUGUGCUUAUAAACCUUUUCUGCCAAGACUCUCCUCUGCUGCUUUUCCACCUCCUCCUAUUUCCUCUUGCAGAUGUCGUUCUCUAGCCGAUGGUCCAUUCCAAUGCUCCUCAUAGAGGAAACUAGAGGAAACUAGUGCGUAUGCACAGUGCGUGAUCUCAGUGCUUUCCUGUGAGCAAUGUUUGGUCACAUGAUCAAGUUUCAUUCGGGUGUUUCUGCAGAAGCGCCUCAAGUAGCUGACUGGAAGAAAACUAUAUAUUAUCAACUGAGAAUACUAUCCAUAUAUUUUAGUGAUAACAGCAAAUAACCUGAUAUGAUGUAAUGUGGAAACUAAACAAAGAUAUUACUGUUCUCAUUUUACAUUUUUUUCUUGCAGAAUGCAAUCACAACAGAGAAAGUUCAAAGGGUAAAGGAUCGAUUUAUGUCUGCAUAUGAUGUUACCUCUGAUGGACGUCUGCAAAUACAAGAGGUACUCAUGAGAUGAGAGAAAUUGCACCAAUAUUUAUUUUAAAUUAGUGAUAUUUAUAGCAACAAAUGUGUGAAUGCAUCUGUACAAUAAACAUAGAGGCUAAUUCUGUUUUAAUAGUAAAGAUUAGUAUUUGGCAGAUAUAUUGUUCAUUUCUUUAUUGUCAAAUCAUGUAUUCAAUUUAAUAUCGAUCAUUGUUUAAAAUUGAGGAUAACCUUCUGUCAAAUCUUAGUCUAACAUGGGUCUACAUUUGUUAUUGUGUUGUAGCUUUUUUUUUUCCAUUUACAUUUCAGGAUAUAUGUUUAUUGCUACCUGCAGCUAAAUUAACUUAUAGUUAUAGGAACAUUCCAUUUAGUUUGUACAUUUUUUAUUUUUCAGCUAAGGAAUCGACCAAUCAGAGGCUUCUCAUGGAGAAGCAUCUGUGCUGCAGCCACGAAAAUACACGAUUGUGGCUUCUCAAUUCUACUCAAUGAGUUGUAGUACAGAAGGCCAGAGGGCAAACAAGUACUAACCUAGUGUGCCUGACAAUUCGUUAUCUCUGCGGAGUUAAUGGAGAAGGGAGAAAACCUCUCUGGAUGUCUGGAUAACGGGACGCAUUUUGUCGCUCAGUUAUGAAAGUGCCAAUUUCUAUUUAAAUAAGCCUUUUUAUAAACUGUUGAAAAAAAAUACAAGUUACAGAAACAAAAUCAAGUACUUUAUGUAUCUGAUCAUUCCCAAGCAUCAUAAUGGCAGUAUUCAAGCAUUACUCUCUUUGCCCUUGAGAUCUUAUUUCAUGAAUUUCAUGAAUCAAAAAUAUUCAUAAUAUUUUACUAUACGUCGGGUGAAUAAUUCAGGAACAGAGAUUGCAAUUUCCAUGUUCAUUAUCAUUUCCAAAUUAUUUAUAUAUUUCUCAUUUAACAACUAAUAGGAUGAAUUUCUCUGUUGUAUUCUGUAUGAGUCUAAGCUACAAUUCUGGGCAUUUUGAUUUACAAAAUGGACAUAUUAAUAAUACAAUUCAAAGCAAUAAUGUGUGUGAUGUACCUGUUAGAAACAGCAGUAACUACAAUUUAAUGAGGCUUCAAUAUAUAUCUGCAGGGCAAGUUAUGGUAGUAGCCUCAUCUGAAAUAUAUGUCCCAGCAAUUCUUGAGUGCUCUACAGGCAUUUUCAAUCAUUCAUAAGUCCUUUCAUAGUUAAUUGUUUAGUGGUAUUGACUUUUGAGACAUGGGGCCUGUAUAUUAAAUGGAACCUGUCCUUAUAAAAUCAACUUUAGCUCUUUUAAAAAGGCUUCAAAUUCUAUCUGUACAUUGUGUUAGCAGCUUUGUUUGUAAAUGUAUAGAUUUGGAGAAAAACCUAUUUAAAAAUAGUUUUUUCACCUAUCUGACUCCCAACUGCUCAUCGGACAUUCGGUGCCAAGGAAUUGAGAGCCAGCGAGAGCAGAGGAGAUCUCCCACAGAUGGACCCUCUGCUCUCCCCCCAUGGCAUGUGCUGUGGUUGCUAUGGUAACUUCCUAGCCGGCACUGAUUGUGUUGAAUAGGAAGUAUAGGAAUGGCAGAGUGGAGUGUGGUGCAUAGGGCCAGGUCCUCAAUGAAGUGGUCCUUUGGUUUUAAUCCUGCAAUGUCAAACACUGGAUUUGUUAGACAGUGCAAAGUUUACAUUGCAGGGUUAAAUCUAUCUCUAGUGCUGUCAUACUGACAGCUUCUAGAGGUGCAAACUCCUUGGAUCAUUUUGCAGGUAAUGUCAGCUUGGAUGCUGACAGAGUCAGGCGCAGUGCUGAUGGGUGCAGCAGAGGAGUUCCAAUGCUGAUAACAAGGUGAGAGGAAUCUUUUUUAAACUUACACUUUACUAGCAAAGUGGGUGGACAGAAGGGAACCUUUAGUCUCAAAAUAACAACAGAUAUUGUUGGUAUUACAGAUUCUCUUUAAUUUAUAGAGACACCUAAGGUGUUACCUUAUUACUAGACGAAAAUUCUGUUUAGAUUUUAUUCCUAAUACAAAACAAUCUGCAGAGAGUUAAGAAGAGGUUUAAUUUUUUUUUUACAUACAUAUUACUAUAUAGUAUUUACCAGAGGCUCAGCUUCCUAACCUAAAUCCAAACCACACAACCAAUUAGUUUCAGAACAUUCCCUUUAACUUCUCUGAAGUUCUGCCUGUGCAUAACACUCAGAACGACAGGCGGAUGCAUAUUAGGAAUUUUAACUUGUGGCUUGGUGAAUGGUGUCGGGAGAAAGGAUUUGGCUUAAUUUCUCAUUGUAGCUCUGUUUGGAAUGGAAAUAAACUGUACAAAAAAGAUGGUUUGCCUCUUUCUCAAAAGGAAACAAAUGUUCUCAGUGAGCAGUUCAGAGGUUUUGCUAACUAUAAGAUUGUAGCGGUACCUUACCCCAGGGGGCCGGCCGAGGUCCGCACUUCACGCCGCGCGCGGCUCUCGACUGAAGGCGGGCACGGACCGCGAAAUGCAGUCACGUGUCCCGCCUAGCUCUAAGAGCCUGCCGCACGUUUCGGGCACGCUCUUAAAGGGGCAGUGGGAGCCAAAAGAUGAAAUGUGCUCCCAUUGGCCCCUGUCAUCCCACGUUCCCCAGACACUCACAUUUUGGGGGCAUGGAUAUGACAGGGGCCAAUCAAAGUAAAGUUUAGGGUAUUUAUACUUACCUUUCCCUUAACUCCCUGCCCUAUCGGGGUUUCUGUUUCAGUUACCUUAACGCUUGUUGUGUUCAGUUGUGAUUUUCGUGCUUAACCUUGGCUUUGUAUUUGACUCCGUUUAUCUCUCUAUCCCUGUUUUGUCUUGUUUGCUGGCUUACUGACUACUGUGUACCAGACCUUGGCUAGUUUUUGUUCUCGCAGUCUCUUUGUUCCCUUGACCUCGGCUUGUUCUUGACUCUGUCUAUUCUCUGCUAUACGGCGAGUCCGGCCAUUCUAAGGUCCGGUAAGCCGUAUCUACUCUAUCUGUCAAUUGUUGAACUAAAUCUUGCGUGUAGGGGUAAACUACCGUGACAUUACGAUAGGGCCAUGGACCCUGCAGAUUUAAGUCAGCAAUUGGCUUCUCAUGAGGCUAGACUUACAGAGCAGGUUCACCGUAUGGAUCAGAUAGCUCAGGCCCUCCAGACACUCUUAUCUAGAACUACUCCGGUAACAGUACCAACUCCUCCUGCACCCCUUGUUCCAGAUGUAUCCACCAUGCCUAUUGCUUCUGCACAUUUAACCCCUCCACCCAGGUAUGGAGGGGAAGCUAAGUCUUGCAGGGGAUUCAUUAAUCAAGUGGAAUUCCACUUUGAGAUGUAUCCACGUUCCUUUCCCACUGACAGGUCUAAAGUGGGAUUCUUUAUGCACCAAUUUACUGAUAAAGCACUUGAAUGGGCAAAUCCUAUCUGGGAGGCUAAUGGACCUAUGGUGCAUAAUUUCGAUAGCUUUCUUACGGCUUUUCGUAGAACCUUUGACACAACUAAAAGGUCAAAGAAUUCCGCCAGGGCAUUAAUGAGAAUUAAACAGGGUUCUAGGUCUGUUGCUGAUUAUGCUAUUCAGUUUCGUACCCUUGCUUCGCAGGUAGAUUGGACCAACAAUGGGCUAACUACAGCAUUCAUGGAAGGACUAUCUGAUACUAUAUUGGAUGAGGUAGCAGCUAGAGAUCUUCCUAUGCCAUUAGAGGACCUUAUCGACUAUCUCAUUGAUAUAGACAAUAGGAUUCGUGACAGACUCUAUACUAAGAAUAGGAAUAGAUGUUUUGUUACAUUAAAUACUCCUAGAGUUGCUAAUCCUGAGAGUUUCAAGGUAUCAGAGGAAGAACCCAUGCAAUAAGGGGUUGCCAAACUCUCUGAUGCUGAAAAAUUGUAUAGGAGAAAGGAGGGACUUUGCCUAUACUGUGGUAAGAAGGGUCAUAUGCUAAAAGAAUGUCCUGUGCUUCCGGAAAACUAUCGCACCUAAGGCCAUAUAGGGGACUGGCCUUGGGUGUGAUAUCUAAGUCCCCAAAAUUGCCUCUUAAUCGACUACUUCUCCCUGUUUUUCUGCAUCUGGAGAAUAAUUGCAUAGCAAGAAACAUACUAGCCCUGGUUGAUUCCGGGGCAGCUGAGAAUUUCAUAAACUCUAGAUUUGUUAGGAAAAACAAAAUACCCAUUAGAGAGAAGAAGACACCCAUGGCCGUUGAGGCCAUAGAUGGUAGACCAUUAUGCUCCCCAGUUAUCAGACAUGAAACUGAACCAUUGCAUAUGUAUACAGGGAUGUUACACUCAGAAACCAUUCGGUUUCAGGUCAUCACCUCUCCUUCCUCUCACAUUGUGUUAGGGUACCCAUGGUUAUGUUCUCACAAUCCCAUUUUUGACUGGGAGUCAGGACAAAUAGUAUCUUGGAGUGAAACCUGCCAAGAGUCUUGUAUAAUUUAAAUCACCCCUUUGAACUCUAUUAAUGUUCCUACUACUCCUCCUUUGUCUACUAUUAUACCUCCUCAGUACAUGUGUCUUAAGGCUGUCUUUGAUAAGAGGGAGGCUGAAAAAUUACCACCUCAUAGACCCUACGAUUGUGCUAUUGAUUUAUUGCCGGGCACUGUACCUCCCAAAGGCAGGGUAUAUCCUUUGUCUCCACAAGAAAAUCUUGUCAUGGAGGAAUAUAUUAAAGAAUCUCUACAUUUAUAAGGAGAUCCUCUUCUCCGGCAGGGGCAGGGUUCUUCUUUGUAUCGAAGAAGGAGGGCGAUUUAAGACCUUAAUCACUGAAUUAUUCGACAGCCUUAAACAAGCCACUGUGUUUACUAAAUUGGACCUUAGAGGUGCAUACAAUCUCAUAUGUAUAAAAAAGGGCCAUGAGUGGAAAACUGCGUUCAAUACUAGGAGUGGUCAUUACGAGUAAACUGUGAUGCCAUUCGGUCUUUGUAACGCCCCAGCAGUGUUUCAAGAAUUUAUUAAUGACGUCUUACAAGAGUUCAUUCAUUCAUUUGUCAUAAUAUACUUGGACGACAUAUUAAUAUAUUCAACAGAUUUACAUACCCAUCACAUGCAUGUUAAAACAGUCUUGAAAACCCUUCUUGUUAAUGGUCUUUAUUGUAAACUAGAAAAAUGUUUAUUUGACCAAUCCGAAGUACAGUUUUUAGGUUAUGUAAUUUCUGCUAAAGGUUUUCGUAUGGAUCCCCAGAAGCUUUCUGCUGUUAUGGAAUGGCCUUUACCUCAGGGACUGAAAGCCAUUCAGCGUUUUCUUGGGUUUUCUAACUAUUAUAGACGCUUUAUUAAAGGAUUUUCUUCUAUUGUAGCGCCUAUAACACGCAUGACUAAAAAGGAUGGCAAUACCCGUGUCUGGUCCCCAGAGGUGCUUGAGGCUUUUGAAUUUCUUAAAUCCACGUUUGCCUCUGCUCCUAUUUUACAGCAUCCUGUCCCUUCUUUGCCUUAUAUUCUUGAAGCUGAUGCUUCGGAUAUUGGGGUAGGUGCUGUCUUAUCUCAAAGAGAAUCACCUGAUAAGUCAUUACAUCCUUGUGGCUUCUUUUCCAAACAGAUGUCCAAAGCCGAAAAGAACUAUGACAUAGGCAAUCGAGAACUCUUUGCUAUUGUUUUAGCACUCAAGGAGUGGAGACAUCUUUUAGAAGGUACUAAGAACCCCAUCCUCAUUUUUACAGAUCACAAAAACCUUUCCUACCUUAGUGAAGCCAAAAGAUUGUCUUCUAGGCAGGCCAGGUGGUCACUGUUCUUAUCUCAUUUCAAUUAUAUCAUCACCUACAGACCAGGUGAUCGUAACACUAAAGCUGACGCUCUGUCUAGACAAUUUGAAACUACCGACAAACAAGAGUUUGAUAAUACCCCUGUCAUUCCCCCGGACAGAAUAAUAGCUACUACGGUUCUAUCUAUUUCUUCUUCACUCUUACAAAUUAUACAGGCUAAACAAUACAUGGCACCCAGUGAGAAACCUACUGAUAAACUGUUUGUUGAUGUUCCCGAAAGACGGGACAUUAUGUCAUUAUAUCAUGACGCCAAAACUGCUGGACAUCCUGGGGUUUCUAAAACCUUAACAGCAGUUUCUAGAUAUUUUUGGUGGACUUCCUUACGCAAGGAUAUCACCGAUUACGUUCGGGCAUGUAUUACUUGUGCCGGUAUGAAGUCUUCUCAUAGAGUUCCUUGUGGCCCAUACCCGAGAGGCCUUGGUCAAAUCUAUCCAUGGAUUUCAUUGUCGAAUUGCCUCCUUCGAAUGGCAAAACAGUCAUCCUGAUGAUAGUGGAUCGAUUUUCUAAGAUGGCUCAUUUUGUGUCUCUUGUCAAAUUGCCCUCAUCCAAGGAACUUGCUUCUAUCUUCGCCAGGGAGGUGUUUCAGUUGCAUGACAUUCCUAUAUCUAUUGUAUCCGAUAGGGGUACCCAAUUCAUUUCCAGAUUCUGGAGAGUUUUUUGUUCAGAGAUGGGUAUUUCUCUCUCGUUUUCCUCCGCUUACCACCCCCAAUCUAAUGGAGCUGCUGAUCGUGCCAACCAGUCCCUAGAGCAGUAUCUUCGUUGUUUCGUAUCCCACCAUCAGAACAAUUGGGCUGACCUGCUUCCAUGGGCUGAAUUUGCUCGUAAUAACGCUGCUCAUGAGUUUUCCGGUAAAAGCCCUUUCUACGUUGUUUAUGGCCGGCAUCCUGUUGUUCUUCUAGCUGCAUUCUCCUUACAGGGCAUGCCAGCUCUGUAUGAACAUUUAGCUGGUUUACGUACUACUUGGGAGCUGGUUCAGCGUUCUUUGGUGGACUCCGCUGCUCGCCAAAAGGUUCAAGCUGACAAACAUUGCAGAGCGGCUCCGUCCUAUGUCGUGGGGGACAGGGUUGGGCUUUCCACUCGCAAUAUCCGCCUUUGUGUGCCUUCUAUGAAGUUGGCCCCCCGUUUUAUAGGUCCUUUCCAUGUUUUGCAUAGAGUUAAUCCUGUUUCAUAUGCCUUGGAUCUUCCUAAGAACCUGCGUAUUCCUAACGUCUUUCACACCUCCUUGUUGAAGCCCCUCCUGUUUAACCGCUAUACCCAGCAUGUUCCUCCUCCUACUCCUGCUUCUGUGGAGGGUCAUGAGGAAUUCGAAGUAGCUGCUGUACUUGACUCUCAUUUUUUCAGGGGUCAACUCCAGUACCUGGUGCAUUGGAAGGGUUAUGGGCCUGAGGAACGCAGUUGGCUUUCCGCUGACGCUGUUCAUGCUCCUCGCCUUGUGCGUUCCUUCCAUUCUCGUUUUCCUGCCAGGCCUGGUCCUCCCCGCCCGGUGGGCCUGUCUUCAGGGGGGGUACUGUAGCAGUACUUACCUUACCCGGGGGCCGGCCGAGGUCCUCACUUCCCGCCGCGCGCGGCUCUCGACUGAAGGCAUGCACGGUCCGCGCGAUGCGGUCACGUGUCCCGCCUAGCUCUAGGAGUGUGCCGCGCGUAUCGGGCAUGCUCUUAAAGGGGCAGUGGGAGCCAAAAGAUGAAAUGUGCUCCCAUUGGCUCCUGUCAUCCCACAUUCCCCAGACACUCACAUUUUGGGGGCGUGGAUAUGACAGGGGCCAAUCAAAGUAAAGUUUAGGGUAUUUAUACUUACCUCUCCCUUAACUCCCUGCCCUAUCGUGGUUUCUGUUUCAGUUACCUUUAGCGCUUGUUGUGUUCAGUUGUGAUUUUCGUGCUUGACCUUGGCUUUGUAUCUGACUCCGUUUAUCUCUCUAUCCCUGUUUUGUCUUGUUUGCUGGCUUACUGACUACUGUGUACCAGACCUUGGCUAGUUUUUGUUCUCGCAGUCUCUUUGUUCCCUUGACCUCGGCUUGUUCUUGACUCUGUCUGUUCUCUGCUAUACGGCGAGUCCAGCCAUUCUAAGGUCCGGUAAGCCAUAUCUGCUCUAUCUGUCGAUUGUUGAACUAAAUCUUGCGUGUAGGGGUAAACUACCGUGACAAAGAUAAGGCUAGAGACUAAUGAACGUAUUUGGAAAAUUGGGCAGACUAGAUGGACCGGAUGGUUCUUAUCUGCCGUCACAUUCUAUGUUUCUAUGUUUAAUAGAACACUAGAACAUUCUGGAUGUUUCACCUGCACAGCCUGCAUUUACUUUGAAAUAUAUUUCUCCAAUUCUUUUUGAAUUUCUUUCUAGUGCUUUUAUCAUAAUCCAUACUCAUUACCACUGUUAAAGGGACACUAUAGUCAUCAAAACAACUUUAGCUUAAUGAAGCAGUUUUUGUGUAUAGAUUAAGUCUCUGCAAUCUCACUGCUGAAUUCUCUGCCAUUUAGGAGUUAAAGCACUUUUUCUUUUUAUGCAGACCUAGCCACACCUCCCUGGCUGUGACUGACACAGCCUGCAUGAAAACAAAAUGUUUUCAUUUUAAAUCAGAUGUAACUUACUUUAAAAGUAUUUAUCUCCUGCUGAACGUUAACUACAAACAGGAGGUUUCUGCGGGGGCUGGCAAGCUAUUAACAAAGCAGGAAAUAAGACAUUCUAAAUAAAAAAAGAUUUGCAAUAAAGGAAGUGUAAAUAUUAGAGGACUCUUUACAGGAAGUGUUUAGAAAGGAUGUGUAAGUCACAUGCAGGAAGGUGUGUCUAGGGCUGCGUAAACAAAGUGAGUUAACUCCUUAAUGGAGGGAAUUGAGCAGUGAGAUUGUAGAGCAGGGGUAGUCAACCUUUUAAAACCUAACGCCCACUUUUGUAUCUUUGUUGAUGGUAAAAUUUCCUUACCACCCACCAGUGCCGCAGUAACUAAUUUUGUAGAGCAAGUGCGAUUUUUUUUUUCCAUGUGUGUCUGUGAGGUGCUGUAUGUGUGUGAGGGAUGCUGUAUGUGUGUGAAGGGUGCAGGGUGUGUGUGUGAAGGGUGCAUUGUGUGUGUGUGUGAGGGGUGCAGUGUGUGUGUGCCAGGGUGAGGGGGGAACUCUCUGCGUGUGUGAGGGGGGAACUGUGUGUGUGUGAGAGGGGAGCUCUGCGUGCAUUUGUGAGGGGGGCACUGCUUAUGUGUGUGAGGUGGGCAUUGCAUGUGUGCGUGUGUGAGGGGUGCACUGUGUGCAUGUGUAAGGGGGCACUGUGUGCGUAUUUUUGGCGGCACUGCAUGUGUGCGUGGGUGACGGGUGCACUGCUUGCAUGUGUGAGGGGGCACUGUGUGCGUGUGUGAGGGGGCACUGCAUGCAUGUGUGAGGUGGGCAUUGCAUGUGUGAGGGGGCAGUGUGUGGGAGGGUGGUAGUGUCUGAGCGGGCAGUGUGUGUGUGAGAGGGCAGUGUCUGUGUGUGAGGGGUGCAGUGUGUGUGUUAGAGGUGCACCGUGUGUUAGAGGUGCAGUAUAUGUGAGGGUUGCAGUGUGUAUGUGAGGGGGCACUGUGUGUGUGUGAGGGGGCAGUGUGUGUGUGUGAGGGGGCAGUGUGCAUGUGUGAGGGGGCAGUAUGUGUGUGAGGGGGCAGUACGAGGGAGGUAGUGUGGGAGGGGUGUAGUGUAUAUUUGUGUAGAAAUCAUACAGAAGUCAGGAUGUCCCUGACAAGGGUGCACAGGGUCUGUUUCUGUGUGUAGAUGAGAUGUGUGUAGGUGAGAUAUUAAUUUCUCCCCUCCCUUCUUCUUACCCUUUACCAGGGAGUGAGGACAUAAUGCUGCAAGCCCUGGUGGUCCAGUGGUGGCAUGUUCACUUUAGCCUGCAGCUUCUCUGGCUGCAGGUUGAUUCUCCUGUCCUCCUGUGAGCACAACACUGUAUCGGAGCAUUGCCAUGGUAACACGUGGCAAUGCUCCGACCAGCCUGCUCGUGGGAGGAACACAGAGCCUUCUGGGCCCUUCCCUCCCUUUGGUAGGAAAUAAGUGCUAAUAAACUUUGAUCUCCUCACCAGCCUGAGAGGGCUUACAGCAAGACUGGCUCUGCAUGGGCCAGCAGGGAAGAUGAAAGGAUCUCCCCUGCCCGUCCAAGCCCACGGCCAUCGAAGCCCACUGCGCAUUUUCUGCAGAACCCACAACGGCCCACCUGAAAUCCCAAAAUCCCCAGUAGUGGGUGGUAGGGACUAGGUUGACUACCUCUGCUGUAGAGGCAUGAUCUAUACACCAUAACUGCUUCAUUAAGCCAAAGUUGUUUUGGUGACUAUAGUGUCCCUUUAAUUAUUAAAGAAAAAUAUGAACAUGACAUUUUUAAUAGGGCUUCAUAUCAAUAAGGCAAAGAACCAUUGCCAGUUUUGCAUUUUGAAUACAUUUUGCAUUUCAAUAUCAAUGUAUUUUUCCUUGAAAAGAACAUAUAUCUCACCAGCACAACCAACAUUACAGAGGGUACAGUUUAGAAUUCUGGUGCUCACGGUUGAAUUUGAUUUCAAUUGCAUAUUGUAGAAAUGCUUACAAAACUCAACAUGGAUUUGUCAAAAACUGACUAAUGCAGAAUAUGUUUAGCCACAUGCUUGACAAGACAGACAGCAUCCGUGUCCCGUACUCACCAGACCAUUUAAGGCAGCUGUACUAAAUGUGAAUUUACCUAAUACGGGAAAUUCUCCAGGGUACAAACAUGUCCAUCUACUGACAUAAUGUUACAUUAACAUCAGCUACAGAAUAACCAUUCCAACUCCCUGAGGACUUCCUACCUGUCCUUGAAGGAAGCUAAAGUAGUGUUGCCAUACUACAAGGUGAUCAUCAAAAACCCUUUUGUCACUUCUUGUUUUCUUAAAAGUAACAUUGUUUGUAGAGUGUAUAUAUACAAAGAAAAAACAAGGCUAACAUUUUGUGUUUAAAGAAGAACUGUCAUCAUCCCAGGAGUUUCAAUAGUGUGCCUACUUCGCUAUAUUUAACAAUCUAUAUUUGUGAGGUUUGAAAAAUGUAGAUAUUCCACACCUUUUUAUCUUGCAACUGGGUGCCACAAUCUUAAAUCACUUUCAAUCAUUAUUAUAUUCUCUAUGCUUUACACCUUGCAGUCAGCAUAGAGAACACAUACAAAGAAGAGAGGUUAUAAAAAUGGACGACGUUUAUCAAAGUAUUUAAAAAAAUGAUGGUUACAUUCUGUGAUUAUUGUAGGAUCUGGUAGACUUAGAGUUGUGGAUAAAAGGCAUAUUGCACAGUCUGUUGCUCUACAUAAUUCAUUUUCAGCAGUUUCAGAGUGCAGUGGUAUUAUGAAGACAUGCUCAGUCACUGAGUGUAGUGGUGCUAUGGAGAUAGGCUCAGGCACUGAGUAUACUGGUGUUGUGGAGACCGGCUCAGGUACUGAGUAUAGUGGUGUUGUGGAGACCGGCUGAGGCACUGAGUGUAGUGGUGUUAUGGAGACAAGCUCAGACACCAAGUGUAGUGGUGUUUUGGAGACAAGCUCAGACACCGAGUGUAGUGGUGUUAUGAAGACAUGCUCAGGCACCAAGUGUAGUGGUGUUAUGAAGACAAGCUAGGGCACUGAGUAUAGUGGUGUUGUGGAGACCUGCUCAGGCACUGAGUGUAGUGGUGUUGUGGAGACAGGCUCAGGCACUGAGUAUAGUGGUGUUGUGGAGACAGGCUCAGGCACUGAAUGUAGUGGUGUUAUGGAGACAACUCAGACACCAAGUGUAGUGGUGUUAUGGAGACAAGCUCAGACACAGAGUGUAGUGGUGUUAUGAAGACAUGCUCAGGCACCGAGUGUAGUGGUGUUAUGAAGACAAGCUAAGGCACUGAGUAUAGUGGUGUUGUGGAGACCUGCUCAGGCACUGAGUGUAGUGGUGUUGUGGCAACAGGCUCAGGCACUGAAUGUAGUGGUGUUAUGGAGACAAGCUCAGACACCAAGUGUAGUGGUGUUAUGGAGACAGGCUCAGAUACCGAGUUUGUGGAACCACCAUCUUCUACAUCAAAGUUGUGCAAUGCUGCAGCCAAUGACAAAAAGGAUAAGGUGAGGCGAUAGGUGAUAGGUGAUAGAAAGUAGUUGUUGGGGGAUUCUAUCAUAAGAGGUGUGGAGCUGGACAAUAAUGGCCUUGUGAGAUGUCUUCCUGGAGCUACUGGUCACAGAGACAGGAGACGUAUUUGUAAUAUUGUUAAGUGAGAAAAGCAGGAAGGGGAAUUGGAUGUACUUGUCCAUCUAGGGACAAAUGGCUUGUCUUGCAAUGAGGUUUCAGAGGUAAAGGAAGUUUGUGUUUUUGCCAAUGAUAUAUGGCAGGUUGCUUCCACACUGUCAUUCUCUGAAGUUCUGCCUGUGCAUAACACUCAGAACGACACGCGGAUGCGUAUUAGGGACUUUAACUUGUGGCUUGGUAAAAGGUGUCGGGAUCAAGGAUUUGGCUUAAUUUCUCACGGUAGCUCAGCUUGGAAUGGAAAUAAACUGUACGAAAAAGAUGGUUUGCAUCUUUCUCAAAAGGGAACUAAUGUUCUUAGUGAGCAGUUCAGAGGUUUUGCAUGGUUUUGCCCAAAACAAGGACAAUUGGAUCCUGGAAAAUGCAUGUAGCAGGUGUGUUAAAAAAAAUCAUUAGCUUAGAGUCAUGUCUACAAAUGCUUGCAGUUUAUGGAAUAAGAUCCAUGAACUUGUGGCAAUAAUGGCAACUGAUAAUGUAGAUUUAGUCGCUGUUACUGAGACAUGGUAUAAUGAGAAAAAUGACUGGGACAUAGCAAUACCAGUGUACUCUAUAUGUAGAAAAGACAGGGGAGGCAAGAAAAGGGUAGGGUUGGCCCUGUAUGUGAAGAAUAGCAUAACAUCUAGCCUAACAAAAGUUAGUAAGGCGAAAAUAGAGUCUGUUUGGGUUACGUUGGAAUUCGGUAAUCACACAGUAACUCGUGUAUGUGUGAUUUAUAGGCCCCCAGGACAAAUAGAAGAGUUAAUAAUCUACUUGUUGAGGAAAUAGCUAAAAUGACAAUGAAGGGGGGAGUUAUCAUCAUAAGUGACUUUAAUCUUCCUGUAGUGAACUGGAAAACCAAAAUAGCUGCUUGUGCCAGGAGCACACAUAUUCUAAAUUCCCUACUGGGAUUGUCUCUAAAACAAGUAGUUGAGGAGCCAACUUGUAAGGAGGCCAUACUAGAUUUAGUGUUAACAAAUAGAGAUUUGGUAUCAGAUAUUAUUGUAUGUAAACGUUUAGGAUCCAAUGAUCAUCAGUCAGUGUACUUUAAUAUAAGAACAGUGACUGAGUCACACCACACAAAAACAAAAGUUUUAGACUUUAGAAAAACAGACUUUUCUAAAAUUAGAAUAUGUGUAAAGGAGUCAUUAUCAGACUGGAACAGUUUAAAUGGAGUCCAAAAGAAAUUGGAUUAUUUAAAAGUUGCACUACUGAAGGCAAAAAAUUGUAUUAGGCUUGUCAGUAAAAGCAAAAGAUUUAAGAAACCACUGUGGUACUCCACAGAAGUUGGCAAAAUAUAAAAAACUAAAGGUUAGCAUUUAGUAAUUAUAAAAAAACAACAAAAAACAUAGUGCGAAGAUAGACAGCUCUAUAAGAUUAGACAGAAAGAGGCAAAGCAAGCUAUAAGAGCUUCCAAAUCACACACAGAGGAGAAGAUAGCACAGUCAGUAAAAAAAAGGGUACAAAACAUUUUUAGAUACAUAAAUGAGAAAAGGAAAGUAAAACAAGAAUUAGUUAGAUAAAAAAAAAAAAAGGAAGGUAUGAAGAAGAGGAUAAAGGUCUCUCUGAUUGCCUCAUUUAAUAUUUUUAUUAAAUAUUUACAGAUGAAAAUGAAGGAAAGGGGCCUCAGUUAGGAAAAAGGACAAAUAAGUCAUUUGUUACAUGUGAGUUUACAGAGGAAGAGGUUCUAUUUCAACUGUCAAAAGUAAAGAUAAAUAAGUCAAUGGGACCUGAUGGAAUACACCCACGGUUAUUAAAAGAGUGGUGUACUAACAAAACCAUUAACAGAUUUUUUUUAACUAAUCAUUAUUAACAGGAGUAGUCCCAGAAGAUUGGAAGUUAGCUGAUGUUGUGCCCAUUCACGAGAAAGGUAGUAAGGAGGAGUCAGGAACCUAUAGGCCAGUAAGCCUUACUUCAGUAGUGGGGAAAGUAAUGGAAACCAUGUUAAAGGAUAGGAUUGUUGAACAUUUAAAAUCACAGGGAUUUUAAGAUCAGAGACAACAUGGGUUUACUUCAGGGAGAUCAUGCCAAACUAAUCGUAUUGAUUUUUUUUGAUUGGGUAACUAAAAUAAUAGAUCCGGGUGGUGCAGUAGACAUAGCUUACCUAGAUUUCAGUAAGGCUUUUGACACUGUUGCACAUAGAAGGCUUAUCAAUAAACUGCAAUCUUUAAGUUUGGAUUCCAAUAUUGUUGAAUGAGUAAGGCAUUGGCUGUGUGACAGACAACAGAGGGUUGUAGUCAAUGGAGUAUAUUCGAAGCAUGGGCUUGUCACCAUUGGGGUACCUCAGGGAUCUGUACUUGUCUUUAAUAUUUUUAUUAGUGAUAUUGCAGAAGGUCUUGAUGGUAAGGUAUGUAUUUUUGCUGAUGAUACUAAGAUAUGUAAAAGGGUUGAUGUUCCAGGACGGAUAAGCCAAAUGACAAAUGAUUUAGGUAAACUAGAAAAAUAGUCAGAGCUGUGGCAGCUGACAUUUAAUGUGGAUAAGUGCAAGAUAAUGCAUCUUGGAUGUAAAAAUCCAUGGGCAGAGUAUAGAAUAUUUGAUAGAGUCCUAACCUCAACAUCUGAGAAAAGGGAUUUAGGGGUAAUUAUUUCAGAUGACAAUGUUAUAGAGCAGAAAAUGCUAGCAGAAUGCUUGGUUGUAUAGGGAGAGGUAAUAGCAGUAGCGAGAGGGAAGUGCUCAUGCCAUUGCACAGAACAGUGGUGAGACCUCACUUGGAGUAUUGUACGCAGUACUGGAGACCGUAUCUUCAGAAGAAUAUUGAUACUUUGGAAAGAGUUUAGAGAAGGGCUACUAAACUGGUUCAUGGAUUACAGGAUACAACUUUCAAGGAAAGGUUAAAGGAUCUUAACAUGGAUAGCUUGGAGGAAAGAUGAGACAGGGGGCAUAUGAUAGGAAUUUUUAAAUACAUAAAAGGAAUCAAUAGUAAAACGAGGCGACUAUAUUUAAAAGAAGAAAAACUACCACAACAAGAGGACAUAUUGUUAAAUUAGAGGGGCAAAGGUUUAAAAAUAAUAUCAGGAAAUAUUACUUUACUGAGAGGGUAGUGGAUGCUUGGAAUAGCCUUCCAGCUGAAUUGGUAGAGGUUAACACAGUGAAGGAGUUUAAGCAUGCAUGGGGGAGGUAUAAGGCUAUCUAUCCUAGCUAUAAGAGGCGGCCAGGGACUAAUGACAGUAUUUAGAAAAUUGGGCAGACUAGAUGGGCCGAAUGGUUCUUAUCUGCCGUCACAUUCUAUGCUGCUAUGUUUCUAAGUAUAUAUUAAAGUGUUUUAAAAAGUGAAAUUACUUCAUAGUAAAUCCAGUCAGUUUUCACAGAAAUUGUAGUUCAGAAGACCAUCAAAUUUAUAGUGAUAUAAAAAUUCUGACACUUUUUUAUUGGAAUUAGUGGUGGAAAUAUUAUAAAUCUGUUGCGUAUGAGGGAAAAAUGGCACUUAAUAAAAAAAUGACAUUUGGCUGCCAAAAAAGCAACAGAAAAAAUACAUUUUUAAAUCCAACAUUUUUGAAGAAAAUUUUCCUGAAAUAUGCUUCUUUGCCUUAUAAUUGCUGUAAAUGCUGUCUUUUUACUUACCUUCUUUGAAUCUCCAUCGGGUUUCCAGUUAUAUUCACCUCCUUCGCAAUGGUUCCAGCUCCACUAUAAGCCCGCCUUUGUGGGCAUGAAGCCUCUUCUUAAUCUUGCCUCUCAGGCUUCGCCACACCAGGCACAGCUCCACCUGAUGAUUCUGAUGUGCUGGCUUCAUUGCAUCCACUCCUAACAGUUACCUUGCAGAGCACUAUACUGGUGACCUUUAUUUUUAUGUCAAGCACCUGCUUUCAGUAAAAUAAACUAUAGUAAAAACAGUUGCAAGAAAAAAUAUGUGGCUCUUUUGGAAUUAAUUAGUUCUCUGCAUGAAUUAAUCAUAACAUGUCAUCUCAAAGAUGAAGCUAACAACACACGUGCAAUUAUAAUUUUUCAUGUCUUUAUUGAACACAUGCCCUUAAACAUUCACAGGGCUGUGGGAAAAGUAAGUAAACAAUUGAGUUUAAUAGCUAUUGUAUCCUCCUUGAGCAGCAAUAGCCUUAACCAAAUGUUUCAGCUUUCUUGAGGUCAUACCACAGCAACUCUACGGGGCUAAAGUUUGGACUCUGACUAGGCCACUCCAAAUGGUUUUCUUAUUUUUUAAGUAAUACUGUAGUGGAUUCACUUCAGUGUGUAAUAUUAUUGUCCUGCUGCAUUACCCAACUUCUACUUGUUUUUUAUUCUGUAGUCUAUCUUGAUAAUAACUUGGAAAUUUAUUAUUCCUUUGAUGAUUGCAAUUGCUUCAGGCCAUGAUGCAUCUUACACUCGUACUUAACCAUUGGAAAAAGGUUUUAAUGUUGGUAUGCUGUGCCCUUUUUACUACACACAUAGCAAUGUUCUUCUCAAAACAACUCAACUGGUGCUGAAGAGUCCCACAUCCAGGGCUUGAGCCCACAAAGCCCCCUAGCAAUACCAACAUAUGUGAAUGAAAUUUACAUUUAGAGCCUGUCCUGUCAAACUUGUCAAUCAUCUUUUUCCAUAAACUUCUACUGUCUAUUUUGUUUGUUUUCUGAUAUACCACUAUGGCGCUUUGGAGUUAUAGAAUUCAGAUGGCCCGUAUGUUCAAAACCAAAUCCACAAGUCUAAUAUAUACUGAAGUAUGUAUAUAUAAGGAAUUAUGCUUUAUAUGUGUUUUUAGACUUUUGCAUUUGUUUUCAAAUUAAUUGAGAUUCAUCCAAAUUUUGGGAGGGUGGUCAGUUGGGUCGUCCGAAUGCUGUAACUCUACAGUGGCAUAUGGAUAUAUAACAAAGCAAAUUAAAUGGACAUUGGAUGAACAUUUGUUUUGUGAUUCCGAGUUCCCCGCAUGGCAGAUGAUUAAUUGGAGAAAAAAUGAUUGAUAGAGGACAGCCACUAAAUAUUGAUUUUAUUCACAGAAAUAAGUGAACAGAGGGAAAAAAGAAGGAGCAGGAAAAACAAAUUGCGUAUUUGUAUAUUAUAUAUCUAAAGGGACACUACCAAAAAAAGUUAGUUUAAUGAAGGGAAAAAAAUUGCGUAUUUGUAUAUUAUAUAUCUAAAGGGACAUUACCAAAAAAAGUUAGUUUAAUGAAGGAAAAAAAAUUGCGUAUUUGUAUAUUAUAUAUCUAAAGGGACACUACCAAAAAAAGUUAGUUUAAUGGAGUGGUUUUAGUGUAAAGACCAUGCACCUGCAGUCUCACUGCUGAGUUCUCUGCCAUUUAGGAGUUAAAUCACUUUGUUUAUACUGUAGCCACACCAUCCCUGACUGUCACUGACACAUUGUCCCUGAAAAAGAAGUGUAAACAUUUUACCCUUAUUUAUUACAAAGAAAUUAUCUGAUCUCUGGAGUAUGAUCCUGGAGCAUUCUUUCUUUUAAAUCAGGGAUCUCAAACUUUAGCCCAUUAGAUGUUAAUGGCCUACAACUCCCAGAAUUAUUUCAAUUUAAAAGAUGGACAGGUAAUCAUAUAAGUUGCAGUUCAGUAUCAUCUUGGGAGAUGAUGAGAAGUCAUAAAGUUAACAUGUAUUUUCCAAUAAGAUGUACGUUGAUAUAACUUUUGUUAAAGUGUUACUUCACCCCCCCCAAAACCGGUGAGAAAGCAGCAACUAGGUAGUGUUAGCAGCUCCCAUAGAGAAUACCAGGAGAAUACCUCAGCCUGUAAAUCAGUGGAAGUUUUUUAAGUAGCAGUUGACCAUAAAAAAAGAAGUGACAACAAUGGAAGCAAGCCUUAUGGUCCCACAUUUGAUAUUAUGAAUAUCUAUGACAUGUGGUUGUCAUUGCCAAAUUGUGUGAUUUUCAUAGAGUACUAGAGGUUCUGCCCUGCUGUAAUUCCCCCCACCCCCCCACUGCCACUGAGGAGAUCCAUCCCAUGUAUUCUUCCAUUGCUAGCUUAAUCUUAUAUAAUCAGUUUAAAUUAAUCUGCCUAGUUCAGACCAUUCUGGACAUUUGAGAUCUUACAGAACCACUUCAGGCUUAUCUAUCUAUUUUAAAUCUGUCUAUUAUACUCAGAUGACUGUGCUCAGAGUAGUAUAAAGUAUCACAUCAGCACUCCUGUACCAUAAUGUAGCAGGGCUUCCUCUGUUUAUACACUAGAAAAAAUCAUAGAUAAAUAGGUAGAUGUUUACUGUUGUCAUAGCAACUAAUUUUUCAUGUGCAGUUGCAUAUCGUUGGCUGGAAUGUUGCUUGCCAAGCAUGUCCAGUGUGUAUUUUCAUGCCGAUCUGUCAUUGGCUGAAGAUAUAGUAUAUUGUAUUAUAUUAUAUUAUAUUGUAAUAUAUUAUAUUAUAUAUGGUUGCUAUGGAGAAAACAUGGUUUCCUCAUAGGAAAACACAUUUCAAUACUGUAUGCUUUCUAUAAGUUUCUACAGUCGAUAUUAUAAAAGUCUAUGAAUGAUCGUAUAGAUGUCUACUAUGUCUACAGGCCUUUGUAACUAGGUGCAGCAGUAGACAUCGUAAAAAUAUAAACCUCAAGAUAGCUAGACCGUGGAUUCAUGCAAUUAAUAUAUCCUACCUUGUAGUGAAAUACAUUGCUCUUCUUCCUUGCUAAAUCUUUCAUGUUAACCAUUAUUUUUUCUAGCUUGCAAACAUGAUCCUACCAGAAGAUGAGAACUUUCUGCUGCUUUUUCGAAGGGAAACCCCAUUAGAUAAUAGCGUGGAGUUCAUGCGGGUAAGGACUUGUAACAACUGGCAGUGGCUCUCUGUUUCUUAGGAGUGCUUCAAUUCACUGACACCUUUUCUUGUCUGUCUGGUCUGUCAAACUUUAUACUAUAAUAACGUGAACAACUCCAACGUCAUUUUCGUUCAAAGCCAAUCAUCAGCUUUCCUAUUUUUAAUAUCCGUUCAAAAAUACUUGAUUAGAUAUACCUUCCAAUUAUUUUUACAUGUCCAGUACUUGUUAAUCAUUCUACCACUCUGUCAUACAAGUCACAAUUCCUUAGCUUCUAUCUUCUGGUAGAGUAUCUGGCUAGGAUGAUUUAUGUUUGAUAACAAGACAGACCCAGGAUAUUGUGCUUCCUUGGUCCAAAGACAAAUGGUUUCCCAGUCAACUUAAUUCCCACUCUUUAGAUCUUGGUCAAACCCAUUACAGUACACCAUAACAUGAUUUUUACUGUUGUCAUCCCAACACAUAUUUUUCUAUCUCUUUAAAGCCACUGCAGUUUCCCUAUUCAGAAUAUCAUUUGCAUGACCACUAUUAUGAUAUGAUCUCUAUGUGAUGCAGUGCCCACUGAUAUAUGUGAUACAUGUUGCAUCCGUUUGCUUUGUAUAACAAGACAGUCAACACAAAGGCCCUAUUAUAUGUGAAAAACACAUCCUACAAUUACCUCUUAGGAUAAAUAAGGACUAUUACAAACAAUAUUUAUCUCUGGAAUCCUCAACAAACCAAAAUGCAAAGUCUACACAUUAAUUGCAUGAAACUAAGGAAAAUGGACUUUAGAAAUGAUACUUAGAAAAUCAGAAAAAGCUCUGCAAUACCUCAGUAUCUAUUAUCAUAGUGCACAUAGCAGAGAAGAUUCACAUUUCUGCUUAAUAUAAAUGGGACAGUGAAGAUGGAAUAUAGUCCAUCAUGUAACUAGUAUCAUUAGCUCUAUGUAGUGAUGUCGCGAACAUGAAAUUUUCGGUUCGCGAACGCGAACUUCCGCAAAUGUUCGCGAACCGGGCGAACCCGGCAAACCGCCAUAGACUUCAAUAGGCAGGCGAAUUUUAAAACCCACAGGGACUCUUUCUGGCGGGUGGGGGCCAUAAAGAUAAUGAGGGGGGACCUACAGUCCUCCCCCUCUCCGGCCCCCACCCCUGUGCGGCGGGUGGGGGCCCUAAAAAUAACAAUAAGGGGGGGAUCUACUGUCUCCCCCGGCCCCCACCCCUGAGCGGUGGGUGGGGGCCCUAAUAACAAUAAGGGGGGGACCUAUUGUCCCCCCCCGGCCCCCACCCCUGUGCGGUGGGUGGGGGCCCUAAAAUGAACAAUAAGGGGGGAUCUAUUGUCCCCCCCCGGCCCCCACCCCUGAGCGGUGGGUGGGGGCCCUAAAAUGAACAAUAAGGGGGGGACCUAUUGUCCCCCCCGGCCCCCACCCCUGCGCGGCGGGUGGGGGCCAUAUUGAUAAUGAGAGGGGGACCUACUGCCUGGGCUGCGGGUGGGGGCCCUAAGUAAAUUCUCCCCCCCAAGGUGACUAGGGGUCCCCAAGCCCCUAGUCACCCACCCCCCAAAUAAAAAGUCCCUACCUACCCCCCUCACCCUAAAAAAUUGUGAGGGGGGAAUAAAAAAAAUUACCUAUAAAAUAAAAUUAAACUUACCAUUCAACGUCUUCUUUUUUCUCAAAUCUUAAUUUUUCAGCCCCAAAAAAGGCCAAAUAAAAAACCAUCAUAACCGUCGAAUUGAAAAUAAAAUAAAAAUCCCGAGCGCAAAAAAAAAAACCUGACGAAAAAGAAAAAACCCGAGCGCAAAAAAAUAAUCCAUCUUCACCCAUGGAGGGCUCCGCGCAGACUGAGCUCCGCAGGGCGGGGGAAGGCUUAUAAAGCCUUGCCCCUCCCUGCAAUUAGGCUAAGAACACUCUGAUUGGUGGGUUUAAGCCAAUCAGAGUGCUCUUUGUCAUUUUACACAGCGUGGGAAAAUUAAAAAGAACUUUCCCACGCUGUGUAAAAUGACACAGAGCACUGUGAUUGGAUGGCUUGAGGUCCCUCCCUCAUUAUCAAUAUGGCCCCCACCCGCCGCUCAGGGGUGGGGGCUGAGGGGGGCAGUAGGUCCCCACCCUCAUUAUCAAUAUGGCCCCCACCCGCCGCGCAGGGGUGGGGCGGGGGGGGACAAUAGGUCCCCCCCUUAUUGUUCAUUUUAGGGCCCCCACCCACCGCUCAGGGGUGGGGGUCGGGGGGAGGACAAUAGGUCCCCCCCUUAUUGUUCAUUUUAGGGCCCCCACCCACCGCUCAGGGGUGGGGGCCGGGGGGGGGACAAUAGGUUGCUCACUGUUUAAUAGACAUGCCCCUACUCACGGUAUUUACUUAGUAUUAGUAAAUUAAUAGGGGGCGGACCGAACAUCGCAUAUGUUCGCCGUCCGUGGCGAACGCGAACACACUAUGUUCGCCAGGAACUAUUCGCCAGCGAACCGUUCGGGACAUCACUAGCUCUAUGUCUUUUAAGUAGCAUACAUGUUUGAUGCAUGAGUGCAUGCAAGUAAUAUGUGAGAAGCAUAUCCACCAACCACCAUCACUCACACAUUAGGAUGAUUCAUAUGUAUGCAUUCUAGAAUUUGUGUAUCACCCACCACAAUUGUGGAUGCAUUCAUCACACAGUGGUGACCUAUUCUCAAGGUUCAGCGUAGGUCUUGUAGAUCUAGCGACUGGUGCACACUUCUAUUCAUUACUCAAAGAUUGAAGACAGCUCCGAUUAAUUACUCUAGAUUUGCAGUUUUCAUUUUUUUUAAAAACAACAAACUAUAACAUGUCUUCAAAAUUGGAUGGCAUAAUGUGCUUGCUAAAUGUUAUUUAAGUCAGAAGAAUUAAGAGGAAUCAAAGGCAUGGUUCAUACUGAUUACAGGGGCUGUUCAUACUGUUGCAGAGCCAUUGAUGCUCAUGGCAAGUACUGAUAAGAACCACGUUAGUUAUUUGUUAGUGAUAUGGAACAGGCGCAAAAGCUAUUAGCAUUCCCGUAUUUUGGACGUUAAUGCAUUUUAUGAGUAAUUGUCUCAGGAGGUUUAUAAAUGAUUAGUGGUGACCCCACCUCUCAAAAUCAUUUAAAUCCAAAUGAUUCAAAUACUUAGUUCACUAUAGCUGUCAUUAGCUACAAUAACAGUUUUGUUUUAGUCUUGUUUUAAUAUUAUCUUUGGAAAGUUUCAAGAGAAAGAACUUUGUUAAAGAGUCAUUGUAAUACAAUUUCUGUACAUUACAAUGCAUUUUCAUAGGUAGUGGAAUGAGAAACCCUCUGUAAUUUCCGGGUAUAUAUAAAGGCUGUGAAUCGUGCGCUGGAUAUUUAAGGCAAGAGGAAGCAGUUGUGACUCACAUACCGAUUGAGAAAGCCCAGUGAUCCGGGAGAAAUGCGUCUCGGCAAGAGGAGCCUCUUUGGGACAUUUUUUAGAUUUUAUUGUAUAUUUUUCUGUUUUAACUUUGUUUUUUCUUGCAUGUUUAUUUUUAUGCAUAAUAAAUUAAUUUAGUCCUACUCUGGCUUCCUCCACUUCUGCUACCAAAGAAGGGUUGGUGCCCUCUUUACAGGCACCCAAGCAGUAUUACCCAGAGCCAGGUUCUGUUGGCUCUGGAAAAGGUGAGCACUUAUUUGCAUUUGAAAUUAAGUUAUUGCUCAUAUAUUACAAUAUAUUGCACCAUAAGCAGUUUGUUUAUUCUUUUAUCUUCUGAGGAUAUUAACUGGGACCACUCAAGGUUCAGGUGCCACCAGACGGCACAUACGCUGAUGUGAUUUAAGCCUCUCUAGAGGCUCUAAUCCAUGUGAGUUUACAUCUCCUCUCUAUUUCCACGUAUCCAUCACAGAUUUAUGCUUUAUAAAUAAUUUGUUAAUAUGAAUAGGAUUGGGUAAUGUGGUAAUGUGUUAAUGUAAUUUGAUGUCAGUUCAUAUAUUUUGAAAUGUUUUAAUGAAGAAAAAUCUGUUUCUUUUUUAAAAAUGUUUUUAUUCCUAGAUAUGGCGAAAGUACGAUGAGGACAGCAGUGGGUUCAUUUCUGCCGUUGAGCUCAGGGUACGACUUACUGUUAUUUGAUUGUAUAUGAGAGAUCUGUCUGAUUAUAUGUGAUCCAUUAUGCUUUGAAAUGUAUGUAGCUGCUGGGCAUGACUCUUGAGACUUUGACUUAUUAGUCCACUUUAAGGAAAGAGCAAGUCAUUCUCUUAUGUCUACACAGUUUUUUGUGUUUUAUUGUGACCUUGAUCGUAUGCGAUAAGCUUUACUACAGAGAAUAGUUCUUGGCAUCAGUUCAUAAAGACAUAAACCUGGAAGUAAUCAUUCAAAGGCAACUACAUGAACCAAGAGUACAGACGAUUUGAUUGUGAGCAGGGAAGAAUUCAAAUCAACAGGGUCCUAGAGGUGUUACCAGUUUGGCCCCCUUAACUUUUAGUAAAUUGACAAUAAAUGGGGCAUGCAUUUUAUCUUCCUGGUGUCUGUGCUCCUGUGUAACCCAUUGACCCACAUUUAAUUCACCUUAUUGUUUAUCUGGCUACAGGUACAGAUCUAGAGUCCAAUCUCGAGAAGAGCAAUGGACUCAAUUGCAGUGAUUCACAUAAAAAUAAAAAAAGUCACAAAGCUAGAAUGCACAUUACUAUUAGGUGUUUUUGCUAACAUCUGAAUAGUAAAACCUGGGCAAAUAUAACAUUUGAAGAAAUAUUUGGGAUAUUUUAGUCUUAAUUUUGAAAUUCAGACUUAAAUUCAUUACACUUUUUUUUUUGUGUGAAAUUUCAUGUGUUUAUCUUUGUGUGCCCAUUUUUGACCUUCUGACAAUUUGCGUUUUUCUCUCUCUCUAAUUAUUUCUCCUAUCUUUCUCCAUAAUCCAAUUUUACUCCCCAUGCCUUUUUAGGUAAUGUAGCCAAGUAGCAUGGGAGUGAGAGUCCUGGUAGUAAAAUUGCCCUGGAACUUAUUUUCCCUGUAUCCCCACCUGUUGGAUACAGUUACUAGGAUAUCCCAGGCGAAUACAAAGAUGAUCAUUACAGUUGAAUUAAGGACCAAAGGAAAUUAAAUUUCAUGGCUAUUGUUCUAUGUAAUUAUGUAACUUUUAUUCGUAAUAAACAGAAUAUGCUUCCUUCUCAUAAUGUUUAAUUCUGUUACUAUAUUAAUGAUCAUAUAUUUGCACUCUAUUAGUCCAUAAAACAUAAUCAGAUGCCUAAUGAUUGCAAUUUAAAAACAUGUUUGAAAAAUCACAUUUCCCAGAGGAGCCAUUAUGGGCCAUUUACCCUGCAGGUUGUACAAGGCCAUUAACAAAAUAAAUUGCAUUGGGAAUCAUCAGAGAGCAGGAGUGGAACAUUCCCAUAUCCCACGCCACAAUUCUUAUGAUUUUCUUUUGUUUCAUCUUUUUUUUUCUUUUGUGCUCUCUAUUUUAUAGUGUAUUCAAGUAGAUACCAGGUGUGAAAUUUAUAUUCAAUGUUUGUUAUUUAUUUCAAGUAUUAACCCCUUAAGGACACAGCUACGGGAGUAAAAGGCCAAUAUGGAGAAUUUCCAUCAUGUGUCGUUAAGGGGAUACAAAUCUAUCUAUCUAUCUAUCUAUCUAUCUAUCUAUAAUAUCCUUCUUAGAUAUUGUAUCGAAGGCCCACAGACUCCAAUGCAAAGUAAACCAUUCAAUCUACUUAUUAAAGUAUACAAUGAAACGGCACAACAUAGGCAAAAAAAGCCGAGUUGGAAAAAGUCUCCUACUAAGAUACAGUAAAAUCGCUACCUUAAUGUUUAUAGACUACGGUUUAGACUGAAGGGAAAAAACAGUAAGUAGGUACAUAUACUAUUCACAAGAUUUCCACUGGUGGAGAAAAAAAAAUAAGAAAAACAAAGAUGGACAGAAAUGAGGAAAGAAAUGGAGCAUGUUCAUGGCACUCCUUGUUAUGUUCUUGACACUUUUGGGUAUUUAGCAGGGGCACUGCAAAAAUCCAGUUACAAAAUAAAACUGUAAUCAUAAAUUAUUGACUGUAAGCAUAAAUAUCAACAACUUUAACCAAUAUAUCUGUCUGUUCUUUAAAUUAAAAUGUUAAAGUUUACGAGAAAGUGCUUGCCUUGUUAGUUACUUAUGUAGUGUGGCUUGGUGGAAUUGCAUAACAUAGCUGGCAACACAGUAACCUCUAGUUUCUGGUUAAUAUUUUUCAUUGCCAUCCCAGCUUACAUAGUUGGCAAGGUUUGCAAAGAGAGGUGUGGAUGUGGCUCGUAAGGUCAUAUGUUGAAGUUAUAAGAUUUUACUUUGGGCUCAAGCCCAAUUAGUUUCUGAAAGCUAUCAACACCCCUGAAAAAUUGUCUUAUGUUUUGUACCUCCCACUAAUAAAAACAUUUUAUAUUUUAGUUUAUUCAGCUCCACUUUUCAUAUAAACCUUUAAACAUUUAUCUUACUUCUUUAUCGUCUAAUAUAAUGGUAAAAUAUAUCCAAAUUGGGGGAAAUUGAAUACUGAUAGUAGACUUUUGUACUUCUGGAAUGUGAGACACAUCUUGUGAUAUCAAGAAAAUGCAACAUUAUGUAGACAAUGUUUAAAAACCCAUUUUCAAGUCGAGUAGUAUAGUAACAUAUAGUUGAUAUCAUGUCACCUGCGCCAAAUGUUCUGGCUCACAUAUCUCUUGAUUUAUGUAAGUUGUUUGCAAUUAUAUUGAUGCAUGUACAUGUAUUUAUGAAUAUUUCCUAUAUAUUAGUUAUCAUUGCAUAAAAUAUUUAUGUGUUGUUUUUUUAGGUUUUGGUUCUGUAAAAUAUAUAACAGUAAAUAUAAAGUUGCAUAUAAUGGAUGAAUAUAUAUUAGAAUUACAUUUACAGAAUAAAACCAUGCUAUUUUAGAAUGUUUUUGUACAGAAAUAUAUACUGUAUAACUAAUAAAACAUCCUAAUUGUGCGUACAAAAAUUGCUUGAUUGUAUGACAUAUGUUAAUGGGACAAUGUAGACACUGUAAAUGCUUCAUCUAAUUUAAGUGGUUAUAGUGUCUGGAGUCCCCUGGCACAGUCCUUCCGUUCAGUGUUAAACAGUUUUUAAUGUUUUAAUGCUAAACAAGAGUCCUCAGCAGCCCUCCCCUCUAUGGUACUUGGGCUAAUAAGAAAGCAUUAUCCUAAGCAACAAUGGGUGGAUGGGAUAGUCUGAGAGUGUCAACUGAGUGCUUUUAGCCUAUCACAGUGUUAGUUGCUGGUAUGAAUUUGUAUCGCUAGAAGGUAUAAAUGUAUAACCUUUCCCAUACCUCCAGUAGGGGGCAGGCUGUGGGUGGUCAGUUAUCCUUAUUUAGUGUUGCACUGUUUGAAAAUGGUUUAGCAAUACUGGAGGGGCUGUGUCACAGGUCUCCUGGUACUAUAACCAUUUCCAUUAUAUGAUAUACCGGUAGUUAUAGUGCCCACAGUGUCCCUUUAAGUGCAGUAACUCUGCUCAGUAAAUCAACAGAGGCAUGUUGGAACUCCUUCCCUACCCCAGAACAUUAUAAGCACAUUACUCUUACAGCUUAUGUGGUGUUUAUAGUUACAGGAACCUUUCCCAGAAACACUACCUCUGAAAUUAUGUUUUCUUUGUAAUCUAACAAAUAUCCAAUACCUAAACUCCACUACUAUCCUCACUGUUUUCAUGUAGGUAAGUAUCAUUUCACAAUAUUUUUGUCCUUGCACUUGUAAGUCAUGAGCAAGAUCAACCAGGUGUGCAGUGCAAGUCAUGCACCUAGCUCUCUUCUCUAAAACAUUGCCUUUUUAUAAUUGUAAGAAAUACUGUUCAAACAAAUGUUUGCUCUUAUUUCACACAUUACACUAUUUUUAUUUUGUUACCUAAAGAAAAAACAUUAAAAACUUGGGUCAGUUAGUGUAUUAUACUUUGAGUGAUUUUGUCCUAAAGGUAUAUUUAUGAAACAAUUACAGUUUUGUACCUUUAACUAAUACUAUUGCACAUAACCAGGAUGCAGCUCUUAUCACGUGUUCCCUCUUACAGCUGUGCCUAUGGUAAUUUGCACUUAGUUCAUAAUCAAAAAUUGUUUCCAUUGUUAUCACCUAUUCUCCCUCCCUUGCUUUAUUUUUAGCUUAGGUAUUACCUUGUAAUGCUGCCAUGGAAAACUGAAAGUCUAUUAAUCUUCUUUUCCUGGCUGCAAGCCAUGGUAUCACUCCCAAUUGAAGUAUAGAAACUUAGACUAAUCAAUUCCAAUAUGAAAGUGUUAUUAUAGAACUAGUGUGAACCUUUUUCACGUCCUUCCUGCUGUGUGCAGGACCCAGCCAGGUGUAAUACUACCAUGAAUUACCACCAAGGAAUGAAAAUUAUGGCAAAUAUAUAAAUAUUUUAACUUCUCCUACUUUUGUAUUUUAAAUGUAUUCUAUAUAUUGUAAUUUCAUAGGAUCCUGAUAAAUAUAUCUGUCCAACUUCCACCUAGAGUGUCAUAUGGCUGGUGAAUGGCUACAGGAUUAGCAGCUGCUGAAAUUAUUAUUAAAUGAUCUUUAAUACAGCCUUUAGAAAUUGGUCCUUAAAGUCCUCUAUCAUAUGUCCUACUUACACAACCCUAGUGCCAUCAAAUUCUGCUUUCAUAUAAAAAUCAUCUAACCCUACUUUCUCGAGGCAGAAUUAUUCAGUCAUUGGUCCCACACAGUCUUGUAUAUAGUUAAAAUUAUAAAUAUAUAUUUUUUUUACUAGUAUCAGACUUGAAUUCUUUAUUGUUCACUUACACACUGCUAUUUAAAACCAAUAUCAAAUAAAUCUUGCGGAAAAGGAAAAGAAACAUGAAUCUUACACAUUCUGUUUCUUGGAAAUAGGAAUUGGCUACUAAUCUUCAACUCCAUGGUCAUGUAUGGCCCAUUAAUUCCCACUAUCCAUCAUUUGCAUUCAACAAAAUAACUCAAACCGUGUCACCCGUAUAAAUAAGCAUAAACAAGCUGCAGCUUCCAUUCUCUUGCACGAGUUAUUUAAAUGAAAUAACGGUUCCAUUGCUUUACACACAUGGAACUGAUAGAGGUGUUACUAAUCAGAGGAUUGUGAGAUUGGCUCAGUUGACCAUAUAUCUGGUUAAUUUCUCUCAGUCCCCCAUUGCUAGAGAGAUUAAGGAGUAGAAUUGGAAAUAAAGAACUCUCUCACUGCUCCCUCCCCCCACACACACAUAUGCAUUAGUUCUUCUUGAUUGUGUGUAUUAGCUUAACAGAAACUAGAGACGCUGAAUGAGACUACUGAGUUGGAUAGGCGAGUAAGAAUAACAGCUGCUGUGAAGUAGACUUACAUUUAAUCAGUAUGAAAGGAAGAGGCAAGUACACUGUCAGGACUUGUUUGGGUCUGGGCAUUCAAUGAUGUCAAACAUAGAAACAUAGAAUGUGACAGCAGAUAAGAACCAUUCGGCCCAUCUAGUCUGCCCAUUAUUUCAAAAUACUUUUAAUUAGUCCCUGACCUUAUCUUAAGUCUAGGAUAGCCUUAUGUCUAUCCCACGCAUGCUAAACUCCUUCACUGUGUUAACUUCAGCUGGAAGGCUAUUCCAUGCAUCCACUACCCUCUCAGUAAUGGAUGCAUGGAUGCUUCCUAGUUGUACAGCAGCUAAAAUUUGAAAACACUGUUUUAAGAAAAUACUACACAAUAAAGAACAACAGAGGCCCUAUUGAAAUGUUGGCAAUAUUUUUGCUGGUAAAGUUGAAAUCAUGUUAUUUUACAGUGUGUGGAAUAUAUAUAUAUAUAUAUAUAUAUAUAUAUAUAUAUAUAUAUAUAUAUAUUAUAGAAAGCCAUUCAUGUAUAGUUCUAUUGGUACUUGGUGUUGAUCCUUUAUAUAUGUCAUUUAAAGGUAAAAUGUAUAUAAUGAACUUACGUUUUUCAAAACAUGAAAUUGCUGAGCAGUCGGGCUUCGGAUGCCAGAAAAACUGUAACUGCUACAUUAAUAGCCUCCUUGCAUCAUUACCACUAUGUUAAUCAGUCACUAAAGUGAGAAUUUCAGGUGAAUUCAAAAAGAAUUUCAAAUUUAAGAUCAAAAUUAUUUGCUCCUUCUUUGGCUACUCUGGCCUUAAAUUUUAAAUUCAGUUUAAAUCCUCAUUUUACUAAAUAACCCUGUGUGUCUCUUUACAUUUUAAUUUGGGGUGUGCUAAAAGACAUAUCUGGCUCUGUGUCAAAUAAGCUUGGUGUGGAGUGUAAGAGGAGGGAGAUCAUUGAAAAAAUGACCACAGGGGCGGGUAUGGAAUAGCAAACAAACAAACAAUCACUCUAUUGGUAUGAUAAUGGCUAAUAAUCACUGUGAAAUUGAGUCAUUUAUAAUUUUUUCAAUUUUUUUUUCUAAAUGCUUUCUUAAAACAGAACUUUUUACAAGACCUCUUCUUACAACACAAAAAACUAAUAACUGGUGAUAAAUUGGAUGAAUAUACAGAUACUAUGGUAAGUAGUUCCAACAAAGAACACUUAGCAAUCUUGAGAAAAAAAAAUGAUAGGUCAAUUUUAGUCCCUCCUUGAUUUGAGAUGUCACUAUUUGACUAUUUCAUUCUGUGAAAAUUAUUCCUCACCAGUACACAAACCACAAAAAAGAGAGAUAACUGUUGUACCAUAAGUAAAAAAAAUAAUGAUUCCUUGACAUAUGCAUAGUCGCCUUAUUUGACAAACCCAAAUAACCCCCCACAAAUACACAGUUUUUGGGAGAAAUAUCACAGCUUUAAUUAUAUAAAUUAAGUUAAAAUAAUUUAAGGUCAUUUUCACAUAUAAACAUAACAUAUCCCCCACCAACUUCAUUAACAAUACUACCCCAGACAAUGACCCACAACACAAUAAGUAAAACUACAUUAUAACUUAUAAUUAACAUACAAACAUAACCAUUGCCACCAAGGGCAUGAUUUCCAACUUUCUUUCAUGUAGGGGCAUACCGAGAUACACCAUACACACACCGAGUUCGGAGUUACCGACAAGCUCGAACCUACUAUUACUCUUCCAAACCUAACUGUUCUUAGUGAACCAAACGAUUUUACAUCAGGACAAACCACCUACACCCCAACUUCUCUAUCCAUCCCCCACUGCCAUGACAAAACGGGAGCUAGAGACCAAAUAAGGGAGGGAGAGAGGGUGGGACAAAACAGGUAAGUGAGGAUUAAUUAAGAUGGCCACUAAUCUAAAAUGGCCACUAUAUAUACUCCUCUAACCCAACCCCAUCUCUAGCUACUCUAGCCAACCCCUUACAUUAUAUCCCUCCUAUGCCUGUCUCCUAGCAAUGUCAAGGCCCAUUCUCCUUAGCUGUGCUGCUCCAUGGGCUACAUGCAUGGCUGUUACUGUGUAACAAUGUCGCUUUUUUCAAUUUACUUACUGAUGCCGUGUGAUUGACUAAAAUGAAUUUAUUAUUCUAAGUUAAUUUAUACAGCACUACACGUACACAGUAGAUUGUAUGAUUUAUGAAGUUGAAUGAAUUGAGGUUGUACUGCAACUAUAGUAAAAGGCUAUAUUUCAUUAUACCUUUCAAUGCGUUAUCUAGAUUUGCAUUAUAAAAAUUUUGAAAAUAGUUAUACUCACUUAUCAACGUCUUGCUAACCUCAGGAAAAAUACAGACUGUUGCUUUCUCUGUAGCCAAGAGGAUGAAAUAUUUCAGCCAGUGGGAGCUCUUCCAUGUAAAUAAAUGAUGCAGAGAGACACUGUCUACAUGCAAUGAAUCCUACUUAAAAUAAAUUUAAGAAAUGCAGAGCCCAGGCACAAUGCAGUCAAUCAUCAGUGAUUCCCCUGAAUUGGAAGAAAGUACUUGCAGCUGUAUUGCAUGUACUUAUGCUGUCCAUUUAUUUAAAUAGGAAUUCAGAGAAUUGUUAUCCAUUAGAAUACAACAGGAUUCAUCCUGCUUUCUGCUGUUUAUUUCAUAAUGGAAAUGGGUGCUGAAGGAACUUGCAAACUAUAGCAGCGUUAUCACUAACACCGACUGGUAAACACUUGCCAACUUUGGGUUAGUGCCAGUGACUCAAUUUGCAUCACUGGUGAUAUGUCUGACCAUAAAGGUGGUGUGUCAAACCAGCAAACAUGCACAACAGGUUAAGAGGCUGCAUGGCUACUUUGCUGUGUUCACCAAAUGUAUGUGGCAGAUGUGUAGCUAUGUGUAAAUAAAGGCUCACUGCUAGCUUAGGGGGUAGAAAAGAUGUGUAUGCCUUUCUCUUAGGAUUCCAGACUUUUACCAAAUGGGUGAUGUAACAAGCAAGAUAUGGGACCUGACUGAGCAUGCAUAAGGUCUUGACAUACCCAUCUGCUUUCUUCAGCUUCUCCAGAAAACCAUCAGUCAUUAUUAAUUAGUGAGUUGAUCUGUGCCAUGAAAGAAAACUUCAGAACUGUGAUCAUUAAAGGGGUCUCUUUUAAUAUCUUAUUGUAUGCCUAAUACAUCAUUAAGGAUGAAUGAAAUGCUAAAAAUCAAGUUUCACAUUUUUGCUUUUAAUUAAUUUUACACAUAAAGUGCAAAUAAAGAAAAAGAACUCCAAGUAGAUUCCCUUGUGAGUCCUAACUGUUAAAUGCUUCAUAUGUCUUGGAUCCAGAUUACAUUUUGGCAGUUAAAACAUUAUACCAACUUUCCAACUCUAUAGCAACCCUAUCCCUUGGCUUACAUUAACUCUGUACAGUCACCCACCCUAACCUUACAGCUAACCUUAACCUUACACUGUCCAUAACUCUUAAAACUGCAUUAACCCUAACCUAUCAUUAUCUCUUACAUUACCCUACCUUAACUCAACAACAAAACGUAGUCCUAACCAUAACACUUACCCUAACCAUACACAUAAUCCUUCCCUCUGCUAAUGUUAGUACUGACAUCAGCAGAGGGAUUUCCUAGCUUAAACAGUAGAGAGUGUUAUCCGAAUGCCAUCUACUGAAUGACUGCAGACUGUGAGGGAGAUCUCCCUCUCAUGUUGGAGUUUCGGCAAGCUGUCCUGUAAAAUGCUAUGCAGACCCUGGGGUCCUCCCUCAGACAUGGAGAAAGUCUCAAAUCACUGCAGCUGAGCAAUCACGAGUUAAAGGGCUGUAUGCACACCAACUUUCAACACAGGAUACAGUCUUGGCCAUUAAAUAUGAACUGAGCUGACAGAGUGGAACCCCAGGUAUCAAGACAUUCUAUGCUGUCCUUACAGUGUUAAAGUGGCACUGUUACCAAACUUCCUCCCUUCCCCCCCACCCCACACUGAAAUUUCAACACAGUCAAAAGAUAUACUGAGACAAUGUAGCCACUAUAUUUCCUAUGCUAGACAAUGGCCGUUGCUAUGAAGGAUCCCACAGUCUUACGGGACCCUCUAUAGACUUCUUGUGCAUGCGUGAGAGUACAGCAAUGACAUUGGCUCCUGGUACUUCACAGAAGAGGACCUGCCGGAAGAAGAUGGUGGUGUCCCAGAGGUGGUUUAGGUAAGUUAUAUUCACUUGUCACCAGGUCCCAGAGGCCAUAUCACCAACAGGGCUGUUUGCAAAUCAUGCAAAGUCUUCAGACGGUGACAGUGCCAUUUCCACUUAGAGGUGUACACACUUUUGUUGCCAACGGUUUAGACAUUAAUGGCUGUGUAUUGAGUUAUUUUGAGGGGACAGCAACUUUACACUGUUAUACAGGCUGUACUCUUACUACUUUACAUUGUGGCAGAGUGUCAUUUCUUCAGUGUUGUCACAUGAAAAGAUAUAAUAAAUUUUUUCACAAAAAUGUGAGGGGUGUACUCACUUUUGUGAGAUACCGUACAUCUUUUAAUAAAAUAUGGCUUGACAUGAUUUCUAUUGUUGUUGAUGCAGGUAUUGUCAUGACUGCGUCUAUAUGAUUUUACUUACUUGCAACCACUGUCCACUACUUUUUAAAAGGUUUUGUAAUAAUUAUGAAUUAAAGUGUAUGCGUUCAAAAAUAGUGAUAAUAUUUGAAAUAAUUGUAGUUAAUUAAUUUUAUGUUGGGUACUUUACUAAUUGGUAGAUGAUUUUCCAUUCUAGAUGAAACUUUUUGACAAGAAUAAAGAUGGCCGUCUGGAUCUCAAUGACUUGGCAAAGUAAGUCCUACAUUGCCCUGUUAAGCUAUAUGAUCUAAUCUAAUUGAGUGAAACAUUGCCUUUGGCUUAACUUCUAUAGCUGACCUACAUUUAGGACUCAACUCAUUCUGUAUGUGAGCUGGAUUUCUCCUUUGUCCAUGGCAUCAUUGUUUGCAAGUGUCAUAGAUGCUCUGUCGCCUACAACUUACCACUUUAACACCCAGUAGAGUGUUAUGACAAGAGGAACCUCAGUCUGUACUUAGCUGCACACUCCACACUCACCUUAAGGAUAAAAGAGGGACUAAAGACACAAGAAAGGCUUCUUUGAUGUUUUAUACAGAUGGAGCCAAAAUUCAGAGUAGGGUUUGAGGAGUCAAUAACUUUCUUAUUGAUAAAUCAAUUUCAAUGACAUUACAAACAAAGAAUGCUAACCGUAUGGAGAUUUGUUUGACUAGGUACAGAAGAUGACAUCUUUUAAAUGAACGUCAAUUGUCGCCUCACAAAGAUUGGCUCUUUCAAUUGCAUUGUUCGUAAUAUUAGUUAGCGGUCAAAUUUCUUGCUCUCGUACUCCGACUCCUUCAGAUAUCCCCAAAGGUAGUGAUUGGGAGCUGAAAGGUGGUGGUUAAUCUGGAAAUUUCUUGAAUAUGUGUAUCAGUAUUGAAAAUAAAAUAUCACUAUAUUUACUCGUUCCUCAGUGAAAUUACUCAUGAUGAAGCUCUGAAGACUCAUUAUAGUUAUAAUGUGUACUUUUUCUACAACUUUUUUCUACUACAAAAAAAUGUAAUUGCUAACAAAUAAAUAAUUUGCCUGUCAAAUCCUACUCUGAAUUUUGGCCCAUCCUGUACAUGUAUUCAGUCCUAAGCAGCAAAGGUGAACAACAGAGGCAAGGAGUAGUAGUAGCCUGCUGUUGGAAACAUGGGCAAGAAGUCUGAGGGAGCACAGGAGGAUUGCCUUGUAAUAUUGCCUUGUAAUAUAGAGUGGUGGUAUCUGAUGUGGUUGGGUAUUAAGUGGCAUCCACAUAUACCUUACGUGUCCAAGGGGGAAGAUUUAGGAGGUAUGCUUGUUUUGCAAUACUUUGGUAAAAUGUACAUUUAAUGUAUUGUGAUUGUAUUAUUGCCUUUAUUGUAUUAUUAUAUGUUUUAUUACUCGUUUAUUUGUUACCAGGAUCUUGGCUUUGCAAGAAAAUUUCCUUCUUCAGUUUAAAAUGGAUGUAAGUAUCAUUGGAAAUUACAGACAAUGUCCCAUCAAGAUAAAGCAUUCAUUUAUACGUGUCACGUUUUAUUUUCAACAUCAUUUGAAAAAUCAGAAAAGCAACUUUUGGAUGUUAAUUGCACCCAUUUAGAGAUCAGUGAUCUAAGUGAUUCUUGUAGCCAGACAUGGUUCAUUUCAUAUAAUUGCAUCAAGCACAAAAGUGCAUGAUCAUUACGGCCAGUGAGAUAGAUCAGAUGGUUAAUGCACUAGAUGCAGUAUCUUUAAUACCUGUAAAAGCCGUCAGAGCUACAGGUUGGAUUCCCAGGUCAGCUCAGGUUGAGGUUAAUAAAAUGAGUGCAAAAAACAGAAGGGUUUUGUGCAUAUAUAUACACUAUUAAAUAUACACAUGCAAAUCUUUCUGAACUGCAUAAAACACUACCACUACAACAAAGAACCUCAAUGUCAAAUAGUGUUGUGCUCCCAAUUCCUGUGUUUACCAGUUGGUUUUAUUAAAGUAUAUUUUGUUUGAGAUAAAUGAAAGAGAAAUCUAAAUGGUUCCUUCCCUGUUAAUUGAGUUCAUAUUACUAAACAUGUAUUAGUCCCAUUCUACCUGAGGUCAUAUUGUCUCUCACUCUAGAUUUCCUGCUUUAUCUGUGAACAAGGCUUAAUUUAAUGCUCUGUUCGUGAUUGCAAACAUCUGCCAUAUUUAUCUUUGGGUGCUCAAAGUGCAUGGGACAGAGAAGAAACAGGAUGUGUUUUGCAGCGACUAAUGCAGUUAUACUGCUACAAUAUAAAAAUCAGUGGUGUAAAACUAAGUCUUGUUAGAAGGGAACUAACAAUACAAUGCGGUAUAUAAGGUUAAUUAAAUAUUUUCCUCUAAUUGUAAUGUCUUUGGUUAUGGGGCAUAACAUGGAUUAAGUAACAUGGAAUAAGAUCUGCUUAUGCUAUUAGCAAUAUUCUAAAUAGGAUCAGAUCCAACAAAAGAAAACACGCAUCACAUCAAGAAUGUCCGGUAGCAAAGCACCUUUUAUUAAUGCCACGUAUGGCCUAGUGCAUGAAUAAAAUACAACAUUUCAGCCAUAUAGCCCUUAAUCAUGCAUUCAUUAAUCAUGGAUAACGCUAGUUAUACUGCCAACCUCCUCAUAUGACCGCUUGGAUAUCUUUUUCUUACUUUUGGUCCCUCCUGGUUUUCCAUUGCUUAGAUUCCUUUUGUUCGGUCUUCUUUUUGAACUUUAUCGAUAAAUGGGCUUUUUAUACUUAGUAUUUUAUUUGUGUACCAGGCCAUACGUGGCUUUAGUAGAUGCUAUUUCACUAUCAGACAUUUUCCAUGUGAUGCCCAUUUCUUUUUGUUAGAUUAUGUACUGAGCAGGGAAGUGGCCCGUGGGUGAAAUAGAUUUCCACAAGUUGAGAUGGAUGCUGGAGGAAACUCUCUUUUAAAAGUUAUGUCUUAAAAGCAAUCCAUAAAGUAAUGUUUCUUCUUUUAUUCUAGCUUCCACUUACAGUUUAUGCACCCACAAAGUGUUUGAACAUUAACAAAGAUGCCCAAUACUGUAUUCAAUAUCGAUACUAUUUUAUCCAACGUUUAGGAGCCAUCCAACCAUAUCUGAUAGGCCGGUUAAGGAGACUUGAAAUUAAUGGCACCUUCCAUGAUGAUGGAAACACAGUUUGAAAAUACUAAAUACCUUGAUUUACUCUGCCCUUUAUUAACGGAAGAAAAUCAAACAAGAAAAACAGCAAGAAAAUGAGCAGAGGGAAUAAGACAAUAGAAAGACCACAUAUUUCCUGGAGCUAUACUAUAAACCACGUGUAGCAGACUAUUAUCAAUUGUUCAAUAUCCAACGUUUAACUUAUUCAUUAUUAUGUCCUCACACUGUCAUUAUAAUACUAUUGGUGCGCCCCGUCCCACCCUUAUUCAGGGCCAAACUGUCAUCUCAGUCCCCUACUUAGAUGUCUCCUGGGACUUUUGAGUGAGUUUGGGCUUGCUUAUAAUGUUUUGAGGGGAAAAAAAUCACUAUCUCUGUAUAUACUUGAAAAGAGUAUCUAAAAAUGUGCAUUUUAUACCUAAUUUUUUUUAAACUUAUAUCGAUAAUAGAGUUUACUCUCCAAUAAGUCCACAUUGGUAAAUUUAAUGCUAUACAUGUAAUUUGCAGAGCUGAAUUUCUAAAUUGACUUGCGAUACAGUAAAUACACAUCAUACAUUGUAUUAUUUUAUUAAAUGACCAGAACCUUUCAAGUAGAACUUGAAAAGGUUGAUACCUUGUGACAGUUAUACAUUUAUUAUAACCCUACUAAAGACAGCAGUGUUUGCUGUGGAAAUCUGAAAGAUAUUGAUUAAAGUGCACAGUGUCCUAUCUGCAUGGCUUUCUUUGUAAACAAAUAUGUUUCCCAGAGACAGAAAAGCAGAGCAUGAGGUGUUGAUAUUUGCACUAGAAGCAAGGUUAGAUUACUCAUUAGUGAAUACAGACACGUAUCUAGGACACCUUGGAGUGUAGACCUGCAUGGCUACAAGCAGCCACAGCUAAAGUUUAAGCAGUCCAUGCUCCCAAUCUAAAGUUUAGCAAAAUAGAAAAAAAUGACCUUUUACUGUGCUAUCUGUUCCAGUCCUCUGUUGAAUUUUCAUUAGAGAACAAAAAAAUGUGUUUUCAACAAGUUUGUUAGAAAUGUUUUUUUAUGACAAAAAGAGCACGAUUGAACUCGAGCAGAGGUGGGCAACUUUCACCACUCCAGAUUCUGUGGAUUACAUCUCCCCUGAUUUAAUAACAUGGCUUUAAGAGCAUUAUGAGAGAUGUAGUCCAUAACAUCUGGAGUGCCAAAGGCUGCCUACCCCUGCACUAGAACUAGUGUCUGCUAUUAUAAGUAUGAUAAUUACCACCAGAAAAUCCCCAAUGCAUCAAUGCAAAAUGGUGGACCAGUCAUUAUUCAACAGAUUUGUCAUAGAAAUGUAACAUUCUGAGAUCACAUUAUUACUAUUGUUAUUAUUAUUAUGAGACCAUUUGUCUAGUCAUUUCUACAUCUCACUCUCCCUAUCUUGUUUUCUGAGGUUCCCCAUGAUGAAAAAUACCAAGUAGACUAAAUUCAAACCUAGGUCAAAAUUAAUUUAGAAGCUGCUCUACCAAAGCAUCACGGGAGAUGUAGUUACACAUCUGGAGUGCUAUUUAUUUUUUACUACACUUCAAGACUGAAAAUUAUCUCUAGUUUUUUUCUUCAAACUUAUAUUGGGAACAUAUUCUGCAGAGAAUUAACCCAAAUAAUGUUUCAUUGUUGGUUCCUUCAAAAUCACUCAUUGGGGGGGGCGGGGCCUGACCGGGGAGCUGAACAGACACGCUUUCUGUGAGCUCCCAGGCCUGAAGCAGAUUUUUGGCAGAAAACAGUGGGAAUACAGCCUAUAUCAGAACCCCAACUUACCCCACCUUGCUAAAUGGAGGCAGGGGUACCGGGGGACACCUCACACGUUCAAAAGCCCGCUGGGAAUCCAGACCGGAGGCUUGGGGCCUACAACAUGCAGAGCAGGGGAGAGACGGCCGCUCUCCCGGCUCACCUAACCAUGCAGCACCCGAAGCAUCGGGCUUCCCUUCCCCCCCCCAGGACCGGCGGGGGUUAUCUCGGUCCACACAAUCGAGUACCACAAGCUUCAACACGGACCGCAGAAGACAGCAGGGGCCUAAAUCGUAUCCCCAACCAGCAAACCGCUAGUGACAAGAUGGAGACCGAAAUGGCCGCCGCCACGUGUGUCCGAGACACAAAGAAACCUGACCUUGCGACCAGGCUGGAUGAGCUGUUCGCCAGGUUCUGGAAGACAAUAGCCUCCAGGGAGCAACAGGCCAAGGCAUACCAUCCUGUUACAGUCCUGCCGGUGAUCCCCCAACAAACGUGCACACUGCCUCACACCAACAAAACCUGCGGAUGGCAAAACAGAAAAGCCCGUAAGCCCAAGCGACUACCACUACCUAUGACGGCGACCCGCUCAUACAAGGGCCCGGCAAAACUAAACCUACCUAAGAGGCAUGAAAAGGCAGUCCUGCUGCAGCGCACACUGCGCUAAACAGGGACCGGACAUGGCCGAAGAGCCCCAGGCAGACCACACCGCAACACCUCUACCGACAACACUCGGAGGCAGGCCCUGGCAUAACUCGGAGGCGACACCACAGCCGGCGACACAUCACCUCACGCAGACUCUUUCACGUUGGCAGGUCCACCCCACCGGAAUGGGGCUAUGCCCAUACCAACGCAGAGACCCCAUACAUCGAACGAAGAGGCUGGAUACACUAUGACACCAAGAAGAUCCCUGCGACCAGACUGCACGCCCUGAGAGCUGGAGUUGGCUAGGGGACUUUACCGACACCGCGGACAUACCUAACCGCAGACAGUGGAGGACUCUAUUUAUGACAAGAGUGUAAAUAUGUACCUUCAUUUUUUUUUUUACGAGUUGCAUUUAUUGUGUUAUUCAACUUUCUUUUGCUCCAUAUCUGCCCCACAACUUCACCUACACACUUCAUGUAAAGCCAGCGCCACUGCCGCCAACUAAACACUAAGCCCAUUGUCCCAUUGGCGCUGGGCACUUGCAUAUAGCAAUCCGGCAUGGCACAUGACUCUGUCAACGCCACGGGGGCAAUGCCACUCGGGACGCAACAAUCACUUACCAAGCCUCUCUAGGUAUAAGCUCAACACCCUGCCACCAGAGUUGGUCCAGCACACUUAUCUGUGGGACCACUAAUCUAUAGCCUUAAUGGCGAGGAAGGUUCUAGUUACUCAUAAGCUUAACACCCACGUAUAGGUAGACAUACCAGCCUGUCAGGGUGGUGUCCAACCCAACACGUUACUAACUUAUGUCAGCCAUGUCACAGCAUAUCUUAUCACCAUAUCUUAUGCUGCUGCCACUAGCAAUAACUAAUCUUCUGACUCACUCAACCUUUCUUUAACGCAUGUGGUAACCUAUUCAUAGCUUGACUAGCUCUUGCCACUGCAAAAUAAUCACAUGCCUAGAAAGUUAUGUUAUGCAAAUGUUACGCAAAUGCCUGAACAAAGUAAAGCUAUACUGUUUCUACCCUUAUAUAUAAAAAAUGUGCUUGAUCUUCCUUGUACCCCUAUGUUCAACUGUUUGUAUUGUGCUAGAGGAAUGCCUUUGGGGUACCUCACAUGCAACUGUUAUAUGCCUACGCACUACAAAAAUAAAGAAUUAAAAAAAAAAAAAUCACUCAUUGGCAAGUUCAAAGCAGUGAGGCCAAACGAAUAAAUAGCGAGUUAACCAAUCUAAGUAAUGGAAUUGUGUGGUUUGGUUAGGUCACUUUAGAGUAAUUUUAAUUAAUAAAUUAAUUAAUAAAACCUAAUAAAGAGCACUUUAUGCACUCAUUUAUGUUACAAGCAACAGGACAUUACGUAUCCCUUGACGUUUGAAGAAACCAUUAAGCAAAGUGCAAUAAAAGCUAAAGUUGUUCAGAUUAGAAAACUUCCAGAAUCUUGAUUUAGAAUGUUUUCCUAGGAGUUGAGAUUGCUAGCUGGAUUACUCUCUUGAGGGGCAGCUUUGGAAACGGGGUGAUUGUAUCACAUUACAAGCAUUCACUUUUCCAAUCAAUCCAACUAGGGGUCAUAAGUUAAAUAGUCGACCGUUACAGUGUAAAUCAAUGAUAUAGUGCAACCUAUAGAGUGCUCAGACUAGGGGCUUAUAGAAUUCAAUUGGACAGCUCUUAUGUAGAUCACAAAUUGUAAACUAUUUCUUAUAGACAGUACAGUUAUCCAAGGGUUCCUUACAUUAACAUAGGUGAUACGUUUUUGUUACAUGUGCAUCUGUCAAAAUUGGUGAAACGAAUUGGCUAACUCUAUCUGUCUCUAACUGUUAAAAUAGCUGUAUUGGAGAAGUUCUAAAAUACUGGUAUUUUGGGCCAUACAACUACUGUAUAAUAAGCAAUUGUACAGUCUAUAAAUUCUUAUACGCCUCUCUGUUUUUUUUAAAUGUUUUUAUCUAGGCGAGCAGUCAAGAUGAAAGAAAGAGAGAUUUUGAAACAAUAUUUGCACACUAUGAUGUUGUAAGUAUGCUGAUUUCGGAAAUAUAGCCUAUAUUUUAAAAAUGUGCAAUAUAUUUGGCUUGCAUAAAUAUAACAUAUCACACCAUAUUCAGAGCCAGAUUAUUCAAUAGGUGAGCCUAGGGUUGCCACUUUUCUUGGAAGAAAAUACCGGCCAGGCUAAUUUGCAUAAUUGACUAUAUACACGUGACAACACAGUAUGUAAAUACCAGGAGUGACAUAAGAGUACACAUUUCGAAAGGGGAAAAUUCUUUCUGUUUUAUUCUGCUGUAUAGAGGGAUCCCUUUGCUGUUUGGGGAGAUUAGACUGCCCUUCUGACUGGUCAGUCAAUAGACCUACCAGAAGCCUGUCUGCAUCACAUCCAUGUCUGCAUCAUACACAAUAAAUUCAAAUACAAUUCAAAUUCAAAUAAUAUCACUUUCACCUACAGUAAUAUCUGAUAACAAAUCUCCAUUUGUUAACACUAAAUCUAGUAUGGCCUAUUUACGAGUUGGCUCCUCAAUGACUUGUUUUAGAAACAAUGCCAGUAGGGAGUUUAGAAUAUGUGUGCUCCAGCAAAAGCAGCUAUUUUGGUUUUCCAGUUCACACCAGGAAGAUUAAAGUCACCCAUGAUGAUAACUUCCCCCUUCAUUGUCAGUUUAGCUAUUUCCUCAACUAGUAGAUUACCUAACUGUUCUAUUUGUCCUGGGGACCUAUAAAUCACACCUACACGAGUUACUGUGUGAUUACCAAAUUCUAACGUAACCCAAACGGACUCUAUGUUCGCCUCACUAACUUUUAUUAGGCUAGAUUUUAUGCUAUCCUUCACAUACAAGGCCACCCCUCCCGCUUUCUUGCCUUCCCUGUAUUUUCUGUAUAAAGAGAAAAAUAUAUUGAUAUAUAUAUAUACAUUUCAUAACAUACAUAAAUAUUAAUAUGAAAUUAUCUGAUUUUUACAUUUGUAAAAUUGUUUUGAUUUAUAUCUGAACACCAAUAUUUGGCAUUUUCAGAGUAAAACAGGAGCUCUGGAAGGCCCUGAAGUGGAUGGAUUUGUCAAGGAUAUGAUGGAACUUGUGAAGGUAAGUUAUAGUUUAAAUCACUGUAAUGAAAUAAGUUUAAAUAAAACAUGUACAAAAUUGAUGAAUAAGUAAAAUAAAAAUGUAAUUAAACAUUUAUACUGAUAUAUCUGAUCACUAUAAGUUAUAUUUUAGUUGGUUCUGACCACUGUUUCCUAAAGCCCACCUGAUACCCUACGUACUACACUUAAGCCAAGCACAAAUCGCAUUUGUCAGUUCUGAGUGUCAUACUUCCAAACAAAGAAAAGGAAUUGCAGCACGUCCUUCCAAACUGUGUCCCUUUAUUCACGUGUUCAAAGUAAACACAGCAACUUUUUGUCAACUAGAAUGGUCUUGCUUGUUGUAGUGGUUGAAACGUUGCUGUGUUGACUUUGGCCACCUAAAUAAAAGGACACUAUUUCAAAGGAUGUGCAUGAACCUCUCUUCCAGUCGGAGCCUUGGCACCUUGAUUGGUAGGUACUGUUCCCCUAUUUUUGGAUUCUGGUUCUAAUACUUGUGCCACAUACUGUAGGUAUGCUGUCCUAGUCUUGCUGAAUAUGGCAAUGUUAUCUAAGUAUACACCGUUAAAAUCCUGUAAACAACUUCAUCCCAAACGGCAUUAUCUUGAAGUGGUACAAGCCGAACGGGUGAUGAAUGCAGACUUGGAACCUGCUUCUGGAACCAGGGAGAUUUUCCGGUACUUCUUACACAGAUUACAUAGUGUUGUGACAUAGUGUCCUGCAGCUAACUUGUUAAGGAGCUCAUCUACUCGGGGCAUGAGAUAGGUAUCACUCAUAGUCUUAUCAUUGAGUCAUCAGUAGUCCAGCAAAACCUUGUGUUACCGUCUUCCUUAACAGAAGCACGCAGGAGGCCCCAUUGGCUAUUUCAGGGCUCAGUGCAUAAGGGUGUGCACCCCAAAGCACAAUGCCACGUGUAUAUGUAUGUGUGUAUGUAUAUAAUUAUAUAUAUAUAUAUAUAUAUAUUCACACACACACACAUAAAUACAUACACUGGUGUAAGGGUGCUGGUAGUGUGCUGUGUGUGAGGGUGCCAUGAGUGUGUAUGUAAGGGGCUACGUGUGUGAGGGUGCUGUGGGUUGGUGCUGUGUGUAAAUUUGUUUGGAGGGAUUAGAAAAUAGCCCCUCUCCCUUCUUAUCUUUUGCAUGGGAGGGGGAUCCUUGCUACCAUCCCUGAUCCCUGGUGGUCCUAGUGUGAGUGAACUCUAGCCUGCAAAGCUAGAGUUCACUCUCGUGAGAUCUAAACGUUGCCGCGGCAACACUCUGUCCUCGCGAGAGGAACCCAGCAGAGCUGCUGGCAAGAGCUCACCGGGUCUUCUCCUGCUCAAAAAUCUCCCUCACCGGCUCAUGGAGGCACACAGCGUGGGCCGCGCGGAUUAGGGUGUGCCCCGGCACACCCUGUGCGCACGCCUAUGGCUCAGUGAUAGCUAACUACAGGUAUUCCUGUAGGCAACUUGUUUUUGUGGAGCCUAGCCAGGGCUGUCCACCAGGUGGGAAGCAAGUUGAGUCAUGACAGUUUCACCACAAAUAAGUUUCAUUAACUGGCUAGUACUUAAUGAGCUUGUUACUGCUCAGUUGGUCCUAAACCUAGUACUUUAUCCCUAUGCUACCCAACUACUUACACUAUCCCUAUCCCUUAAACCCUACAUUACCUUAAUACUUGCACUACCCCUCACCCUAAAACCCUACACUAACUUAAUACAGUAACCCUUACACUAACCCUACAAAGAAUCCUUACACUAAUUCUAGCACUAAUGUUAACUUCAACCCUAACACAUCAACCCUAACCUAAAAAUAUUAUGUAAUAUAAAAGUUUCAUCAUGGCAAAAAUGCAAAUUAAAAUUAAAAUAUAUAAAUAACUAAAUACAUUGGUUGAUUUACAUACAAAUAUCUACAUUUAAAUAUUUUUUUUUUUAUUUACAUACAUGCCCCUUGUAAAUUAAAGGCUAGGGGACAGCAUGUACUUUAUUUAGAGGUUAGGAGGUCUUUCUUGACCAUCAACUUUCCAAUUUACUUCUUGUUUUGGGAAACUUCCCAGUGGGCUCUAUCAUUUAUUCAGGUUUCUGCUCCCAGCCUCUCUAUAGCCCCCAACCCGCUCACAACCAUUUCAGGCCCCAUGACCGAUGCAGCUUACCGUUUCCAAUUUUGUGCCAGUCCAGCCGAGUCUUCUCAAUCUUUGUGUUUCUAUGAUGGUGGCACUGGGAAUUCCAUGUUUUGCUCUUUCAUGGUCGUGCAUGUCAAAUGACGUGCACACUCAUUGCCUCCUAUGGACCUUUGUUGAGUCUUGCAAACCCACAAAACCAAAUAAAGUGGGAUUGAUGCUCGACUCCCCAACGUGACAUGAUGCUGAAUGGAGCAUAGUAUAGCCUAUGGCAAAGACCAUUGAGCAUCAAUAAAGCUCUACCCUUUGUCAACUUUUGUCAACCUUCAGGCUAUACAUAAGGAAAAGUAGGAACUACUUUUCUUUAUGUAUAACUUUGAAAUAAAAGUAUAAUUUCUAAAAGAAAAAAGAGGAAACUGUGUGUGGGGGGUGAGGGGGGAGGAGAGGGGGUGAACAUGCCAGUGAUAGGAAAAAUGUGGCAAAUUGGGUCCAAAAUAACUGAGUGACUCUAGCACUGGGUAAGAAUAUAUGUAAAUCAUCUCUAUGGAAUUUAAUGUAUGUUGUGACCUAAUAUCCUUUUGUUCAGUAUGCUACUCAAAGAGAUUUUCUUGGUGAAAAAUUACCCAAUACAUGGAGCAAUUGAGUGGGACUUUCCGUGGGAUUACACCAUUAAACCUUUAAAUUUAACUUCAGGAGGGAUAGGUCUACACUUUAGAAACGGAAAGUUCACAGUCAUCAACAUUAAUGGGAAAAAAAAUUGACAAUAAAGAUUGUCACAUAAAAAAAUUAUAAAUACAUUGAGACAAUUAUUGACAAUCAGGGGCAUUGGUUGGUUCCAAAAACACCCGGGGGAUGAGCCCAAAGCAACACAGAGCAAGUUGAACUCUGUAAAGUACCAGGAAGGGCCUCCAUUGGCUAUCUAGAAGACAGCCACUAGAGGUGAAGUUAUCAAGGGUUAAGGGUCAAUGAGAUUAAGUGAUCUGGGUACCUCUAGUGUCCCAUUAACUAAUAAAGGGGUGUGCAGCAGAGGUUUUAGUGAUUGACCGUAUUAGGGUAAUUGUGAUUUUACAUAACUAAAAGGUUUCCCCCAGCACCCCCUUGUAGUCUUGAAAAGCACUAUACUAUUGAUAUUUAUUUUUCUAUCAUACAACUACAUGGAGAAGCAGUUGCCUACUUUAAAAUUAAAAGUAAAAUAUAUAAAACACUAAUAUGCUCUUGCUUGAUCCAUUAUCUGUAAAUAUCUGGCAUAAAAGAGUCUCAUGUUGUGAUCUUCAGCCCCCAAAGCCUCUCCACCCCACCACCCCCCAACAACGCCUAUGUCAUGAUUUACAUGUGUUUGAUGUUUUAACUUUGAAAUUGCCUUUAGUGUCUUUCACUCCACAAUUAGUGUAUAUUUUGUGGUUCUUAAAAUUGAUGUCAUUUCAGAGUAUUUUUUAUUUAGUUAAUAGAAGUAGCAAGGCCAUAUAUUGGGUAGACUAGACCAGGAACUCACAAUCUUAUCCUACAAUGAUCUCCACGUGUAUUUUUUAUUGCUUUUCGCUCUCCAUCCAUGAAGUCAAUUCAUAUUUCUAUACCAUGCUUGUUGUUGAGCAUUGUAAAUCUGGAUGGGGAUUUGUAGAGUAGGAUAUGUGUCUUUUCCCACUGCACACUGCAUUGUACUAAGUGAUUAAGCUGCACUCUGUUAAACAGACCGCAAGGAGAAAAAAGUAACUCCAAAUGUUUUUCUGCUUUUUGUAUACUUUUUUUAAAUAAAAUUGCUUUACAGUUGCUAGAAUAAAAUGAAUGAAUCAAUGAAAACGGUGUAUUUUUACAUUUAUUCUAAAUACAGACUAGGUCAUGUAAAUAUAUAUGUUUGUUUCUCUUCCUUCAGCCAAGCAUCAGUGGUGUGGACCUCGAUAAGUUCCGUAAGAUUCUCCUGAACCACUGUGAUGUCAACAGAGAUGGCAAGAUCCAGAAAUCUGAACUGGCAUUAUGCCUUGGUCUAAAAGUACACCCAUGAUGUGCUACUAGGUUUGCCUUUCUAUCCUUAUUUUUUCUUAAAAGUUGUCCUAACCAGCUGGUUUAACACUACGUUCUUGUUACAAUCGUGUCCAGUGAUGGUUGUGGAGGUUGUAAUUGGCAUCUACCAAUAUAAUAAUGUGCAUGAACAAUGCAGGAAAAACACUGAAAUGCAUGAAAGGCAUUUGACAAAUUAAAAUAUGUUUCGAUACCUAGAUAUUUCAUAUGAAAUUGUUUCUUUUCUAGUAAACAAAAGGGCAUUUGUAGCAUAGAUAUCUGUUUUUUCUUAAUUAAAAUUUAUGGAAGAUAGAAAUAAUGACUUGUUAUUGAUGAGUUGGCAAAUCACUUUAUUACAAUAAUGAUAAAUUGCAUGUAUAUGUUGCAGUCGUGUUUGUAUUGUUGUGGAAGAAUAAACAUGUUUUUGCAAAAUACAUCAAA